UCUAUCACCUAUUCAAUUUAAUUUAAAAUAUGCAUAUAUUUACACCUGGUAGCAUUACCAUUGGCUUUCAAUAUAGCCAUUUACCUAAUUCAGAUAGAAGCAAUGAUGAUGAUGCAUUUUACAAUCCCACCCCGGAACAUUUUUCCGUAUUGCUUUUCUGCAUAGAGACACAAGGGCAACUUGCACAGACAGGCACAGCUGACACAGCGUUGCCUGCACACACACCCACCCACACACCCUAUUUGAAUCUUUCCCAUAGGAAGCUCACUCUCUGCACCUGCAGCCAACAAAAUAACCAAAAUUCAUCCUGCAACUUGUAGGAUCCAUGCUGAAUGAUUUAUUUGCUAGAUGCCUGUUCACAUCACUUCCGGAUCCAUCUCCCAUUCUGCUGCAGACCCCCCUCCCUGCCCUUUAAUUCUGUGAAGUUGGAGGAGCAGGCGGUGUGCUCCAGUGAUCAGUGAGGAGGGUCUCAGCACAACCUUUAACUGAGUAUAGAGAAGACCCAGCAUGGUGUGAGGAGCAGUCAGUUCUAUUGUUCGCUCUUAACCUGCAGUGCCUUCUCCUCCCACCUCAUCACAGUCCUCCCCCUGCAGCUUUAUUUUCCCCCCUUUAUUUUUUAUUUUUUAUCUUUUAUUUCUCUGAAUUAACUAGUCCAUCCCUAGAGGCUCGGGAUGGCUGACAAGAAGCAACCUGGACGACAGAAUGAAGGGGAGGAGGUCCCAGCUUUCUUCAAGAACAUGGGCUCAGGGAGUCCCAAACCCAGGCAGAAAUUCUGUGGAAUGUUCUGCCCUGUGGAAGGAUCUUCUGAGAACAAAACCAUAGAUUUUGAUUCUCUGUCGCUAGGGAGAGGGUCUGGUAAAAUCAUUGCCCAGCAGAAGGACGUGGCUGGCACCCAACAGCCAGGUCCCAGAACUGGAGAGACACCAAAUGGAUUCGGGAGGAAGGUAGAAAUCAAGUGCCCACAAGGAAAGGAAGCCCUUCAGUAUCUCAAUGAUAAGGUGAGUUAGCACAUUGAAUAGGGGAGGUGACUGACAAGCCAUAUAGAAGUAGGGUGGGUAGAACUUUAACCCUUUACUUCACACCUUAGAUACUAUAGUGGGAUCGUCUUCCUCAGAGUGAACAAAGUUGAUAUGUCUCUAUUCUAGCAAUAGGAGCAUUGAAUGAACCUCUUUGUGUCUGCAAUCUUUAUUCUAACCAUGUCCUGUUGUACCUGUCAGAGGCUGAUGACACACUGUUCUUUAUUUCUUCUUCUACAUAUUGUGAGGAUAUGCAUGCUUGAGCAUAGGUGAAUCAGGUGCUAAAUAAUCUUUCUGGUCUAUUUUUGCUCACAAAAAAAAAAAAAAAAGAAGCAAAUUUAGAAUUAUGCCCAUGAUAAUAUAUUUGUCAAUGUAGCCCUUGACUACAUCUGGACAUUAGCUAUUUUCCCAAGGGCCCCACCCUAUACAUGGAGUUUAAAUACAGUGAACAUUUGACAGUUAUGUCCAUCUCCAUGUUAUAACUAGACAAUAAAGACACUGAUAUGUUGAGUUUUUCCAUAUAAAGACCAAAGGAUAUCCUCUCACUUGCACAUGAUUGACGUGCCAAUGACAAUGACAUAAAAUUAUGUUAUGUUACUAUAUAGCUAUAUAAGAAAUGUCUAUUACAUUAUUAUACUAAAUCUUAAUUUGAAUAAAGUUGUUUUUAAAUAGUCAACUCCAUGAUAAGCCCACAUUUGUAUAUGUUGGCAAAUUCUACAGUUAGAAUAGAAUGAAGUCAUAAAGUUUUGGUUGUGGGUGUUGGGUGGGGUGACAUAACUUCUUCUUGUGUAUAGUCCUCUAUAUUUUAUAAGACGAGAAUUACUUUUUAGUGUCAAGAAUUAAGUCGUUAUUAAGUCUAUUGAGUCAUUUUUAUUUGUUAAGAAGGGAUGUACUGAAUUCUGUGAAGACCUAAAAUGGCAGAAUUAUGAGAAUUCAAUUGUAUCUUAAGAGUAUUUCACAAGGUAUUUGUUAAGGUUACUGGUAUCAACUUACAAACUAAACUUAGUGUUUGCCUAUAUCAUUCCUAUUCAUUGGUGCGGUUGGAAAUACAGUGACACCUGUUGUGAGCAGAAGCUCUUGAAAGGAUCUGUCUUACCUUAGGCAAACCUUUUCCAAGUUCAUCUAUAUAAAAAAAAAUCACAGUCUACAUGACAGCACAGUUUACAACAGUGGAUCCAUUAAACUCAAACACAAAUCUAGUAAGUGUUGCUCUGUAUUUAUCUAGUUUAAUUUGUUCCUAGAAUUAGUAUUUCCAUGUAGGCCACAAUGUAUCCUCUUCUUCUCAGUUUGAUGAUGAGACUUGUUUGAAAUUCAAAAUAAAUUAAAAUGGAAUUCCACAUUUAAGGAAAAAGUAGCAAAUCUGAAAAAAAAUUCUCCAAGUCAGCUAAUCUUCCAGUUUGGCUAUGUUUGUCUAAAUGUUGAAUUCCUGACAAUUUGCACUUAAGUAAAUUAACCUGCUAACUGUUUGUAGUUUAUAGUGUAUGAGAAGGAAAACAUAAAACGUUUGGCUAUGGACCAGGAGCUCACACAGAAAUCUAAAAAUGUGUAUACAUACAGACAGGCCUGUUGCGACAAGGCAAGCAAACCAAGCAAUUGCUUGGGGCCCGGAGCUGACCAGGGACGUAUUAGCCACGAAGCAAACAAGGCAUUUGCCUUUGGCGGCACUUUCCAGGGGGCGGCAAAAAAAGCUGCCCCAAAUGCCCAGGGCAAAUGUCUUGUUAGCCCUGCGGUUAACUACCAAUCCGGUCAGGCGGGCGGCGCUGGCGAGGGAGCACUUUCUCCUGAGCACUCUGCUCAGCUCCCUUGCACGCCGCAGAGUGAUGCCGGGAGCCGGAAUAUGACGUCAUAUUCCAGCUCCUGGCAUCACUCUGCGGCGCGCGAGGGAGCUGAGCAAAGCACUCAGGGGAAAGUGCUCCCUCGCCAGCGCCGCCCGACCGCCCAGCAGCCCCACUAGACCCCAGGGAGAGGGAGAACCCCCCCCCCAGCAUUUCCAAAGGUAAGGGGAGAGGGUUAAAUUAAAAAAAAAUUAGUGUGUUAAUGUGAGUGAGUGUGUGUGUCUGAUAGUAUGUGGCUGUUAGUGUGUGUCUGUUGGUGAGUGAGUGUGUGUCUGUUAGUGAGUGAGUGUGUGUCUGUUAGUGUGUGUCUGUUAGUGAGUGUGUGUGUGUCUGUUAGUGUGAGUGUGUGUGUGUCUGUUAGGGUGUGUGUGUCUGUGAGUGUGUGUGUGUCUGUUAGUGUGCCUAAUGCCACCUACCUGAUUCCAACGCAGAUUCACCUUGGUGCUGGUUCAGGCUCCGCCUCUGCUCCUUCCCUUCCAACGUCAGCCGGUGGGGGAGACCUAAUGCGCAUGCAUGGCGAGUGCCAUGCUCACAUUAGGAUUUCUCCCAUGGAAAAGCAUUAUAUGGGUUUUUGGGUGAUGCUUUUCUAUGGGUUUUUGGGUGAUGCUGGAGAUCCUCAUGCAUAGAGUAAGGACGUCCAUCGUCAGGCGACCAAAAGUCGCCUAACAACCCGGAAUUCCCUUUAGUGGCUCUCUGGUAGACAGCCACUAGAGGUGGAGUUUACCCUCCAAGUCAAUUAUUGCAGUUCAUCAAAAACUGCAAUAAUUACCAUUGCACGGUUAAGGGACCUGGGACACUUCACCCAGACCACUGCAAUGAACUUAUUUGGUCUGGGUGCCUAUAAUGUCCCUUUAAGGUAUCUUGUACUAUGCCAUAAAUUUAUCUUUAAAUUAAAAAUGUACUUACCUGCAAAAUGCAUUAACUUUUUCGAUGUGACAGAAUGAGUGUGACAUAUGAGGUGCAUCCGAUAUUGAAAUGAAUAGGAGCUUCAAGGGACUGCCUUAGGCCUGCAGGUGUCCUGUACAAUAUGUAUGAGUGACGCCCCUCCCCAUUGUCAGUGUAAGUGUCAGUGUCAACUAAUCCAUUGCUUUCCAGAUAUAAUGGACUUGAAGUUAUGUUAGAAAAACAACUUGCUUUGGCCAAUGCUUUAAAUUCGCUGGAUACAUAAUGGGGGCCAUUGUCUGAUAUGAAUGUCUCUGGGAUCCCAUGUCUGGCAAAGGCAGCCUUUAACUUAUGUAUUACAGCAGCUGAUGACAUGCUGUGAAGUUUGUCAAGCUCUACAUAUCUGCUGUAGUAAUCAACAGUUUUGAGAUAAUCAAUAUUGUGCCAGGUGAAUAAGUCAGUAGCCACUUUUUGCCACGGUACUGUCUGAUGUCGCUAAUAAUGGGCUCUCUAAAGUUGGAGGUACAAUAUGUGAGGCAUAUAUCAAUGCCUUGGUUGCUGUUAUGUAUGCGUGACAGCAUGUCAGGACGAAGGCUUGAGGGAAUGACAAUGUUCUCACCUUUAAAGAUUAUGCCAUGUAGGUAUGAAAGUUCAUCUCGGUGAUUCUAGGAUUUCAAGAAAUUUUGGGGGGAUUUAUUUCUGUCAUCGGGCCAACAAUUUUGUAUAUUGUCCUUAAGUAUUUGAACCUGUGGGUUCCUUUCAGUCUGAGUCUUUGGAUGACUGACAGGAAGACUGCUGUAUACAGUGUACGCUUGUAUGUCCAUACCGUCACUGAGGCUUGAGUCUUAGUCAGAUAAUGACUUUCUGGACAGCGUGUCUACAGCUGGAAUGUCUUUGACUGGAUAGUGAGUGAUAGUGAAGUUAUACCUCUGGAGCUGUAGAAUCCUUCUUUGCAGUUGUAGAGGACUAAAUGUCAUGGGUUUGUGCAUUAUGGACUCUAAGGAUUAAUGAUCACUUUUCAUGAGGAUAUGGCGCCCAUUGAUAUAGUGAUGAAAACUCUUGAAGCCAAACAGUAUGGCAAAAAGUUAUUUCAAUUUGCAAGUAGUUAAUUUCAUUUUCAGUGAGUGAUUUUGAUGCAUACACAAUAGGUCUUCCAUCUUGCAGUAAUACCACUUCAAGUCCAUAUUUGGAAACAUCAAUUUGCAGUCUUUGUUCUUUCUAAGGAUUAAAAUAUCCUAACACUGGUACUGGCUCGCAUGUGAGCAGCUCUUUUAAUUGUGUUGAAAUCUUCGUCUAGUUGCGUGUCCCACACAAAUUUACUUGAUUUCUUUAGAAGUUGGUGCAAAGGUGGGGUGACAUCAGAAAGGUUCUGUACAAAUUUUGAGAGGUAGUUGACCAUGCCUUGUACUGUCUCAAGUUCACUUUAGUCUUUCGGUGACUUUAUGUCUCUCACCACAGGGAUUUUAGCAGGAGCAAGUUUUAUUCCAUCAGUUGUGAAGAGAUUCCUAAAGUAACAGACUUCUGUGGCACAAAUUAUGUUUUUUUUCUGGGUUAAGCCUGACACCUCUUUUUUCUGGAAAGCUGUAACACAGUGGCAAGGUUUUGAUCAUGCUCUGCUUUGGUUUUCCCGUAGGUGAAAAAGGAUGAUGUUUGAGCCUGUAUCGCCCGAACACUGUUUAAAAGUAGUGAGUUUGGAGGAUACUUCAGUGAGCUAAUAGCCCAAUAUCCAUAUCUAGCAUCUAAGACACUAAAGUACUGAGCACCUGCUAGCUUGGGUGUUAUAUAUUCGAGAAUAGGUAAAGGAUAAUGAGGUCAUUUGAUUUCCCUAUUGAGAUCCGUUAGAUCUAGACAUACCCAUAAUUUUCCUGUACGUGGCUUCUCAGCAAUAACCAUGAUGACGCUCUGACUUCAUAUGCUUUCGAGUUCUUCUUUUAGGCGCUGUGUAAUGUGAGAGGGCUGUGUCCCGGUGGGUGCACUAUUGAUGCUGCCUGUGAGUUUAAGUGUAUGGUACACUCUCCAGGGAAAAUCGAUUCCUUUGAAGAUGUCUGCAAAGUUCUCCAUCAUGGUACACCACUAGGAAUGCUUGCUACAGAUAGUAACAUUUUAAUGAGGCAAAAAUCUAUGCUGCUUUUUAGGUCUAUGACAGAAGGUGCUCUCUUGUUGAUGAUAUAGAAUGUCAGGAACAUUUGAGCGUCUUUAUGCUGGCAUUUCAGGUCACAUUUGCUUUUAACUGCCAAGCAUUCACUACCGUAGCCAUAUACAGUUGUAAUGAAAAUCAUUCAACCUCCAUUGAAAAUCUGGUAUAUUGUCAAAAUGUACAGACUUUUAGCUGUUUGCAAUGAACAAAUCAAACAAAAGCAAUUGAAAUAGCUCAAAACAAUGAAUGCUUCAAGUGGUUUCCCCUAAUUCAACUGAAAAUUUAACUUCUCCAGUCUCAAAAUUAUUUAACCCCCUGAACAGAAUCCCUCACAACAGAACAAAUAUGCAAAAAAGGCGUUGUCUCAAACACCCCUAAUGCAGCUAAUUAAGGGCUUCAUUAUUUGCACAAAGUGCACUGGAGCUGAACCACUUGAACUACCUGAACUGGCUAGGGGUUUUCUUGAAUGUCAUGUUUGACUGCAUGUUAGAAAUAUGAUGAUAAGUCAAAAGAAUGGCCCACAAAGUUAAGAGAAGAGAUCAUCACCCUUCACAAAAAAGGAACAGGAUACAAAAAGAUAGCAAUGCACUGAAUGUUUGAAGAGACACUGUUAGAAGCAUAGUUCACAAGUUCAAAGUUGAAGGAACAGUGGUUAUACUACCUGACUGGACAGAAAAAGGAAUCUAUCAAUGGCUGCAACCAGAUUUCUGAGAUUACUGGUUGUUAAAAUAGAAUGACUGCGAACUGAGGUUUCAGUGAGCAUGGUAAGACCAGUACUAAAUGCAGAACGUUUCCAUACCACUACUGACCCAAAAGCACAAGAAAAUAAAUCAGUAUGCCCAAAAUCAUAUAGAGAAGCCACAGAAGUCUGAGGAUUCUAUUCUGUGGAAUGAUGUAACAAAACUGGAACUUUUCGGCCCAAUGGAUCAGUAGGUGGUUACAGCACGCAAACCCAAGAAUAUUACUAAACUGGAGGCCACUGCUCAUGAGCAAUGUUCUAAGAUUCCUCAGGAACGCUGCCAGAAGCUGGCUAUGCACCUUGUUUGCAGCAGGUCAUAACAGCAAAGUACUCUACUUUGAGCUCUAUAAGUAGUAAAGAUGCUUGCUAUGAAGAGAUUGAAUAGUUUGGAGACUGGUUUGCUCAUUGCAAACAGCUGAAAGUCUGUAGUUUUGACAAUAUAGUUAUUUUCAAUGGGAAAUGAAUAAUUUUGAUUACAACUGUAUGUGGCGAGGUGCCGUCACACAGUGCAUUUGGUUUUCAGCUUAUUGUAUUUGCAUAGGGGAAUGUUAGCUGAGGAUCGAGUGUCUAUCUUAAAAUGAAUUUCAAUUGGUUUUGGCUUGUUCUGCACUGUGAUUGUUAUGGGUCACAGAUAGUGAUGUCCCGAACGGUUCGCCGAACGGUUCGCGAACGGUUUGCCGCGAACGGUUCGCCACGCACUCAUCAUUGAGUAAACUUUGACCCUGUACCUCACAGUCAGCAGACACAUUCCAGCCAAUCAGCAGCAGACCCUCCCUCCCAGACUCUCCCACCUCCUGGACGCUCACUAAGAAUGCAGCUUCACAAUGGAUGCUGUCCAGGAGGUGGGAGGGUCUGGGAGGGAGGGUCUGCUGCUGAUUGGCUGGAAUGUGUCUGCUGACUGUGAGGUACAGGGUCAAAGUUUACUCAAUGAUGAGUCCGUGGUGAACCGUUCGUGGCGAACCGUUCGGCGAACUGUUCGGGACAUCACUAGUCACAGAGUCUACGAACAUGUAAUGGACCAUUUUUCCGCAGAUGAAACGGCACACUUUGGCGAAGCUUUCCACAUGAAUUGCACAUUUUCCCCUUUCAGGACUUUGAUAGCAGGUGGAAUGGUGCUUAUUUCCCCAGUAGUCAGAGGCACGAGAUUGUAAAGCUUGUUCAUACUUGCUUGCGACGGAUGCUAUGUUGUCUCCAGUCUGCACCAUUGCUAGUAUGGCAUGAAACUUUGUGAAUGGUAUCACCACGUGGAGAAUCCUUGGAGAUCUACGUAGCUGUGUCUGGGCCAACUCAGGUCAUCUGGCAAUAUCAAUUACUUUUUCUAGUGUUAACAAAGACCCAACUUAUUUUUUUUUAACUUGGUUUUUAUUUGGUUUUGUAAACAAAGCAUACAACCAAUAUACACUGCUCAAAAAAAUAAAGGGAACACUUAAACAACACAAUAUAACUACAAGUCAAUCACACUUCUGUGAAAUCAAACUGUCCACUUAGGAAGCAACACUGAGUGACAAUCAAUUUCACAUGCUGUUGUGCAAAUGGGAUAGACAACAGGUGGAGGUUAUAGGCAAUUAGCAAGACACCCCCAAUAAAGGUGUGCUUCUGCAAAUGGUGACCACAGACCACUUCUCAGUUCCUAUGCUUCCUGGCUGAUGUUUUGGUCACUUUUGAAAGCUGGCAGUGCUUUCACCCUAGUGGUAGCAUGAGAUGGAGUCUACAACCCACACAAGUGGCUCAGGUAGUGCAGCUCAUCCAGGAUGGCACAUCAAUGCGAGCUGUGGCAAGAAGGUUUGCUGUGUCUGUCAGCUUAGUGUCCAGAGCAUGAAGGCGCUACCAGGAGACAGGCCAGUACAUCACGAAACAUGGAGGAGGCCAUAGGAGGGCAACAACCCAGCAGCAGGACCACUACCUCCGCCCAUGUGCAAGGAGGAACAGGAGGAGCACUGCCAGAGCCCUGCAAAAUGACCUCCAGCAGGCCACAAAUGUGCAUGUGACUGAACAAAUGGUCAGAAACAGACUCCAUGAGGGUGAUAUGAGGGCCCGACGUCCACAGGUGGGGGUUGUGCUUACAGCCCAACACCAUGCAGGACGUUUGCCAUUUGCCAGAGAACACCAAGAUUGGCAAAUUCGCCACUGGCGCCCUGUGCUCUUCACAGAUGAAGGCAGGUUCACACUGAGCACAUGUGACAGACGUGACAGAGUCUGGAGGGCGUUCUGCUGCCUGCAACAUCCUCCAGCAUGACCAGUUUGUCAGUUUGUCAGUAAUGGUGUGGGGUGGCAUUUCUUUGGGGGGCCACACAGCCCUCCAUGUGCUCACCAGAGGUAGCCUGACUGCCAUUAGGUACCGAGAUGAGAUCCUCAGACCCCUUGUGAGACCAUAUGCUGAUGCGGUUGGGCCUGGGUUCCUCCCAAUUCAAGACAAUGCUAGACCUCAUGUGGCUGGAGUGUGUCAGCAGUUCCUGCAAGACGAAGGCAUUGAUGCUAUGGACUGGCCCGCCCGUUCCCCAUACCUGAAUCCAAUUGAGCACAUCUGGGACAUCAUGUCUCACUCCAUCCACCAACAUCACGUUGCACCACAGACUGUCCAGGAGUUGGCAGAUGCUUUAGUCCAAGUCUGGGAGGAGAUCCCUCAGGAGACCAUCCGCCAACUCAUCAGGAGCGUGCACAGGCGUUGUAGGAAGGUCAUACAGGCACGUGGAGGACACACACUACUGAGCCUCAUUUUUACUUGUUUUAAGGACAUUACAUCAAAGUUGGAUCAGCCUGUAGUGUGUUUUUCCACUUUAAUUUUGAGUGUGACUCCAAAUACAGACCUCCGUGGGUUGAAAAAUGUGAUUUCCAUUUUUUCAUUUUUGUGUGAUUUUGUUGUCAGCACAUUCAACUAUGUAAAGAACAAAGUAUUUCAGAAGAAUAUUUAAUUCAUUCAGAUCUAGGAUGUGUUAUUUUUGUGUUCCCUUUAUUUUUUUGAGGAAUAAACAGGUAAAGACUAUUUCAAGACUGGAAGCAAUGCAACAAUUCAGUUCACCUUCCCAAAAGAUCUAGACUUGGCCAUAAUAGCAGUUCUCACUGCAAUGUCUCUUGUAGUUGCAAUAACAUCUCUGGAUGCUCCUGCCGGUGCAGCAGCUGAUUUUCUUACUCUAAAAGAGGACAGAAUAACUCGGGCAUCUGCUUCGCAUUGUAUACCAAUAAAGGCAACCAUUCUUUGGACAAAUGGCAAGGCUGCGCCUCCGCUGAUCUCUUCAGGAAUACCUUGUAGGCAUAUGUUCCGACGGCGGUGGUGGGAUUCCAGGGAGGACACCACCUUGUGCAGCAAUUUGACCUGUAAGCUAAGGCCCUCCAUUUGGUGUUUUGGGUUCUGUAGCUCACUGACUCAUGUCUUCUCCCUCUCCUCCACAGCAGACACUUUCUGGUGUAGGAUGCCCAUUUCGGCUUGAGCCUCUUGUAGGUCUGCCUUCCAGACCUGUCUAAGAUCCACAAGUAGUCUCUUGAUGUCCCCUUUUGUCGAGGGAGAUGAAUCAUUAUCAGAAUCUGCGUUAUGGUACACUCUACCAGAAGGAAGCCGUGUACUGGAUUCCCCUUCAUCCUGUGAGUCUUGUGAGUGAUCUGAGACUUCUGGCUCACUCUGGGGCACAGACACCUCUCUGGCAGGUAACUGCUGGGCCGGUCUUUCAAAUGACAGUCUGAUGUCUGGGAGUGCAGGCCUCUCUAUAUGGUAAGGCUUCUUGUGCUUGUGUCCCAUUGUACCCUCUGGGCAUACCAUGAUUUCCCUCACUUUUUAAGGGGGUUGGGGGUUGGAGAAACUCUGGUGGUCUCCUGAGAGUCCAAGAGCAGCAGGAGUUGCCAACUCCUUCCUGCCCAUGCGUAGUAGGCCUCAGUUUCGACCGUGUCUAGGAGUGCAGAGUCCUGGUAAUUCUGCCCCACGCAGAUAGGAAUAUCAGCUGUCCGUGGUUCACCGAGGUAUGGGAGCAAUCUGGGUCGUAAGCGCAGAUUUUUAGUGGGAAAAGCCCCUUUUAUUAUUUGGGAUCGCCCGGAGCUUUUAUGAAGUACGUCUGGCCGGCUCUGUGGUUUAGCUCCGCCCCCUCCAACUCAGACCCAACUUUUAAUCAUUUCUCUCCCUACCCUUGGAGAGUGUAUGCUGAAGACAAUGCAGUCUCGGAUUAUAUGAUCACUCUGAGCAUAAUAGCAGUGCCGAGCAAGGAGCCACAAAUCUAUUAUGAACUAUUCAAAGUAUUUCUGAGCCUGCUGUUUUUUUGUCAUGGAAUUGUAUCAUGCAAAUAUCAUGUUUGCUUUGGGCUCAACAUAUGCUGCAAAAUGGUCAUAAUAUGACUUUAAUGACAUAGCAUUUUCUGCAGGUAGGGACCAUGUACUAAAAAUGUCUAUGCCCGUUUCACUAAUCCAUAGGAGAAGAUAAUUACAUCUUUCACCCUCACUCUUACUUUUCAGGGUUCAGUGAGAUUUGCAUGUUGUCUGAACUUCUGCCAUGCAUCAGGCAAGUUGCUUGCUUCCCAGUUCAUUGUGGGCAUAGGGACUUCAGCUGGGUCCAUGUCGAUAGAAGAGAUCUGUUUCUUUCUCACACUUUCUCUUUCUUUCUCACCAAAGUACUGAACGGAUCUGGGUGAAUUUUGGAUAUGUGGUUCACCCAGAUCCCCCGGUUCCACGGAUAUUUUUAUGGGGUUAUUGCAUGUUUUGGGGUCCCUGUGAUGUGUUUUAUGAAACUGUAUUAUUUCUGGCCAGCAGAUAAUUGAGCUUUGUGUAUUGUAGAAACUCAAUUAUCUAGCCUGGCCCAGAGGAGGAGUCUUGUGUUGCAUAAAUUGUGAGUUCUGUGUGCCAGUAAAUCAGUCUUGUUCCAGCAUUAAGCUUUGGCUCAUGUUUGGGGGAUUGGAGAAAUACACUCUGGGGAUUGCUAUAAUCACUAUACUCCCAUGGGUAUGAUCACUAAGUUCUGCUAAGAGCUUGUUCCUGUUCCUGCUCUCUGGGGAAAGAGAGGUUCACCCACUGGAAGCUGGAUCCUGGCCUUGGGUCCAGGGUGGGUGGAGACAGCAGAGACCCUGGCGCAGUUGCAUCGCUGGAAGUGGGGUCUGCAGUGCUGAUGGUGUCGGUUGGAGUGCUUGGAGUCCUCAGCGAGCACUAGGAGCAUCGAUUGGUGGAGGUACUCAGUCGGAGUGCCAGCGUUCCGUCACACUCAUGUUGGUCAAAUAGCGCCCAGAUCCAUGAAGAGAUGAAAAAUCGUGGUAAAGUUUUCACUGGCCAUACACGUGGUCUAUGCCCAAAAGAGAUCCAGAACAAUUAGGGCUUUGGGUGGUUGAAUAUCGAGAUCUCCUGCGGACAAACGAAAGGCGGCUCCCCCGGCUCUCAGGGAGUGAUUAGUCUUUUCUGUCUUCCCCUCCCUUCUCCCUCUCAUACCACCCCACCUCCCCCAAUACCUCCCCUCCAAAUGACACUUUCUUGGCAGGUUGGGAAGUAGGGUGGAACAUAGGUGUAAGUUGACCGGGCGAUCAGAAUGCAGCCGAGCCGGAGUUCCACAUACUUUGGUGCUCGGUCCUGCUGGGGAUCAUUCAGGACUUAGGAACUGAAUUCUUGCCAAGGUAGAUGCUCUUUUGGGAGUAUCACAUAGAGGAGGACACAGCACUGAGCCAUGGUUAGUGAAGUAGCUCUUUCAGGGAAGGUAGGUUCAAAAUAGUACAUGGUUUGCCACAGUCAGCUGCCCAUUCAUAUUUCCUAGGUUGCACAUUCCUAAAGUAUUACUCCAAGCACAAUGGCCAUUUCAGUGAUUUUAUGUGGCCAUGGUACCUGGAGUCGCUUUUGAAAGCUGCACAUACAGAGAUAAUCCAUUUUGCUGCCAGAGGUAUAACUUCACCUCUGGCAGCAUCAUGUGGUUGUCAUCAGCCAGUUGAUUGGUUGACUGACAAAAGUCAGCUGACAGUUUCAGCCAAUGAAUGGCGACCACCACGGCUUCUGGGGUCUGGCGCUCUACAGAAGCUAAAGGCAUAUUGUAACGGAUCACCUGGCACCCCGACUGGGUACCUCCGUUAAAGGAUGCUCCUAGCACUGCAGCAGACACCACAACCACCGAACCGGAGAAGCAUAUGAAUCCUCUCAAGCAUAUGAAUGCUGUAGACAGUUGAAUAGGAACCAUACGAAUAGGUUUACUCUACUAGCAGUCAAACUGGAACAGCAUACAAUAAAUCCUCCCCCAAUAAUAAGACGACACUUCACUUUGAGGGUUAAGCAGGAACUGCCUGUAAUGGCCACACACUGGCUUUUAUGCAAGUCCCCAUGCAAGGGGACAUCCCACAGGGUGGGACACAGUACAACCAAUCGUUACAGGGGAACCAUAAAACACACCCACAUUUACAUCACAAUCCCUCCUCUCUGUCCAGGAGAUAACUGUGAAGUAAUCCAAUUAUCUCCCAGGACAGAGGCAAGACUUCAUUAACCACAUGGCAGUAACAAUACAAUAAAAGACAUAAAAUUACAUACAGUUACAUUUAUUCCAUAAAACAUAGACAUUCUACAUAUCCCCAGAUAGCUUAGAUCUGAGUGCACAUUACUACCGAAUGGCGCUCAGAUCACAUAAAUACAGUUCAAUCGCCAUGGAGCCAAAGUCUUUCAUACAGUCUUUCAGUAUACGGCUGGGCUCCAUGGCAUAGCUAUCUGGGGUAGCAUGGCUUUAACAGUCUACAGAAAGGCAUGAAUAUGCUUUGCAGGGAAAAUAAAAGGUUUUAACUGCCGGGCCAUAGUCUAAAGGGAGCAGGCGAGCAACCAGGCUCCUCCAGUGGACAGUGGCGAGGCUGGUUUCGCCACACAUAUCACUAGAACACUAUUGAGCAUCACAAAUGGGCAGGGACCUAGAUAAGGGGGCAAAACAUUGCUAAGUGGUUUGCCCCAUUACGUGGGAACAGAAACAGGGUACUCCUACAAUGGGCUGUAGUGGGUAUUAUCAAUGGUGUACCCCUUUAAGGCCAGACCUGGAACCUCUUGGCAUGCACUGUACAUCUGUUUUGGUGUAAUUAGGUGAAUGGAAGCUAGUAAUAUGCAUACUGUGCAGGGUUUUCAUGCUUUCCAAAAUUUGUUUUGUGAAAUUCUGCUCACUGACUGUUACAGUGCUCCUUGUAAAAACAUUAGUCAUGUCACUAAAGCAAACGCGUAGGUAUAUUUACUAAAAAGAAAGUUCUGUUUUUUUUACAAAAGCCUUGGAUGCUUUCAAAAAUGUCUGCAUUUAUUUUGGGAAAAAGCUUAAUUUUUUAAAAUUCAAGAGAAGGAAUAACCCAUCAAUAAAGAAAUUUGCAAUUGUAACUCAGAAAAGGUUACAGUCUUCUUCUCUGAAAUAUCAACAUUUUUUUUUAUCUUUGUUUAAAAAGCUAUUAUACAAAUAGACCAAUUUAUUCCAAAAAAACAUCACUGACCUUCUGUUUCAUUUUAGCACUGGUUUUAAUCACAAACGAAAAAAAACCCAGAAUAACAAAAUUAUAGUGUCACGCUUAUAGAAUGAAUAAGUGAAUAAUAUUACAAAUCACACUUAAUACCUUAUAAGUGCUAUAUAUGGGUCUUUUGGGUCCCCAAUAUGCUUUGAAAAAUUAAAUAAGACCUAAACUUUUAAGAGUGACAAUAGAACACACAUAAUUUUGAGCUAUCACACCUAGCUCUGGUAUUAAAGGACCACUAUAGUGCCAGGAAAACAUACACGUUACACAUACAUGUUUUCCUGGCACUAUAGUGCCCUGAGGGCCCCCACCCUCAGGGCCCCCUACUGCCGGGCUCUGGGGACAGGAAGGGGUUAAACUUACCUCUUUCUCCAGCGCCGGGCGGGGAGCUCUCUUCAUCCUCUCCUCCCUCUUCUCCUCCCCGUCGGCUGAAUGCGCAUGUACGGCAGGAGCCGCUCGCGCAUUCAGCCAGUCCAUAGGAAAGCAUUCACAAUGCUUUCCUAUGGACGCUGGCGUCUUCUCACUGUGAUUUUCACAGUGAGAAGCACGCAAGCGCCUCUAGCGGCUGUCAAGAGACAGCCACUGGAGGCUGGAUUAACCCAUUUAUAAACAUAGCAGUUUCUCUGAAUCUGCUAUGUUUAUAAAAAAAAGGGUUAACCUUAGCUGGACCUGGCACCCAGACCACUUCAUUAAGCUGAAGUGGUCUGGGUGCCUAUAGUGAUCCUUUAAUAGCUGCAGUGUUCGUAGAGGUGACCCUUCCCAUUCUUGUUACCACUUAUCUUCUUGAAGUAUCCUAUGGAGUGACAUAAAGGAGUAAAUACAUAGAGUAGCACUGUAUUAAAAUAUUUUAUAAAAUCUAUUUAAAACAGGGUACUCACAAGUAAAGAGCCUCUAGCUCACUUUUCACACUUGUAUUGCUAAGGGCCAUACCACCUUCUUUAGCAUGAUGUAGUAAACAUGCAUUAAGUGCAAUAAUUUAUAAUAUACAAACAAAUAUUAUAUAAAAUAACUAUAAAUUAUUCCAGAACACGUAUCGCCUCAGGCUUCAUCAACUGGGUAUAUAUAUAUAUCCUAUGGUGAGGCUCCUGUUUUUAUACCUCCUUAAUAGGGGGUAAUUAGGGCCAAACGUGUGCAUUCCAAGCCUCAUUUUAAUUUUUUUGGGGUUUCUCUACGACACGGAAUUAUUGGGGACAAACGCACGCAAUCUACUGGUUCAUCGGAAGUGCAUUGCAUUUCAUGUCUCCAUUUCAUUCCCCUUCCAUACUCCUCGGUGACGCAGAGGUCGCAUCUGUUUCUAAUUCGUCGCGUCACUUCUUCGUCAAUUUUCUUUCAAUACAUACGAUACAAAAAAAAACAUUUAUCUGCUUAGGCCAAUUUCUGCCUCUCUGCAUCUCCCUUCUUACAUAACUUACAGCAACCUUUGUAGUUCAUAUUUCAUGGUUGCAUUUCAGUUACCAGCGAGGUGGCAGGAGGCAUCCUUGGCUACCCUUUAAAUUGAAAGUGAGAUUGCAAAAUCACAGGAGAAUCUGUAAAAAAUAUUGUUUUUAGCUUUUUAUCAUGCCCGGCCUAAAUAUGUGUUCUUCUGCACUGUAAAAAAAAACGUGAAGUACAAAAAUAGGGAAAAAGUAAGUAAUGAAACAACGGUCAGUCUGACCAUGGCUAUAAAUAAAUAAAAAGGGAAUAAACCAGUUGAAUACUUUUUUUUUGUCCCUUACACGUUAUCAGUCACCUGCACAAGUGUUACAUUUCUUCACAACAAAAUCAUGUGUACACUUUAUAGUUUUUACUUUAAUUUUCUUUGCAACAUGAAAUGUAUUACCUAAAGGCUUACUUACCUACAUUUACACACCAAGCAUAAUUACCAGCUUAUAGAAGAGCACAUUUUGUUGCCAUUCCAAUUAUUUAAAGGGAUACGUUAAGCACUAAAAUAAGCUUUGGUUAAUGAAAAACACACAAAAAUAUGGUUACGUGCUAAAAGAGUACUGGUAGAUGAUCAGGCGCCCUGUGCGAGCCCACCUCGUGGCGCCCCCACCCUUCAGCAAAACACUUGAUCCUUCUACAAUAACCCUGUUACGCCUACUACAAAACCCUUCCACAAAACCCCUGCCCCCUUUCUACAAAAACCCUGCCCCCCUUUUUACUAAAACCCCUGCUCCCCCUUUAACAAAACCCCUGCCCCCCUUCUACAAAGUACCUUCUCCCCCUUUAACAAAACACAUGCUAUCAUUAUAUAUCAUUAUAUAUAUCUACUAUACAGCAAUGUACACAUAAUAUCACUAAAAUCUCCUCCCCUCCACCAAAACCACUGCCACCUUCUACAAAAGCCCUGCACACCUUAUACCAAACCCCUGGUUUGGUAUAAGGGGUGCAGAGGUUGUGUGAGUUACAGUUCUCCUGGCUGUAACUCACACAACCUCCAUAAAAGAAAGCAUUUAUUUUCAAGUAUUACAGAACAGUGUAUUUACUUUAGAAAUUCUUAUCUCUUGCUCUGUUACUUGAAAUGUACUCAUACAUAGGAAGCUGUUGCAGGCUCUAGCAAACAAUUGACAGAGCAGGAGAUAAUAACUUCUAAAUUAAACACACUGUGCAACAAAGUAACCUACAAAAUUUGAGAGCUAUUUUAGGGAGUGUGUAGGGAGGCUGAAUGAGUCACAUCCAAGAAUGAUAUGGUUAUGGCUGCAUAAAUAAUUAGAUUUAACUCCUAAAUGACAGAAAGCUGAGCUUUGAGACUGUAGGGGCAUGAUCUAUAUACCCAAUCCACUUCAUCAUGUUAGUUGCUUUGGUGCAUGGAGUGUUCGUUUAACGUCUGGCUGACAUUAAAGGAACACUUCCAAACAGUAAAUGAAGCUUCAAAUAUCAUAUCAUUCAAGAGUCAGGGAGAGAGGAGGAGUGAAUGAGUUCUACCAUAUGUCUCUUGGUAUUACAUUAGUAUUACAGAGAUUGCUAUAAUUUUUUUAAAUAGCUUUUCUUUUGUGGAAAUAUAUGAUUUAAUUGUACUUAGUAUAUGUGGGCAUUAUGCUCAAAUUCAUACAUUCUUUUUAUAUUCUGUUGCCAUUUCUGGUGACCUGUACUGCUAAUAAUGUCAUCAGGGUCCUAACAAAUAAAUAUAGGCAUUAUAUUUGACCAUAUACAUGGUUUGAUUUUUCUGUCUCACCUACUGUAUGUAAGAAAAAUUAUAGUUUUGCUUUAUAUAUGUCAAACCCUUAUGAGAUAUUGUAAGAUAAAGGAUACAGCAUGCUGUCUAAAGCUUUUCAUUACCCAAACAUUAAUUACCCAGAUAUUUCUAUAAACGAUGAAGUAAUAAAAGGAAAAUAAAUGUGUAAAAAUGCAUAAUUUAUAUAUUUACAGUUGUCUGAACAGCAAUCUGCAAACAAAAUUGCUGUUUUAUCAUGUGUUCAUGUACUAACUAUACCACCCAUGUUUCAAGUAAGUGUUUUGUUAAGAUUUUGUAGCAAAACAAUGCUUGAUAAUGAAGGUUAACAGUCUGUGUAAAAGUGUUUCCAAACUUUGUUUUCCUGGUAAGAAAAACCCAAACACAUUAUUUAAGAUUUCAAGGAAAGUGUAUAAAUAAGAACUCGAUUGGAACUAAACUAUAGUCAACAAAGUAUAUUUCUAAAUAGCUCCUACCUAUUCCCAAGCUAUUUUUUUCUAAAACGCAUUGCAGAGACUUAUUUCUUAUUAAUAACAAAGUGGUCCAAAGUGACAGGCAAUUCGCUUUUCUAGCAUGUUAGGGCUAUCCCUUACUAGAAUUAAUAUUUAAUUUGCAAAACAGUAUCUGUGAAUCAUAAAACAUUUCAAACCAUUGUCCUCUACAUGCAGCACAAAACCUUCCUGAAAAAACAUUAUUGCUCCCAGUAGGCUCUACUGUACUUGAUAAUAUAAUGAAUACCUAUUAACUCAAAUCUAUAGAAGAUAUAUGGGCUUCCAUAUUAAAAAAAUAUGGGAAAUCAAUUUAUUAGGCCAAUCUCCACUGAAUAGGCACACUAUGGAGCUGAGUGAGAGUGCCCAUAGAAAAUGUAUAUUUAAUUAUUUAAAAAUAAUAAUAAUAAAGAAUAAUACACAACAUUUGUUCCUCAUUUGCAGCAGGUACAGUGAUUGACAAAUGCAGGAUGUAACUACCUUCUGCAGUGAUGAAGGAAACAAUUAAUGCUCAUGCAAUCAUGCUGUUUUGCACAUAUCCCAUAAUUCCUAUGAAACAUUAAAGAUAUCAUGGCUUGGGAGAAUAAAUAUUCUUAGAGCAUACCUGUUACCUAGGUUGGAGUACAUUUUUCACACUAUUCCUCUUAGAGUACCCAGGAAGCUGUGAUAUCAAUUUCAUAAUCUAUUUCUAUCAUACAUCUGGGGAGAUAAGACUCCUAGUAUUGCGUUCACAGUAAUGACAACACGGUUAGCUGAUUGUGGGUCUAUCCUUUCUCAAAGUUUUAUUUAUACAUGAUACUGUGAUGUUCGCUCACUUUCUCGAAUGGGGAAAUAGAAACCCAAAAAUGAAACCUUGGUAUGCUUAUGAGAAAAAGGCCAGUGGUAAUCCUUAUCCUCCUCUCCACUUUAAGUCGACCAAAAAAAAUGUAAAAACUUGAACAUCGAUAAUCCAGUCAUCCUUCAGGUCUUUCAUUCUGUAGAACCAAUACAUAAGUCUUUCCUUUUUCUUGCAAUCAAAUCUCAAUACAAGCUCCCUUAGUGGCCUUGAAACUACAUAUCAACAAAUAUAAUAAGAUCUGGGCAGAAUGGUUUAUGGCGUAUAUAUAACCCUGGCAUUGACGCAUUCUCAUCUUGUUAUAAUAAUUGAAUAUUAAAAGGACACUAUAUCGGGAGCACUAUAGGGUACUAUAAUGCUUGGCAUACAAUUUUGUAUUCCUAACCUAUAGUUUCUCUUUAAUGUUAGAUUGCUCCCCUGUAUGACUAUUAUCCCUAGAGUUAGCUCGGCUGGAUGAGCCCGUGAUCCCUGUUCUCUACAGAUUUCUCCACGUUUUAUUUGAAAUAAGCAAUAACUUGUAUAUUUGAUCAUAACUUCUGUUUUCCUUUAUUCUUUAUUUAUAUAUAUUUAAUGUAAUGUCUUGUAAUGUGAUAUUUAUACAUUUUUUUUACAUUGUUUUUAACAUAAACAAGUGAGAAAAAGUAGUGAGAGAAUAUAAAAAAAUACACUGGUGGGGUCAACCGAGGGAGCAACCGCCACCAGUCUAAGGUAGCAGUGGAAGCUAUAGCCAGGAAAACAGAUAUUAUAGUAGCUUUGUGGCAAGUCAUUAAAGGAUCACUAUAGGGUCAGGAAUACAAACAUGUAUUCCUGACCCUAUUGUAUUAAAACCACCAUCUAGCCUCCUAGGACCCUCAUGCCUCCAUAAAUAUAGCAACAUCUUACUGUAUUCAAGCCUGGAGCUGUAGAUCUACAUGCUGUUUGCCUCAGAAAAACAAGCUGUCUGCUGACAUCAUCAGAAGUGGUGACGUGAUCCAAUCACAAUGCUUUCCCAUAUGAUUGGCUGAGACUGACAAGGAGGCAGAUCAGGGGCAGAGCCAGCACAAUUCAAACACAGCCCUGGCCAAUCAGCAUCUCCUCAUAGAAAUGAAUUGAAUCAAUGAAUCUGUAUGAGGAAAGCUCAGUGUCUGCUCGCAGAGGGAGGAGAUACUGAAUGUUUGGAUGCAUUUUAGGCAGCCAUGACCCAGGAAGGAUCUCUAACAGCCAUUUGAGGAGUGGCCAGUGAAGUUAUGACUAGGCUGUAAACACUGCAUUUUCUCUGAAAAGACAGUGUUUACAGCAAAAAGCCUAUUGGUAAUGAUUCUACUAACCAGAACAAAUGUAAUAAGUUGUAGUUGUCUGGUCCCUUUAACCCCUUAAGGACACAUGGCAUGUGUGACAUGUCAUGAUUCCCUUUUAUUCCAGAAGUUUGGUCCUUAAGGGGUUAAUCUGUGCAGUGAGUUGAUCCAUAUUUCUGUUGCCUUCCCAUGUAGAAUGUUGUGCAUUUCUGCAUUGGAAGGCAAUGCAAAUUAGUUCAAUGCUGGGUCAAUGCUCUUAAGUCUGCUAAGGCAAGCUUUUUUCAUUAAUUUAGUUUAAAGUCGUUAAAUUAUUUUUUUUUCUCACACAAAUCAAACUGAUGUGAUUGAGUUUUUGUUUUUGAGAUUGCAUGGCAUCUGUACAGUAUUCCUUAGGAAGCUAUAACAGAAAUGUGAAUAUAUCAUAAAUCUUCACACAUCUUUCACUAGGAAACUUAAACAGACCUGUAUGCAUUGCACAAACAUUGGCAGUAGGUUUGUUUACAUUUUUUUCUCCACCAUAGCCAUUAUGAAUAGUUCCUUCAGAGUACUAAAGACAAUUUAGAGGAUUUGGAGUUAGUCAAUUAAAGUAGGGUGCUAAUAAACCCUUUCCGGCUGGUAGGGCAUUUGAGGAAUUAUGUAAGGCUGGAAUAGAAAUUACGAAACGCUGCAAGGGUAGGUUUAAAGGGACGCUCUAGGCACCCAGACCACUUCCUCUCAAACAGUUUGGCUCCAUGAAGCGACACGGCAUGUCUUCAUGUUUUGCAUGAGAAUGUCCAGCAUCAGAGAAAACCCAAUUUUCUUGCUUCAAAAUGGGUCAUAUAUUCUUCUCCGCCCUUUGUUUACAACUCCUGCUUUAUACUAGAUCUUUUGCAUAACCAUCCUUUUUAGGCAAGAUUCACAUUUACCUUCUCACUUUAUCUGCAUCUGGAUUUUUCUAAACAUUCUUCUUUAUACAUGGCAGAUGAAAUUUAACAUCGGGGUUAAGAAUGCACAAGCAACUUACACACUAAAUGGUAGUGAAUUAGGGAUAACCACACACGAGAAGGAUUUGGGAAUUGUUAUAGACAACAAAUUAGGCAGCAAUAUGCAAUGUCAAUCUGCAGUUACUAAGGCCAGUAAGAUUUUGUCAUGUAUAAAUAGGGGCAUAAAUUCUCUGGAUGAAAAUAUAUUUUUGCCUCUUUAUAAAUCGCUGGUAAGACCACACCUUGAAUAUGCUGUGCAAUUUUGGGCACCUGUUCUAAAGAAGGAUAGCAUGGCACUGGAGAGGGUCCAGAGACAAGCUACAAAAUUGAUAAAAGGAAUGGAGCAUUUUAGUUAUGAAGAAAGGUUAAAAAAUAUUAAAUCUGUUUAGUUUGGAAACACGGCGCCUGAGAAGGGAUAUGAUAACUUUAUACAAAUAUAUUCGGGGCCAGUACAAACCUUUAUCUGGAAAUCUAUUCAUAAACAGGGCUAUACAUAGGACACGAGGUCACACAUUUAGGCUGGAAGAAAGGAGAUUUAAUCUAAGGCAAAGAAAAGGUUUUUUUACAGUAAGAACAAUAAGGAUAUGGAAUUCUCUGCCUGAAGAGGUGGUUUUGUCAGAGUCCAUACAGAAAUUGGAUAAAUACUUACAAAAACAUAACAUACAGGGAUAUCAUUUCUAAUUAGUGGAGUAAUAGCUGCUUGAUCCAAUGAGACAUCUGACUGCUAUUUUGGGGUCAAGAAGGAAUUUUUUCCUAGGUUGUGGCAAAAUUGGAAGCGCUUCAGACCAGGUUUUUUGCCUUCUUUUGGAUCAACAGCAACAACAUAUGUGAGGAAGGCUGAACUUGAUGAACGCAAGUCUCUUUUCAGCUAUGGAACUAUGUACCAUCUAUCUUCCUUCUUCACACCCUCAGCUCCAAUAUAUCCUCUUUUUAAGUGCUCUCCUUCUUACAUUUUCUUUUGCUUGUAACAGUUUGUGAUACCUCCUCUCAAUAAAAACUUCUCUAAUUACCAAGCCUGUUUUCUCUCAUCUAUUUUGUUCCUAGCGUUUGCACAGUCCAAUCUAAGUGAUCCUCUGAAUUUGGUUAAAACAUGCAGCUGAAAUUGCUCCACUAAUUCUUUGCAUUUCUGUCAAUUCUGACACUGUGACCCACACGCUUCCUCUUUUUACCUUUCAUGAACUCCGUCUUGGUUGCAUUUUUUUUCCUUAGAAUUUCAUUAUCACCUGUAUGCAAAUGAUACAUCUCUCUUCCCUAGGUUUAGUCUUUUCUGCUUUGGCCAUUUAACUAAUGCAGUUGUCGUCAUACAUUUGCAUUUAUGAUGUGGUUAACAUAAUACACUUGGGUUUGUGAUCAGUAUUAACAUAGUGUCAUAUUUAAAGUAAACUGUGAACAUUUGGGAUCUGGGGCCCAUACAAUGCCCCUGCUUUGCUGUCAAAUCAAAAUUACAAGAAAAACACCCAUUGGUCAUUAUAUACCCAAACACUAUUUUUCUAAUGACACCACACAAGCAUGAUAUAAUCUGUGUAGUCUUUUGUCUUUUUAGGAUUAGCUACAAAAAAACACCAUUCUUGUCAGAUGUUGUUAGUGCUUACACUAGAUUCCUGUAUUUUUGGAAUUAAAUUUAACCUGGUUCUCUACAAAGCUCUUGGAGCACUGGUAGCAGCACAUUUAGUCAGUGUGGUACUUGCUCUGCUGCCAAGCUUCCAGUCCCUCAUCUUCCUCAUGCAGUCCAGGAACAGGGCAGGGGAAGCAAUAGUAUACGGAAAAUCUGCCGUUGUGCUGCCCUCCUCUUCUGAACGCUUGCGGUCCAGAGGCAGGGUGUUGAGAAAAAGUAAAAAUAUUUAAAAUUACCUUGUAAAAGUAAAAAUAUUUAAAAUUCAUUAAAAAUGCUCCUCCCCUCACCCUUGGCCUUUGGGGGUCAAUAUAACCCCAUUUUAGUAUAAGGGAGUUUUAUUUCUCCCUCCUGCCUCUACCUACCAUUUUGUGAGUGGGGGCAUGUUUACUAAAUAGCGAGCAGCCAGUGGCUUAGAGUAGGGCCUGCCGAGAAUGGGGUACAUUGACGUUGUGGCAGGCUUAUGCAAUGUAUGAUCAUAUAAUGUAACUAAAUCCCCAUUAUUCUUUACCUAGGUGAGGUGUUUUUAAAUAAAACUAUUUAGGAUUUGAAAUCAUUGUUUAGUUAAUAAGCGAGUGCGCUGGUUUUUGUAUUUUGUAUUUUGGUCCCAGCAGCACCCUAUAAUGUAUGCAUGUUCAGGUGAGUGCAGCCCUCCUGGUUUUGUUUAUAUAUAUAUAUAUAUAUAUAUAUAUAUAAUCUGCCAGAUGAAGCCAGCACUCAAGGACUUGUAAAAAAUGAAAAAGGUUUUAAUCCAUAGAACUUGUCAACGUUUCAGUUUACAUCAGCAAACUUUCAUCACAACAUUAAAUCCUAUAUAUAUUUAUUUUUAGGUGUGUCUUUUUUGUGAUUGGUUCCUUUUUAUAUUUUAAUAGUUUGUUGCCCCUUGUAGAUUUUUAUGUGGCUUUUUUUUGGCUGAAGACAUCUAAUGGUAAGUAUUAAUUUUUCAUUAUGCAGGUAUUUAGUUUACUGAAUCUCUUCACUAUUAUUAGAAUGAGGCUGGUAGGUUGGGUAUUUUUCUUUGGGGGGGGGGUGUGACUUGUGACCAGGGCCGUACUGGGAAAAAAAUGUGUCCCGGGCAUUUUUCAAUCAAUCACAGCGCCCCCCCCUGAGAAGGGGGCGGGGCCAGAGACAGUGUGUUUUGUCAUGACUAAUGACAAGCACGCCCCCUCUCAAGGUGAGCAUGUUGGUUCAAUGCGCAGAGCCCAGCUGAAGAGCUCUAGCAUUAGAAAAAGGCCCUGUAUUUGUUCUGUGCAGCGCAAGCAAAUUUAAUAACAUGCUUGCGCUGUGUUUGCUUUUAACUUGUCUCUGAUGUCUCCAUAAGUGGGAUACCAGAGGACAAAAGGGCAAGGAAAGCGUAUGGUGCAUGUGUUUGGAGCCUGCUUGUGGGAUUGCGUGUGUGUAGAGUGAGCUGAUUGUGGUGUGGUAUUGUGUAAAUAGGUCAAUUUCAUUUGUGUUUGUGGUGUAAUAUGUGUGGGGCUGUAGAGUUUGUGUGUUUAUAGGGGGCAUAGUGUGUAUAGGGGAUGUAGCGAGUGUGUGCAUACGGGCUAUAGUGUGUAUAGGUGACAAAGUGUGUGUAGGGGUUGUAGAGAGUCUGUGUUUAGAGAAUGUUGUAUGUGUUUGCUUUCAAUGAAUGUAGUGUGUGCAUGGGGGAUUGAGAGUUUGUAUGUCAGGAAUGUAGUGUGUGUAGUGUGUGUGUAGCAGAUCUACUGUGUAAAGGACCCGAGUCUGUGUGUAGAGGAUUCAGAGUGUAUAUUUUAGGUUUGGACGUAUUGGGUAUAUGUGUGAAGGGUGCAGCAUGUGUGUGCGGGGUGCAGUGUGUGUGUGUAAGAGGAACCCGGCGGAGCUGCUGGCUAGAGCUCUCCGGGUGCUCUCCUGCCUCCCUCCCUCCCCAUAGCAGUGCCAGGGAGCCGGUGAGGGAGAUCUUUGAUCUCCCCACCGGCCCAUGGAGGCACACAGCAGGGCCGGCGCUUGGACAGCACUGGCCCUGCAGGGGCUGGCAGGGGAGAUCCUGUGAUCUCCCCUGCCGGGCCUCGGCCCACGGCCAUCGCGGCCCACGGCCAUCGCGGCCCACCGGCAUUUGCCCGGUAUGCCCGAUGGCCAGUCCGGGCCUGCUUGUGGCUUAUGCUUAGAGCUUGGGGUGAAAUAAUUUUUAGUAUUAGCCCCCACCUGCCAUCAAUGAGUUUGGGCUUGGGGCACAAUAGGUCCACCCACCCAUUAUAUUUAGGGCCCCCACCUGCUGCUAAUGGGUGGAUGUGGGUUGGGGGGACAAUUGGUCUAUUAUUAUUUAAGGCCACCAAUUCCAAUGAGUGGGGGCUGGGGGGAGACGAUAGGUGAACACCUUGAUAUUAUUUUGGGCCAUCACCCACCGUCAAUUGAUGGGGCUUCAGGUGGCACAUGGUCCCCCCGCCCACUUAGUAUAAUUGUUCUCACUCACAGGACAGGGUUGGGGGUACUUGAAAUAUGCUAUGUCCCCCCUCCCCCCCAAGUUAAAUAUUGUAUUAGGUCACUCACCAUGGGGCCAUGGAGGAUCUGUGCCAGGUCUCCAUUUAUUGGAUUAGUGAUAGGGCUGCCCAGUCACUUGCCAUUUUUUAUAACAGCAAGCGGCCACUGGCUGCUUCCUUUUUUAGUAGAUAAGCUCCUACUUGUGGCACGGUGGGUAGGGGCAGGAAGGAGAAUUUAACCUAUCUUAUUUACUAGUACUAAUUAUUUCUUCUUAGUAUUUGUAAGUUUGUCUAAAAGACCACAAUUAAGAAAGGAAGGACUUUUUCAAAAUGUUGGUCUUUCAACUUCAAAUAGAAGCUGAAAUCCUUGUGGGAUUGCCAUAAGGAUACCAAUAAGGAGCUAUCAACUAAACAGCUUCCUAAUUUGGCACCCAUAAAUAUUGCAAUCCCACAAGGGUACCAAUUUAGGGAGUUACCUACUAAAAGGCUGCAGAUUUGGCUGAAUUUCAUUCGAAAAACAAAUGGACAAACAGAAACUAAAGUUUUCUAGCCCAAGGCUACGCAUAACAUUCACAAAGAGCUUGCACAGUUGCAUACUCAAACAGGAGAAGCCAGUGAUGUUACAUAUCAGUUAUGGGAUGUUUCGAAAUACGUAAAUGGGAAAGUAUGGGUUUCAAAAGUAAGAGGGGGGAGCUGUUAAAAAAAACCAAAUAAAAACAACUUAUGUGUGACAAGCUGCUUUAACAGUAUUUUAAACUGCAGAAUUACCAGGAGAAGGGCAGGAGCAGAGAGAGUCACAAGAAAGGUUAUUGUUAUUGCAGCUUAUUCUCAUAGUGGGGUGGGGGGGAGGGUUCCAGACGAGAAUUACAGCCUCUGCAAACUGCAGGCUGCAAAAAAUAAAAUAAAAUUCAUAACGUUAAAUAUAUUCAUAACGUUAAAGACCAUUUAAGAAGGUAGAUGGUUCUUAUCAUGUACAUAUGGGAGAAAACAAUUAGAUUUUGGUUAACAGAUCAAGUGAUUCAUUCAUAUAUCAUGUCAGAGUUUGGAAUGUUGGAUGAUGAGCGGUGCCUGGUUUCCUCCUCGCAUAAUGUUUUAAAUUGAGACCAAACAGUUCAAUCUUCUUUCCAUAAGACCAGAGCAUCUUCUUUCUAAACAGUCUGGGAUCCCUUUAGGUGCUUUUAGGUGUUUUUUUUUUCCAUAAUCCAAUUAGGCUUUCACGUAUCUUGCAGUAACUGUGACUUGCACAUCCUUGCUAAACACUUCCUGUAAAGAGUCAUCUAAUGUUUACACUUCCUUUAUUGCGAAUUCAUUUAUUCCUGCUCUGUUAAUAGUUUUAAAGACCAUGCAGUAUCCUCCUAUGUGUAAUUAAAGUUCAAUUUACAGAGCAGGAAAUAAAAAAUUGAAAGUUAGUUCCAUCUGAUUGAAAAUAAAACCAUUUUGUUUUCAUACAGGUUUUGUCAGUCACAGCCAGGGGAGGUUUGACUUGGGCUGCAUAAACAGAAAUAAAAGUGAUUUAACUCCUAAAUGGCAGUUAAUUGAGCAGUGCAACUUCAGGAGGCAUGAUCUACACACACAAAAACUGCUUCAUAAAGCUAACGUUGUUUUGGUGACUAUAGUGUCCUUAAAUUAGCAAGUUUUUUAUUAUUCAAAAGUCAGUUUUUUUCUUUGUCAUUAUGGGGUAUUGAGUGUAGAUCAAUGUAAAAAAUUAUUUACAAAAUGACAACCUAAAAAGUUAAAAGAAUGAAGGAGUUUUAAUGCUUUCUGAAUGCACUGUAUAGUUAUAUGUUAUAUAUUUAUUAACUGCUCUACUGCUCUUUUCUUUUCUUACAUUCAGAGGCUAGCUAUCAAUCUCCUAGCCAUCAAUCAUCUUUUUUUAGCGCUACACAAACUCUGAGUCACGAAACAAACUAAACAAUUUCUUCCUUGGCCAUUUCAUUUGUUUGUGAUUUGUUCAUAGCAAUUUGUAGUUCAGAAUUUUGAAAGAACCACUGAUCGUCCAAAAUUAGGAUAGACCACAAUACAGUGUACCAGGGUUUGGCCUUCAAACUCCCUCUGUGAAACAUAGGAGUGAAUCCCCCCAGUGUCUACUUACCCAUCAGUUGAUUAUAAUAAUAUACAUUUAAAAGGGAAAUGUAGAAAUGUGUUCUAAAUAUUGUAAAAAGACUUAAAAAUCACAUACAAUGUUAGAUUCUCAGACAUACUCGUCUUAAGAUGAGUGCUUAGUGGUCCAGUUGGGAAGAAAGACAUAUCUAUUGGCCAGCGGCAUCGUAGUGGGCAUUUUAACAGAUGGAAGCCUGCACAACUCGUAGGCUGAAGCACUGGAGGAUGCAUUAUAACAGAUAUCAGUUCCUCCCAGCAUUACUAAGGAGAUGCUCUAACACUGGCAGUUGAGGGCUCAGAUGAGGAGCAUGUUUGAAGGGGGAAAGUAUAGGGUACUUCAUUAUAUUGCCACUCUCUGGCUUUCACACUGCACUACCAUGCACAGUAGCAGACUAAAAGGAGUUGUAAUCUGCCUCCUGUCACCAGUGCAAGACCUGCCUGCUCUGCAGAUCCCAUUUAAAGGACCACUCUAGGCACCCAGACCACUUCAGCUUAAUGAAGUGGUCUGGGUGCCAGGUCCAGCUAGGGUUAAUCCACACAGAGAAACUGCUAUGUUUAUUAAUGGGUUAAGCCUUCCUCCAAUUCCUCUAGUGGCUGUCUCAUUGACAGCCACUAGAGGCGCUUGCGUGCUUCCCACUGUGAUUUUCACAGUGAGAGCACGCAAGCGUCCAUAGGAAAGCAUUGUAAAUGCUUACCUAUGCGACUGGCUGAAUGCGCGCGCAGCUCUUGCCGCGCGUGCGCAUUCAGCCGGCGGGGCGGAACGGAGGAGGAUCGGAGGAGGAGAGCUCCCCGCCCAGCGCUGGAAAAAGGUAAGUUUUUACCCCUUUCCCCUUUCCAGAGCCGGGCGGGAGGGGGUCCCUGAGGGUGAGGGCAUCCUCAGGGCACUAUAGUGCCAGGAAAACGAGUAUGUUUUCCUGGCACUAUAGUGGUCCUUUAACAGAUCACUAAGUGGGCAGAGAAGGAGCUGAUGGAAUUUGUCAGUGCUCUGGCUGCACAGCUCCCCUGCUGCUGUGUAUGAUUGCUGGGAUGUAACAUCAUCCCAACCUGGGCAUCAGUUCAGAACUGCAGGGAGCUGUGCAAUCAGUGCAGAGAUUGAUCCCAGCAGUAAACUACCAAACCAGACACCAGGGAUAAAAUCCAAAUAGUAAACAAUUGUGUGUGAGUUUAUGAACAUGAUUAUAUGUAGGGGUGUGUGUGUGCAUAUGAAUGUGAGUAUGUGUGAAAAUGUGUGUAUGUGCAUAGGAAUGUGAGUGUUUGUGUAUGAAUUUGAGUAUGUGUAUAUAAAAGUGUGUGUUCAUAUGAAUGUUUGUGUGUGAAUAUGCAUUUAAAUGUUUGUUCUUUCCCUAACGAGAGAGAGAACGACAACAACAAAAAAUAUACUGUUCUAGGGAGGAUGACAAUAUAAAUUUCUGCCCUGGGUGCCAGAUAAGCCAAAUAUGCCUAUGGCCUUGCGCUGGAUCACUUGCUGUCAAAAGUGGUAUUUGAGGUAAGACUGCAUAUGGUGAGGGGAAUAAAGUGCAGGGCGGGAAUAUUUUUGUCUGCUUACUGUAGUAGCCCUGUGCAGAGUACCUGCAUGAAGCUUUUUGGUGACUUCUGGGGAUACAAGAGAAAAACUUGGGAUAGCAAGUCAGGGAUCUAAGUCUGAUUUCGAUGACCUGUCUGACUGCAUUGAGGCAACAUCCAGGCUGUUUUUCAGAGGUUGGGCUAGGCCCCUUACUUCCAGUGAAGGUAUAUUUUAAUGUUUCAGCAUACCAAGACAUUUUGGACAAUGAUAUGCUUCCAACUUUGUAGGAACAGUCUGGGGAAGGCCCUUUUCUAUUCUAGCAUGACCGUGCCCCAGUGCACAAAGCAAGGUUAUUAACCCCUUAAGGACACAUGACAUGUGUGACAUGUCAUGAUUCCCGUUUAUUCCAGAAGUUUGGUCCUUAAGGGGUUAAAGACAUGGUUGGAAGAGGCUUGUUUGGAAGAACUUGACUGGCCCGGACAGAGCCCUGAACUCAACGCACAUCUAACACCAUUAGGACGAUCUAGAAUGGAGAUUGCGAGCCAGGUCUUCUGCUCCAACAUCAGUACCUGACCUCACAAAUACUCUACUGGAUGAACAGGCAAAAAUGCAAAAACUAAACUCAGAAUAUCGGCACAAACACCUCAUGCCAACUGUCAAGCAUGGUGGUGGAGGGAUGAUCUGGGCUUGUUUUGCAGCCACAUGACCUGGGAACCUUACAGUCAUUGAGACGACCAUGAACUCCUCUGUAUACCAAAGUAUUCUAGAGUCAAAUGUAAGGCCAUCUGUUUGACAGAUAAAGCUUGGUCUCAAUCGGGUCAUGCAACAGGACAAUGAUCCCAAGCACACCAGAAAAUCUACAACAAAAUGGCUGAAAAAGAAGAGAAUCAAGGUGUUGCAGAGGCCCAGUGAAAGUCCAGACCUCAACCCAGUUGUAAUGCUGUGGCGAGACCUUAAGAGAGCUGUUCAUAAACAAAUGCCAGCAAACCUCAAUGAACUGAAACAAUGUUGUAAAGAAAAGUGGGUCAAAAUUCCUUCCAAACAAUUUGAGAGACUGAUAAAGUCACACAGGACACGAUUACUUGAAAUUGUUGCUGCUAAAGGUGGCUAUUGAAUCACAAGGUGUACUUAGUUGUUCACACUUGGCUUCUCCAUUUUCGCUUUAUUUUUGUUAAAUUGUUUCUGUAUUGGGGAAACCAGGCAGUGUUCAGGCAGAUUCCCCAAUAUAGAAACAAUAAAAUUAUACAAUUUUAAAUAUAUAUACAUAUAGAUCACAUGACUCGGAAGGGGAUUGCUGCUUGGGUUAUCAUGCAAGUCCCCUGAUCACCUUUGGAGUGGAGAGCAAGUAUCCAGGCCAGGGGGAGGGACAGAUCAUUAUGGUGUUUUAUGCCACCCUAUCAGCGUUAAAGCCCUCCUUUUGUAGGAAGGCAUAGUAUGCCCUAAGAUCGGGAAGGUAUUAACAUUGUUACACGUCCCUGGCUGUCAAUCAGAAAACUGGUCAUAUUACUUUGCGAUUUGUUUAGCUUAGUGAAGCUGACCUCAAAAGGCAGAAAUUGCUGAGAGCACCUGCCUGGCAAACACUUCUCAUUGAACUGCAUUGGGAGUCUGUGACUGGACAGCCAUAGAAAGUCUGGGCUUAGGAAGAAGGGCCUGCAAAUGCUGCAGUUAAGAGAUCUACAGUUUUGGCUAGUUGUUUUCAGAUAUAACCUCCGUGAAAAAUGCAUAAUUAAAUACAUGCAUGCUUUAAUUGUGGGUAUUUUUAUAUAAUAAACAGUGAUUUUAUUUAUUUGUAUUUGGACAGUAGAGUGUCCCUUUAACAUAAUAUGUACUUCCCUUAAAGGAUUUCUGGAGUUUUUUCUGGAGCGGCUAACAGACCAUAAUUUGGCGAUUUCUUCCUGCAAGUGGUGAAUGGAGCUAAGAGAUCAAAUUAUGCAUUUUUAUUGUAUACAGCAUACCCAGUUUUCACCAUGCAACAUUAGUUGUUUUGGUAUUGAUGAAUAUUUAUUAAUGAAAAAUAGGCAAUCUGAGAGACAAUGCAGUGAGCUGUCAGCACAGUCUGUAUGACUCCAGCUCUGUUUACUAACAGUCUGACAAUGCCUGGCCCCUAUUCAAUGCCAGCACAAUGCAGCUAUUAGCAGUGGUGUCCCUGUCUGGCAAUGAAUGCAGCCAGUGGACAGCAAUGUGCUAUUGUCAGGCUGGCCUUGUAGUUUUUGCAGUGUAAUUCCCAGCUCUCCUCUCAGCACUGGAUUGCAGCGCAUCAAUCUCAGCCCCACUGCAUUGCAGUCAUAGAGCCAUUCCCUGGAGCCCCGCCCACCAACCAGGCUCCUGAUUUGCAUAGCGGCUCCGUCCCAGCCAAUCAGAGCCGCUGGAGUCUGUUGCCUCGGAUGAGGACAGGGAGUGGCGCUACGCAUGCGCGGUAGGGCUGCUGAGAGUCUUCUAUUAUUGCAGCCCGGGCAGAGGAAGAUCGGGGGCAGCGCAUCCUCUUCAUCCUCCUCCUUCUCUUACUCCUCUACACCCUCCGACCACAGCAGCGCCACACAGCCGCCAGCCCCCCGCCCUGCUCCAAGGGGAGACCUGCAGACAUGUCGUACCAGGGCAAGAAGAACAUCCCCCGCAUCACUGUGAGUAGUCUCCCCCUCUGGCAGGCAGCACUGAGGACCAUACCUACCUCGCAGCUCUGAGAGGGGAGGGCGGUAUCUGGAUUCCAGCUGUGAUGGCUGGGGACCAUAAACUCACACAAUGCUCAGCCAGCUCUCUGGAGACCUGGAGUGCCGGAGGAUGGCUGUCCUUUGCAUUGCCAGCUGGGAAGGCUUGUUGGCUUGAGAUGCUGGAGCCUUGGCAAGCUGGGCAUCACUGGAAGUGCAUGUAACUGGCUAGCCCUCCUGGCUUUAUCUGGGUGUAUUGGGAGGGCUGCAUGGGUGUUGUGCUGUGGCCGGUGUUGUGCUGUAUUGUGGAAUAUGUUGUGCUGUGCUAUGGAAGAUGCUGUGUUGUGGAAGAUGCUGUGCUGUGUUAUGGAGGUUGUUGUGGCAUGUUAUGGAGGGUGCUGUGCUGUUAUAGAUGGUACUGUUUUGUAAAAGAUGCUGUUCCAUUUUAUGUAGGUUGUUUUGCUAUGGAGAGUGCUCAGUUGUGGAAGAUGCUGUUCUGUGUUAUGUAGGUUGUUGUGUUCUGGAGGGUGCUGUGCAGACAGGGAUGUAGGUGUGUCAUUGUUUGCAUGGUGACAGGAUGCUUUUAUUAUUUUGUAGAUCCAGGUUCUCCCCUUUUACAAACACAUGCAUCCCUCCUUCCAGCCUGCAUAUGGAAAGCAGGGGCACUACAAUGGAUAGUGAGCAGAGCAUGGGCUGGGUCAGGUUGCCUAGUAUUCUAUAUCUCUAUUGAGGACGGGUUCUAGAACGUUAAUCUAUACAGUUAUGGAUGGGUUGGGAUUUGUGUGUUACUAUGUAUACAGUUAUGGAUGGGUUGGGAUUUGUGUGUUACUAUGUAUACAGUUAUGGAUGGGUUGUGAUUUGUGUGUUUCUAUGUAUACAGUUAUGGAUGGGUUGUGAUUUGUGUGUUACUACGUAUAAAGUUAUGGAUGGAUUGUGAUUUGUGUGUUACUAUGUAUACAGUUAUGGAUGGAUUGUGAUUUGUGUGUUACUAUGUAUACAGUUAUGAAUGGGUUGUGAUUUGUGUGUUACUAUGUCAACAGUUAUGGAUGGAUUGUGAUUUGUGUGUUACUAUGUAUACAGUUAUGGGUGGGUUGUGAUUUGUGUGUUACUAUGUAUACAGUUAUGGAUGGAUUGUGAUUUGUGUUGUUAUUAUGUAUACAGUUAUGGGUGGGUUGUGAUUUGUGUGUUAUUAUGUAUACAGUUAUGGGUGGGUUGUGAUUUGUGUGUUAGCCUGUAUAUAGUUAAGGAUGGGUUGCAGAGCGUUGCAUGGUGUGUUUGUAUGCUGUAGAGUGUGAUAUUCGUAUCCUAUACACUAUGGUGCUCUGCAAUGUCUAUAUUGGAGUGGUAAAUGUGUGGUAUUUUAAUAGAGUGGAUAAUGCUGGUGUGCAAAUUAGUAGUGUAAGAUGCAUAAAGAAGAUAUUCUGCAGGAUAAUAACACACUUUUAUUUGUUCACGGUUCAGAAUAGCAGAUUAUGAUGUGUAGGUUGCAGAGUUUGCCAUAAGUUAAUGACAAGUCACAGGUGGAUGUUAAUUACACUGAUUAAAGUGUGUGGAUUGUAUGUAUGUGCAGAUCUAUUCUUGCUAGUAUCAAUAAUUGAUUUGUUUACUUGAUGUAUUCAUUACAAUGAAUAAUAUGCAGUCUAUAUGAGGGUUAUGUAACUACACUGGAUCUGUGCUUGGAUUUUAUACCAAGCUACCAGUGACCCUUCAGCUGUUCAUCUGGGAUUUACAGCACAUACAGACUUCUUAUAAUUGAUGAUAAUAUAUCAACAAUAAGAUGCUGUAGAGGUUGACAAACCUCGAGGUGGUACAGUGAUUUCAAUGUGUCAUUUUUAGAGAAAAAUACAGUGCCUGGUGAGGUUGUGAUGAAUUGAGAUAAUUAUGUAUUGGUUUACUGAGCAUCCCUAUGUGCAGAUUAGUAUUGUGUGUACACUUGCCAUUAUUACAUGCAAAUGUCUGAUUAGUGAUAAGCAAGUGAGGUUGUUCUGAUUAAGGAAGCUGCAGUCUUACAGUUAUCAUAUCAUAAGGAAAAAGCAGUGUCUCUGAUGACAGUGAUGCAAUCUGCCAUUUGUAAUAUAGGCACCAAUGUACCAGUCAUACCAUGUACUCUGAGCAUUAUUCUCUGCCUGUCCAGGUACAAAUUGAUCUCUACCUGGCACAGGUUGGCUUUAUUCUUUGCAAGUUUCAGGUAGGUAGUACUCGGUGUCUGUCACAGAUUGUCUUUCACAGGUGGGCACUAUUCCUUAUCUGUUUAAGGUAUAUGUGCUCACCACAGAUAUACAGCUUUUAUUGACAUGCAUUGCUUCUUCCUGUCACAAUGUUCUCUCUGCCUUUCACAGGUUAGUUAGUGUCUUCCUCUUACAACAUGAAAAUAAUAACGCCCUUGGCAUUGACAUGUUAUUCUAUUAAUGGUGCUCCAGUGUUUCCUCAUAAAAACACAGCCUUUACUUUUUCCCUUAAGCCCAAAUAGUAACAAAUCAUAAACAUUUAAAGUGGAUUCAUGCACAAAUAUAAAACACAGAAUCACAAUUUCUACAUAUUGACCAAACAGUGAUUCUGUCUUUUGGAUUUGCACACAAAUCCAUUUUAAAUAUUUGUAGUGGUGCCAUCUGCCACACAUGAGUGUCUGGCUUCUGUAAAAUGUCGUGUUUUCUCUCUGCCAUUUUAAUGGUUGGCAGUGCGCACUGUCACAAACACUGCCUUCCCAACAUUUGCAGUGAUCUCCGCCUAUCACCUUGCAUAUUGCAAUGUGUUUGACAGAUGUCUGCUUCCUGCCAAUUAAUCUUGUGCAUUUACAUUUGAAAUAAAGACAGCUGAGGGAAAGAGUGUGAACACAAGGACAACCAAUAGCCAAUGUUUGGGACAGCUCAGGACAGAACUGUUGCAACAAUACACUUUCAUGGUUUUUGUUCCUAUGGCAACCAUUGCUGCCUGCUGAGAGAUGUGCAGGAUAGAGACCCUGUGUGUUCUUAACUGGAGUAAUCUGGAGCAUGUAAUUUUUCUGGAGCAUUCCAGCAAAGCAGCUAAUAAUUGGUCUGGCUGUGUAUUUCAUUGUGUGCGAAAAUGGCUACCAUUUGCCUAGGAAAUUUAAAAUGCAGAUGACAGGGCGGUAAAAGAAUCAAAUACUAUAUUAGUGGAGGCUACAUGAAUUACAUAUAUCAAAUAGAAAAAUCUAAUUCUCAAAAAGCAUAUCUUUUUAAUGGCAAAGUAAAGAGGAAAUGAGUCGUUUCAGAAAGUGUCAUUAAAAACGAGUGCCCUCAACACCUUUCAGUGACUACUGUUGCUACUGACAGAAUUACUCAAAACUGUGCCACUAAUAUAAAAGUUAUUAUGGAAGAAUGGGUAAUGGGGUGGGCUGAGCUGGCAUAUUUAUCAUUUUGCUGAUUUAGUCAUCUUCUUUCUCAUUCACAGGUCUUGAUAUAAAUCUAAGAGGUCAGCGUUCUUUGACGCUCUAGUACAGAAAGAAAGCUCCAAAGCAUUCUUCCAAAAUCCACAGAUGCUGAAUGUAGUGGAAAAAUAAAGCUAUUUUAUUGCAAACAAGGCAUCUCUCCCAGUUGUUACCCAGUUACCGUUGAAACCAAGGUACUUAAUUGGGAUCAAAUAUUUAGUAUUUGAACCAAUAAUCACUACUGGAGGCUAAGAAAUCUUUGGAAGAUGCAGCUUCCCACCACGGGCCUAUUCUUCUGAGUGUUGUUCAGAUGGUAAUGUCUAAGAAUGUCCCGUAGAUGACCUUUCAAGAGCCAGUUAUAGUGGGCAUUGGCAUGUUGGACCCAAGCAUGUACCCAUGAUAAAAAGAACAGUCUGAUACCUGGGUAUAAUUUUUAUGACAAUGUAGACUCUACCAGCAUUACUCAAUUGUUUUCCCUCUAGUUCAUCAGAUUUUAUAUUUUUACCGAUGAUGUUUUUGCCAUUAGUCUGUAUGUAAGAAAAAAAUUGAUAUUUUUUAUAUUUGGGCCUUCCAUAGAUAAGGAUUUUUUUUUUAAAUCUGUUAUUUUCUAGACCAUUAGGACCCUAGACCUAAGGUGGACUGGUCAACAAGCCCCAUCUUAACAAUCAUUUCAUAAGACACCUGUAUUUUUUUUCCCCUUCCCCUACUUAGUUAUCAAGUUAUACAAUGUUAUAUACAUCCCUGUUUGGGCCUCUAAUGCUAUUUAGCAAAUCAUACAUUUAGCUUUAAAAAUGGAGGGGUCCUAUGUGUUCUUUUGGGAGUAUAAAACAAAGUUUGUUGACUGAUAAUAUAUAUACCAUACUCUGUCUCGGUAUACUCUGCUCUUUCUAAAGAAGGUGUAGGGAUUCCCAUCUCUUUAAUGUGUUACACAGUAAGUACAAUAAGGAAGCAUUGAAGACAUCUUGCUCUCACCUACAGGGCCACUCUCCACUCUCACCUCCAGUUCUGCUACUUUCCCACCAUGUCUAUUUGCUGUCUCUCUCAAUACCCCUCCUAUUGUGUAUUUAUACCGCACCUCCUCUAGGCUGUAAGCUCAUUUGAGCAGGGUCCUCAAAUACCUAUUGUUCCUGUUACAUUUUGUUAUUGUCUCAUUUGGUAAAUUCCCCUCUUAUUGUAAAGCGCUGCGGAAUAAGCUGGCGCUAUGUAAAUACCAAUAAUAAUAAUAAUGCUACCUGUGGCACGAUCCUCCUUCUUCCAUAUGCACUAUGCAACUGGUUGAAACUAGGCAAAUGGUUGAAAUAUUUGUUUUGUUUUAGCAGAUUAUUUAUCACAUGCUCUUUAAUUAAUACAUAUUAAUAAAAAUAAAGAUAGUGAAGACUAUGUAAGGGUUAAGAAAUUCUUAUGGAUUUAAUAUGAAUAUUUCUAGUCACUUGAAUGUAAGCUAUUCAAGUCCUUUUGACAGUACUCCCUGGUUAAUGAAAAGUAUUGACAUAUUGCAUUGCAGAAGGGAAAAUGUAGCAUUUGUUUUGCUUGAUUGUCAGAUUUGCAAGCCAGACAUAUCUGUAAACCUAAAUUUGGAUGUUGGAGUCAUAUGUGCCUGACUUGUUGGGCUUGUCAAAUGUAUAUCAGUGCACGUGCACCAUUAAUCAGUGUUUUAGUGAAUUCAUGUAUAUUGUGUUGUAUUGCAUUUAUUAUUGUCAAGAUGCCAUACAUGAGUCACUGCAAAGGAAGGUGUAGACUGCUGUCUGAUGUUACACUAAAGAUAUCCAUGUCCAUAUGAUAAGCCAGUGACAACAAAUGUAGUAUUAUAUUGGUUACUUUAUCCUCAAAAGAUUAGAAAUGUUAUGUCUACUUAUGUAGUUAGUGUAUUGUAUUAAAACAGUCAAAUUAUUGCAAUAAAUAUUUAGAACCAAUUAUUUUUACACUGCAGGGUGAAAAAUGUAACUUUUUCCAUCCAGAAAUAGAAAGCCAUUUACUUGUUUUGGCCCUGGUAGUGUUGCAUAUUUGUAACAUUUGGAUGAAAUUGACAAGAACAAAGAAUGCAAUCAAAGAAAUAAACUGAGCAAAACACAAACAAACUAACAAAAAAACAGAGUGCAAGAGAAUGAGGACGGAUACAAGUUUAAAUAGCUUGAGCUUCAGUAGAUCCCGCACAGUUCUCACGCGGGUUUUAGACACAAGAUAAGCUAAAACCAGCCUGAGAGGGAUCCCCCCAAAGCAGCAAUACAAAUCCAAAAUACAAAUCAGCUCCUUCUGCACAAGAGAUCAGCAACCCCAGACCAUCGUUUCAGCCUUGUUAGGCCUCAUCAGUGAGGAAUAGCCAAAAAAACCCUAGGCACAGUGAGCAAGGGAUCCACAUGCAGAUUACCCUUUUACUGUUUUUCCAGAUGGAGCCGGCUUGCAUUUUGGAUUUGUGCUGCUGUUUUGGUUGGGAUCAGUCUGAUAUGCAAAUAGUUUAGGGCUUCUCUGUAAUGACAAACGAUAAGCGAAAAACAGCUUGAGAACUAAGCGGGUACCCACUGAAGUGCAAGCUGUUUGAGCUGUUGUCCAUUCCAGUAUUCUCUUGCACACUGUUUUUCUGCUCUUCCUAAGGUAAAAGGUAAUCCAUACAUGGACUCCUUUCUCACUGUGCCUAGAGGGGAAUUGGCUUUACUUUACUGAUAAUCCUAAGCAGGCUGAAACGUUAGUUUGUGGUUGCUGCAUCUCUGCUGCAGCGUUCUGGGCUGCCUAAGUCAUGUGUGACAGGGGUGUAGACAAUUAGCCCCUGGCACAAACAUAAAAAUAACUCUAGAUGUGCAGUGUUUUAAGCAGAAACACUGAACAUCCAGACUCCUACCAUAACCACUUCAAAUCAUUGUGGUCUUAGUGAUUGGAGUAACCAUUUAAAUUAGAGUGUUUCUCUCAAAAGAAAAAGGAAAAAAACCUCACCCACCUAGCUCCACCUGACUGGUUUCUCAUUUCCAAAACAAAGAUGCCCUGACCUGAAACACCAGUUCUAAAUCACUCAAUGAGAUUCCAGUAGAGCUGUGUACAUAAUUCAACUGUGAGUGGAACUUAUUUAUUGAAAAGUAAUAAAUGGGAAAUGGUUGCAUAAGUAAAUGGAAAUCUCCUGCUCAUUUUAUUGAAUAUUGAAAGAUAAUAGGAUUCAGCUUUUUUCUAAAUUUCACUUGUGGAAGUGCCAAAUUGGAAACUAGGCUAUAUUUGACAUGAUACAUGUACUUACUAAUUCUCUACAGAGUUAGCAGAGUGAAAAGAUUGGAAUACAGUUAUCAGCCAAUUAUUGGUUUAAGUGAGAGAAAAAUUUGCAAAAAGCAGACGAUUUGUUCUGUCUUACCAUUUAUUUACGCAUUAUUUUGUGUUUACAAAAGUGAAAUAUCUGGUAAAUCUUGUGUGGUGUCUCUUGUACAGCAAUGAGACUAAAUGCAAAUAAUUGCAUAAACAUUACAUUCAAUAGAUCUUUAUGUUAUUUUCUCUAAAUAUCUACAGUGUGCCUCACUGCUCAACAGUUUGAUUCUGAGAACUGAUAGCAUAACUAUUACUUUGUGAUGAAGAGGGAAACAAAGAAAUCAAAUAGAAAUGUUAAACAAGUAUUUUUAUUUUAUUUCAGCACUAUGAUGUACCAGGGGUUUAUUAUAAUGCAAUAAAUGAAGUCUGUAAUUGUGACAGAUUGUGCACAAUAGAGCAUUGUAAUACGCAGUAUAAUAUGGCACAGUAUGUUAACUGUAAUUUUGAAUUCACCUCUAACAGUGAAUAUGACUUUUCCCCUUCAAUAUGAGCUAAGUUUAAAAUCAAGUGCACGUCCUGUCCUGGCACUGUCAUAAUUCUCAUUCCUUGUGCUCAAACAUAUGUAGUGAUACUAAUUUUAAGCACUUGGAAGCAGAAAUCUCUGAAGUGAUGGUGUGUUAUGCUGCGUUAUUCACUAAAUUGCGAAUUGUCGUGAAUUUCAAAUUUAAGGCCAAAGUAGCCGAACUGGAUGUAUAAUUGACUUGGAGAAGUUUUUCAUUUAGAAUGUUUUGGCUUUAAAAUUGAAUUCCUGGCAAUGCUCACUUUUGUGAACAGUCCUGACAUAUUGCGUGGCUCUGCGUUAAUGGUAAACACUUCAUGGAGCUUAUUCACUAAACCAGGAAAUGUAAAGAAUUUAAAAGGAAACACUCUCACAUCUGGAAUUUACACCUUUGAAUAAACCAUUGAAAAUCACUGAUAACAAGUGUUAGCUUUUUUCUUCAUGAGAAGGCCCAAAGUCAGGGCAAACAUUGUAAAUGAAAAGAUAUAGAAACAUUACAGGUUAUGUAUAAAACCUGUCACAUUGCACUUUCACAUUUGUGCCAGUUUUGUGCACAUGCGCCAUUCAUUUAUAUAUUAAAACCAUUAUUCCUAUCUCAACACUGUCUUUACAUUUGGUUAACAACUCAUUCAUCAUAUAAUAGGUAUAAAAUGAAUAACUAAUUUCACUCUGAAUUAUGAAAUAAAAAACAUAGCAGUUGGUGCUGAACUGUUAGGGGUAAAGCCUUGAAUUGUACAGCGUAAACAUAUGCAAAUAUUUUAAAAGCGAACAAAACCAAUGGCAAUAUAAAACUUUUUCUCUUCUACUCUUGAGAGAAAUUAUAUUUUGCCUGUUGCAACUGACUCUAAAUUUAGUGUUUUUUUUAGCUUGAAAGAUGAUACAAUGUAGUGCUGAGGUGAAGAUAGUUUUGCAUGUCCUUUCAUGAAAGAGCUAUGUAGAGAUAAUGAAAUGCUGCAUGCAAAGCUGAGCUCUGUCAUAUAAAGAAAGACAGUUAUAUUAUUUGGCGGAAAUCAUACUAGUCAAGAAUAAUAGUUAGUAUUGGAAGACUGGUAAAAGUAUGGUAAGGUCAUUGAAUACUUUUCCAGCAACCUACUUCUCUAUGUCUACUUAUACCCUUUGUGUCACUAUACCCCACUGCCUCUAGCAUGUAAGCUCAUUGACCAGGGCCCUCAAGCCCUCUGUUCUUAUACGUCCAACUUGUCUGGUUACAAUUACAUGUCUGUUAGUCCACCUAUUGUACAACGCUACAGAAUUUGUUGGCGCUUUAUCAAUAAUAAAAUAAUAAUAAUAUUUGCAUGUAAAUUAGAACCCAUCAACAGUUCUGCCAUCAUAAACCUUUGGGCCUCUUAAAAUAUUGCCCCCCCCAACCCCCAUUAGCAGAUGUCUUUACUACUAUUACCCCCUCAGCUCAUGUCUCCCGAUAUUCCACCCUCCAUUUCAGCAGAUCUUCCCAUUUUUGUAUUCUCUCAAGUUGUGUCUCAGUAUGUCCCACCCUCCCCGUCAGCCUGUUUUUUCUUCCCAAUCCUCCUCUCCUGAUUCUGGAUGCUGCUACUGAUAUGCUGCUGUUAAGUUUUUUACUAAUUAUAAAAAAGGGUUAAAUAAAUAUAUUUAUACCUGAUUCAGAGUGUUUUAUGUCUAUGGUCUGAUAAUGCAAGAUGAUUUUACAUUUUUAUAAUUAUAUAGUUAAAAGACAGCAACUAGAGGCUGCUUCUGCAAUUUACAGUGAGGAAAUCACACUUAUCUGAUGCUGGACGUCCUCACAGAGUCCAGCGUUAAAUAAGAUCCCCAUAGGAAAGCAUUGAGUAAUGCUUUCCUAUAGGUGGGUUUGAAUGCGCGCUUGCCUCUGGCCAGGAGCUGACGUUGGCGGGGGAAUAGAGGUCUCUAGCGCCGAGGGAGCCCAGCGCUGGAUUAAGGUAAGUGACUGAAGGGGUUUUAACCCCUUCAGCACCAAGGGAGGGGGGCCCCCGAGGGAGGGGGCACUCCAAGAACCUAUAGUGCCAGGAAAACGGAUUUGUUUUCCUGGCAUUAUAGGAUCCCUUUAAGUGUAUGUCCUACUUCUAUCCAUGAAGACACCACAUACCAGUUUAAUGAGCAGUUUAAAGCAAAUUAUUAUUUGGUUACAUUUCAAGGGUAUGGGAAAGACUGGUGUAUGGCGUUCUUUACAAAUUAAUAUCUAAAUAUUUAAUUUGGAAGGUUACAUUUCACUUUUAUUUCUGUGGAAUUAAAUGUUAUUGUUUACUCAUUUUAUUGACCUUGCAAGAAGUACAAGGUCAUGUAUAAAACCUGCCCCUUAAUAGGUAUUAGAGAUACUGCAGCUGGAACAUUAACCAAUGAUCUAACUCAACAGAUGCAUAUAUCAGGUUUUAAAGUUGUUUUUGAGGAUAGACAACUAGCCCUUAGCUAUUCUGUGCCUGGGAAGUCUGUUCUAUUAGUGCAACGGGUAAUAAAACAAAUUAAAACACAUGCUUAAGAAGGAAGGCUGGGUGAAGUCAGGGCAACUAUUGAUUCCAUAUUGACCUUAAUUAAAUAAGCCUACAGAUUUAAAACCAUGACCUGUCACAUAAUACCACAAAGUGGCCCCUCAAAAUCUGUGACUACCCUGGUUGUUUAAAGCUCCAGUACAGGUUCAAGACUAGUGAGCUUAAAACUGCCUAUCCAUGUAAACCAGUGAAAUCACUUACUUUACCAACAAAAUUAUGUUUCCUAUUUACUUUUAUCUGGAGUGAUUUUCAUUACAAAAACAAAAAUGCUGCAGAUAUAACCCAAACAUCUUGCUCGUACAUCACAGGGGGGAGUUUAUGUCUCUUUCUGCUCCUCCAUUGGGCUGUUUGUCUCAACAAGUCCCCAUUACCCUUGGCUUUCUGUGAUAGAUCCUGUGCCUGUAAAUCCACUCAUAAACCAUAAAUAUAACAAACAGUAUACACGUGCUUGCAGCUUUAAAAGCAGUUCCAUUGAAGGGACAAUCUCAUAUGCAUAAUGUAGUUGUCUUGUUGCAGAAACCCUAUCCCUACAUUCUGACAUAUGUAAACACUGCUGUUGGCGAGAAAUUAUAAUUUGAAAAUUAAAAUGGUUUUAAUGGCUUUAGCUUAGCUAUUUGGACCUAAUAUUUGAAUUUCCCUUGUGAAUUUCCAUCAACUCAGUUUAGUGAAUAACAUUCAUCUGCUAGGAACUGACCAGCCUUUUAAAAUGUCAAACUCUCUGGUUAUGACAAGUCACAAUUUAGUGGAUAACAAUUUUAAAUAAGAAGUCAAGAGCUGUGCUUUAGGAUAUAUCAACAUUUAAAUCAAAGGGUGUAUUGACCUUAUUGUUCAUAAACUACAUGUAAUUUUACAUAUUAUUAUUAUUUUAUUAUGUAUAUAGCGCCAGCAAAUUCCUUAGCGCUGUACAUACAUGUUACCUUACACAUUAUUGGGCGCUUUGAUGUAUUUUGCAGUUUCUCUUGCAGAGAUCUAGUCAAGCAUGCUAAUGGACGUUAAUGUGCCAUAAGGAUCUUUGCAGGACUGGUGAAGGAACACUCUGGGCACCAUAACGACCUCAUAGCAAUUAAGUUGUCAUGGUACUCAUUUUAUUGACCUUGCAAGAAGUACAAGGUCAUGUAUAAAACCUGCCCCUUAAUAGGUAUUAGAGAUACUGCAGCUGGAACAUUAACCAAUGAUCUAACUCAACAGAUGCAUAUAUCAGGUUUUAAAGUUGUUUUUGAGGAUAGACAACUAGCCCUUAGCUAUUCUGUGCCUGGGAAGUCUGUUCUAUUAGUGCAACGGGUAAUAAAACAAAUUAAAACACAUGCUUAAGAAGGAAGGCUGGGUGAAGUCAGGGCAACUAUUGAUUCCAUAUUGACCUUAAUUAAAUAAGCCUACAGAUUUAAAACCAUGACCUGUCACAUAAUACCACAAAGUGGCCCCUCAAAAUCUGUGACUACCCUGGUUGUUUAAAGCUCCAGUACAGGUUCAAGACUAGUGAGCUUAAAACUGCCUAUCCAUGUAAACCAGUGAAAUCACUUACUUUACCAACAAAAUUAUGUUUCCUAUUUACUUUUAUCUGGAGUGAUUUUCAUUACAAAAACAAAAAUGCUGCAGAUAUAACCCAAACAUCUUGCUCGUACAUCACAGGGGGGAGUUUAUGUCUCUUUCUGCUCCUCCAUUGGGCUGUUUGUCUCAACAAGUCCCCAUUACCCUUGGCUUUCUGUGAUAGAUCCUGUGCCUGUAAAUCCACUCAUAAACCAUAAAUAUAACAAACAGUAUACACGUGCUUGCAGCUUUAAAAGCAGUUCCAUUGAAGGGACAAUCUCAUAUGCAUAAUGUAGUUGUCUUGUUGCAGAAACCCUAUCCCUACAUUCUGACAUAUGUAAACACUGCUGUUGGCGAGAAAUUAUAAUUUGAAAAUUAAAAUGGUUUUAAUGGCUUUAGCUUAGCUAUUUGGACCUAAUAUUUGAAUUUCCCUUGUGAAUUUCCAUCAACUCAGUUUAGUGAAUAACAUUCAUCUGCUAGGAACUGACCAGCCUUUUAAAAUGUCAAACUCUCUGGUUAUGACAAGUCACAAUUUAGUGGAUAACAAUUUUAAAUAAGAAGUCAAGAGCUGUGCUUUAGGAUAUAUCAACAUUUAAAUCAAAGGGUGUAUUGACCUUAUUGUUCAUAAACUACAUGUAAUUUUACAUAUUAUUAUUAUUUUAUUAUGUAUAUAGCGCCAGCAAAUUCCUUAGCGCUGUACAUACAUGUUACCUUACACAUUAUUGGGCGCUUUGAUGUAUUUUGCAGUUUCUCUUGCAGAGAUCUAGUCAAGCAUGCUAAUGGACGUUAAUGUGCCAUAAGGAUCUUUGCAGGACUGGUGAAGGAACACUCUGGGCACCAUAACGACCUCAUAGCAAUUAAGUUGUCAUGGUGCUCGGAGUGUUCCUUUAAAGAAGCUAAGUACCACUUUGUUUUUUGUUUGAUUUUGUUGUAAUAAUGUUGGAACCUUUUCUUAGUUCAGUACUACAUGCAAUUAAAUUAAGGGUAUGUUCUUUAAAGGAGAAGUAUCAUCAUAAGUGAAAUUACAAUUCACUUUCUGAAAUAUUUUACCUUUUCUAAACAAUGUAGUAUUACUGUUAGGAAAUGCAGAAUUAUAGGACUGCCAUCAAAUAUCUGCUGUAGAAAAUUUCAAAAUGAUAAAGAACCCCAGAUACUCAGUAGCUUUUAUCCCAGUGACUCUUAUAUUCCACCCAAAGCACAAGCAAUGCUUUGUUAAACCUGAUGUCACAGAAGUGGUUAUAAAUAGUGAUCGUUAACAAUAUGUGAGCAGGAAGAGGCAGAGUCUUGUACAAGCAACACAUGGCAAAGUUAUUUGACUGCCAGAAUGUUAAGUGUUGAAGGGAAUUCUAGAUGUUUUUCUUUAAUUUUUUUUACUUUAUGUAUUUUGUUUGUGUUGACGCAUACUCUGUAAUUAGCACAAAAUAAAUAGUAGACGCUCAGAAAGACAUAAUAAUGCAUAACCUCUAUGAAGAUGUGUCGAAUUUUGCAGUAUAGAAAUAUAUAGAAAGCGUAAAUGAAACCAAACCAAAGAAAUUGUAGCCGAGGCACUGCACAUGUGAACAAUGUAUAGAGCAAAGCUUUUUAUAACCAUCAAGAGGAGAAAGCAUGCCUCUUUCAAGGGUCACAUCAAGACCACAUAUUGCUCACCCAUCAGCUAAGCAGCAUGCCAAGGGUUAAUUAGAUUGCAACAGGUGAGUACAGAAGAGAGUUAUCGCAAGGUAGGCCAGUGACUAUUCCACCUUCAGGCUUGACAAAUACCUAAUUUGAGGUUGACAUGUUGCCAGGUCUACACUUUGGAAUAAUGUCUGCAUACAUUUAACUCAAGGCUUGACAAAUUCGCUUAAAAAAUAUAGGAGGUAUCUAAAAAGGUUAGGAGCCAGUUUUUUUAAACUAAGCUUUGUUUUCAAUGACAAAAAUACAAUUCGUUAAGGGACACUAUAGUCACCAGGUCCACUAUAGCUUAAUGUAGUGGUUCUGGUGUCUAUAACAUCUUUAUGCAGGCUGUUCAUUGGUGCCUAGAAAUCGAUUCAGUGCAUCUGUAAGGUGAGGUAAAAAAACUUUUCCCGUGCCACUGGAGGGGGGCAGAUUGGAUUUGUAUUAGUUAUAUUGCAGAAGGUCUUGAUGGUAAGGUAUGUCUUUUUGCUGAUGAUACUAAAAUUUGUAACAGGGUUACACGAGGCAUAAGCCAAAUGGCAAAUGAUUUCGGUAAACUAGAAAAAUGGUCAGAAUUGUGGCAACUGACAUUUAAUGUGCAUAAGUGCAAGAUAAUGCAUUUUGGAUGUAAAAACCAAAAGGCAGAAUACAGAAUAUUUGAUAGUGUCCUAACCUCAACAUCUGAGGAGAGGGAUUUAGGAGUAAUUAUUUCAGAUGGCUUAAGUCAUCUGAAAUAAUUACUCCUAAAUCCCUCUCCUCAGAUGUUGAGGUUAUUACUCUAUCAAAUAUUCUGUAUUCUGCCUUUGGGUUUUUACAUCCAAAAUGCAUUAUGCUUUUGCGAUUCUCACUGUGAAAAUCACAGUGAGAAGACGGUGGACGUCCAUCCUAUGGGCGGUUUGAAUGCACCAGCGUUGAGGGAGCCUGUCGCUGAAGAAAGGUAAGUGUUUUAACCCCUUCAGCCCAGUGGGAGUGGGACCCUGAGGGUGGGGGCAUUUCCUGGCACUAGAGUGGUCCUUUAAAGGUAGGCAGACAAUGUAAUAGAGCAGCAGGAAAUGCUAGCAGAAUGCUUGGUUGUAUAGGGAAAGGCAUUAGCAGUAGAAAGAGGGAAGUGCUCAUGCCAUUGUACCGAUCACUGGUGAGACCUCACUUGGAGUAUUGUACGCAGUACUGGAGACUAUGUCUUCAGAAGGAUAUUGAUACUUUGGAAGGAGGUCAGAGGAAGGCUACUAAACUGGUUCAUGGAUUGCAGGAUAAAACUUACAAGGAAAGGUUAAAGGAUCUUAACAUGUAUAGCAUGGCGGAAAGACGAGACAGGGGAGAUAUGAUAAAAACAUUUGAAUACAUAAAGGAAAUCAACACAGUAAAGGAGGAGACUAUAUGUAAAAGAAGGAAAACUACCACAACAAGAGGACAUAAUCUUAAAUUAGAGGUGCAAAGUUUUAAAAAUAAUUUCAGGAGGUAUUACUUUACAGAGAGGGUAGUGGAUGCAUGGAAUAGCAUUCCAGCUGAACUGAUGGAGGUUAACAUAGUGAGGGCAUUUAAGCAUGCUUGGGAUAGGCAUAAGACUAUCCUAGACUUAAGAUAAGACCAAGGACUAAAAAGUAUUUAAAAAAAAAAUUGGGCAGACUAGAUGGGCAAAAUGGUUCUUAUCUGCCAUCUCAUUCUAUGUUUCUAUAUUACUUACUGACAGACACACACAAUCACUGACAGACACACACAUUGAUUUGACACACACGCUGAUACUCACACACUCGGUAUCUCACACAUUCACAAGUGAUUGUUAUUAUUGUAUUUAAUUUAAAUUUAGUCCACCCAGCUUUCGAUUUUUGGGAGAGCUUGAGUGGAUCCUUUCCCUGGGGUCCAGUGGGGCUGCUGUAAUCUUCAGGUUUAACUUGCUCCGCCCCCUAGAAUGCUGUUUAGUGAUGCCAGGGCAGGAGUGGCGUCAUAUCCCAGCUCUCAGCAUCACCACAGGGCGCAUGAGGGAGCAGAGCAAGAAGAGCUUGAAGAUUACAGCUCUCUGCCCAGCUCAAUUUUCGUGGAAAAAGUAAUUUGCUGCCAGUUGGUACCUGUUCUGGUCAGUACUACAUCAGUAUCAAUACCCAGAAUGUCACACAAAUGUAUGCUAGAUAUUCUUGGAUUGAGCUGUGAGUAUUAACUUUGGUGCAUUAUUUUAUCAGGAGUGCUGUCAGUAUUGAAUGUGGUAUAUUCAUAUGCCAUGGAGUGUAUUGCUGAUGUUUAUACCUCUAAUUUUGUGACAUGUUAAAGGGAUCCUAUAGUGUUUUCCUGGCACUAUAGGGUUAUUAGAUCCCCCCCUCUCUCGGAGCCACCCUUCCGUUGGGCUGAGCCCCCCCUUCAGCCACUUACCUUAAUCUGGUGACUUCUCCUCCCCCGCCGACGUCAGCUCCCAAGUGAAGCCGAAGAGCUGUGUGCGCAUUCAAACUUCCCAUUGGAAAGCAUUACUCAAUGCUCUCCUAUGGACGUUCAACGUGAGUUCAAUGCGAUUUUCACACUGAGAAUAGCGGAAACGGCCUCUAGUGGCUGUCCGGUAGACAGCCACUAGAGGCCUGGAUUAACCCUCAGUGUAAACAUAGCAGUUUCUCUGAAACUGCCAUGUUUUCAGCUGCAAGGUGAAAACUUAGGAGACCUGGCACCCAGACCACUUAAUUUAGCUGAAGUUGUCUGGGUGCCUCUAGUGGUCCUUUAACCCCUCAAGGACCAAACUUCUGGAAUAAAAGGGAAUCAUGACAUGUCACACAUGUCAUGUGACCUUAAGGCCACACAAACUGUCAGUGAGACAUGCAUCUAUUGUGGCUGUUUUUUUUUUGUUUUUUGUUUUUUACCCAAGCCUGCAUUUUGUUUCAACCUCCCAAUGUAUGAAGUGCAAAAUAAUACAUACAUUUAUAAUCUUUUAUUUUCAAUAAAAACACUAGCAGUUUGGCAACUAAAAUGUAAAAAGUAGAACUUAUUUUAAUAAAGAAAUGCCUGUAUGACAUGGUGUGAACUCCUAAAACAUUAGACAAAUGCUUAAUUUAAACAUGGUAGAACAUCACCCAAUUUCUGCUGCUCUCUGUCAGUAGAUUGUAAGCUUGUUUGAACACUCUUAAUCAACAUUUGAUAAUAUUUGCCUUAUAUUAUUUUUACUAUGUAUUGUGAUGUGUUCUGCUUCCCAUUGGACAGUGCUGUGAAAUUGAUUGGUGUUCUCUAAAUAUAAAUAGUAGUUUUGCUACUGACAGAUCCAUAUUGCAUAGUAUUGUUUACAAAAUUAUUGAUGGAAAUGUCUGCCCAAACUGUGUCUCAUAAAUUUCCCUCGGAAAUCCAUCAACGUGUCUUGUGCUGCAUUUCAUUUAAGGCUGCUCUCGGAUUCUUCUAUUUGUUGCUUGGUUUCUAGUGGUAACCAGACAUUGGGUUUGUGGCCCACAUGUGACUCACACACAAAGUAGCAGUUCCUGUGAAGAACUGGAAUAGAUUUCCCAUUUGACUAUGUCUGGGGAGGGCUGUCCCACUGGAAACCCACACCCUGGCAAUGCCCUGGCAUUUGCUAUACAGUGACUCCUUUCCUCCAAAAGAGAACUAAGCAGGCAACAAGCAUGUCUUUGUUUUGAUACAAAGUAUCAAACUGCAUCAGGGUCUCUACCAGGCUGUAUUUGUAGAACUGUCUUCUCAGAAGCAUAAUCUUACUUUGUGUGCAACAUUCUGUAACAUCUGUAGGCAUGGUGAGCUCCUGAAGAAAUGUAAUCGUAGAUGAAAGGCCUCUUCUUGUGUCCUGGUGUUGUAUCAGGACCAUGGGUUUUGUUGAGCUGGGAUGAAUUUGGUCAUUUAGAUAUUUUCCUGUAGGUGUAUGUUAUUGCUAGAUAGUGUUUUUUGUGGCUAAAAGAGACAACUGAUUUAUUUGUUAAUCACUGGCAGGUUUCAUUGCACUGUUAAGUAAAAUUAAAAUUAAACUAUUUUUUUGUUUUCAGAUUUUAAUAUUUUUCAUCAUGCAAAAUGUUCUUUUAAAACAAAUAAAAAUAAUAAUAAUAAUAUAAAUAUAUAGCCUAUUUGGCAUCUUGUCUACUGGACUAAUACAGCUUAUCCAAUCUACACUAUAUAUAAUGUACAGUGGGACCUCGGUUUACAAACGCCUCGGUUAACAUAAUUUUCAGUUUACAAAUGAAAAUCCAUUGAAAAUAAUGCCUCGGUUUACAAAAAUUUUUCGCAAUACAAAGCAAGUUUCCCCAGGAUGCAUUGCAAGUGGGAGGUUUAUAGCACCACCCCCUGCAUGUUGGCGUCGAGUGUGGAGGUGUUGAAGCGGCUUUUGCAUCGAGUUUUGGAGCCAUUCGGGAAAUUUUCAGUUAUUUUGGAACUUUUUGGUGCAUUUCUCAAGCUGUGGAAGGGUAGGGAGCUGAGCUUCGUCGCUUGCAUGCCUUUUAUUGUGUGUUCUGCAUUGUGGGUUGGUUUCCAUGCCAGCUCAUUUUGACUUUUUUCUGACCUCCAGAACGGAUUAAUUGGUUUUCAAUGCAUUCCUAUGGGUAACCGCGUUUCGGUUUACAAAUGUUUCACAAUAAGAAACGUCCCGGAGAACACAUUACAUUCGUAAACCGAGGUCCCACUGUAUAUAUAUAUUUUAAGACAGGUCUUUUCAGUACAAGGAGAGAAGGGAACUACCCGUCCUAUUCUUUAAGAGUUCAAUAGUUUUUUAUUCCAUGGACUGCAUAUUUCCCAUAUUUUCAAAAGCAAUUGAAUUGAUUUCUUAUCAGGUUUGACAUUCUUUUUCCAAAAUUUUAAUGUCAUCAUUUCAGGAAUUGAGAAGUUAAAGGCAAACUAAAAAUACAACAAUGAAUUAUUUUAAUAAUAGUUUUUGAAUGAAGAUGUGGUAUAGACAAAAGACAUGCAAUAAAGAAAAUUGCUACAAUUGGAGCUAUCAUCAUGGAAACAGUAAAAUGUUUUUACUGUUAUAGUGUGCAAUGGCAAACCUUGGAAUGACUGUAUGUACCCUAGUUGUUUUAUUAAUGACACUCUAAGCACCAAAACAACUUUAGCUUACUGAAACGAGUUUGGUAUGUAUAUCCAUAGUAGUGCUCUGAUACAAUGAAACCAGAGCUUGUGAGAGCCAUUACAUGAGGUCUCAGUGUCCACACUGGACAAAAAGUAUCUGAAUGAUGUCCUCCCUCCCAGCCCUAUGGUUAAUGGACCAGAGGGGAGAUCUCACCAGUCCGCUGGCACAUUGUUGGGCGGCCGGCACAGGAGGGAAAAGAGACCCGGGAGCUCUAGCUUGCAGCUCCGCCGGGUGCCCUCUCGCGAGCACAGAGCGUUGCCGCGGUUACCAUGGCAACGCUCCAUUCUCGCGAAAGUGAACUCUAGCCCAGGAGGUGCAGGCUAGAGUUAACUCCCCCACUAGAGCCGGCUGGGUUCACCAUGAGGACCACCAGGGUUUCACAAUGGAUAUCCCUACUCCCUGGGCAAAGGUAAGAAUGAAGAGGGGAUACUAUUUAUAAGAUAAGAGCAAUUCCAAAUAAGUGUUUUUUUUUUUUAAUUUAAAAAAAAUAUGCUUUAUAUCCUCCCCCUCCCUGGGCAAAGGUAAGAAGGGAGGGGGAUAUAAAGCAUAUUUUGUAAAUUUAAAAACAACAACACUUAUUUGUUUUAAUCAGCCCCCAACUACACACACACUGCCCCACCACACACACUGUCCCAUGUGCACCCCCAUACACACAGUGCUCCCCCACACAAACACUGCACCCCCCCAUACACACACUGCCCCCACUAGACUCCCAUACACACACUGCCCCCACUACACUCCUAUACAAAUACUGCCCCCACUACACCCUCAUACACACACUGGCCCCCUACACACAGUUUUCCCACUGCACCCAUAUAUACACUGCACACCCAUGCACACACUACACCACUCACAUGAACACAUACUGCCCCUCCUACACGGUACUCCUGGACCCAUAAUCACUACAGAGAGCUGUAGUGGUUAUUGUGCCUGGAUUGUUUCUUUAAAUUAUCUAUGAGUGCCCCUCCCGAGAUAAGGCUCUGGAUCCGCCAGUGGUCUGUGUAUAUGUGUAUUGGUACUUCUUGUCUGUGUGCUUGUGCAUGUCUGUAUGUGUCUGCCGUCUAUGUCUUAUGUGUAUAUGUAUUAGGGUGUGUGUCUAUCAGUAACUGUAAGUGUACCAAGAGGUGUGUUAAAUGGUGGAAUUGUGGAUGGGCCAGGGGUGGGGCUUAAGAAAGGGGUCAUAAAAUUAUUUUUGGGCUCAUGUCCCAGGUGUUUUUUGACCCUAGCAAUACUUAUAAGUUGCUGAAAAUAAUAAAAUAAUACAGGGGUUAUAUGUAUUAAUUUGGUUCUGCUUUAGCAUUUGAAUUUCCUGUGUCAUUCUAGGACAAAGUCAAAGACUUUGUGAAUAUUCCUGUUCAGUAUUGCAAUGGGUUGUGGGUAUUUGUCUACAGAUGAUGCAUGGCACGAAGGAUUAUCUUUCAGUGUUAUUUUAGACAAUAUUUAUGUCUUAAAUCUAGCUGGUUAAUCGCUUUGCAAAUAGCUGAAUAAAUCAGAGUAUGUUACUAAUAAGAAAUAAUGUGCUGACUGAUUAUACUGUUUUUAUUAGAACUUGAGGGAUAUCAUGUAGUCAGUCAGGUAACAACAUUUUAAUGCAAUUACUGUCUCUAUAUUUUGAUUCAUAGACAUUAUUUGGAAUGUGAGUGCUUAACUCUAGUGAAUGAAAGUAUAUUAAUAAUUUUGAAAUUUUAUUUUUCAGAGUGAUCGACUUUUGAUUAAAGGAGGUAAAAUAGUAAAUGAUGACCAGUCUUUCCACGCUGACCUUUAUAUGGAAGAUGGACUAAUUAAGUAAGUACUUCAUUGCUAUAUUGUCUACUUACUGAUUUUGCACAGUUACGUGGUUAGGUGAAGACUGUGCGCUUGUUGCAGGUCUAUUUCCAUCAUUUUUAUACCAGUUUAUGUUUGCCUAUUAAUUUGAGUAGCAAUAAGACUCAGUCCCCUCAGUAAUUCAUAUGCACGUUGGAAGAUAUUAACAAAAAGUUUAUUUAAUAGAAAUAUGGGGAAAGGUUCUAAAAGUGAAACAAUCAUCACAGAGAGGAAGAGUCUCCUGGUCUUUUCCACUUUCCACACCCAGUUGAACUAUCCCACUGUAUAGCGCUACGGAAUCUGAUGGUGCUAUAUAAAUAAUAAAAUAACAAUAAUAAUAAUAUUAAUAACUAGGUGUAUAGUUUGGUGAGCUAGUGACUGCAUCUGACAUGAUGGCCAUUCUUGCCAUUUAGCAUGAAAGCAAAGGGUUACUUGGCAUUUAUUGUCUCCUAUUAAUCUCUGUGGGAGUCAUUACCAAUAUCAUCAGCUGCUGAUUAUAUUGAACACAAGAAAAUGGUUUAUAAAUGGUAUACUCACCGGCCUAAAACCCAGCCUGAAGCCUGGCCUCUAAUGACAGUAUGGUUGAGGCAGAGCUGUGAUCUACUUCAUGUUAUACCAGGGUUUGCAGGCAGUGACUGGCUGACUGUCCCAGUUCCUUGUAUGAAUUGGUUUGGUGUGAAGGGGAAGCAUAACCCAGCCAUAUCAUCAUUGGAAGCUGUGCUUCAGGCAGCCAGGGAUCGAGAAUCUCUACUAAAAAGUAAAUACACUGUGUAGUAGUGAUGCUGGACUAACUCCCAUGUACUCCAGGCACCAUAACCACAUCAAUCAAUUGAAGUGGUUAUGGUGCCUGCAAUGUUCCUUUAGAUGUUAAGUUUUGUACCAUGGAAACAGCUGGUAAUGAUAAUGAUUAUGAGAGCCAUUUUAAUGAUUAUUGGCAUGUCGUUAAAUGAUUUGCAAUAAGCAUGGAAAUAAGCCUACGAUUUUUAUUUACAGUUUCACAAAAGAUUUACAUUCAUAUCAGAAUGCAAAGAACCACAUUGUCUGAAGUAGAGAAAGAAGCAGAAAAAGAAUGGUGGGGAUACAAGUAGAAGAAAAGAAUGGGGGCGAGAAAUUCUCUGGGAUUACUUAAAAUGUGUUGCAGCUUUUAAUCCAGAAUUUCAACAGGAACAUGCAAGGCCAAUUAUCAGUCCAAUUAGCCACCAUACAGAGCUGUGCUGUUUCCAAUGUUAGUCUGAGCAAUGUAUGAAUAUUAGAAGGACUAUUGACUUGUGCAUUCGGUUUUGCCCGAAUGUAUCUGAAUAUAGGCCAGUCAUUAGUUCAGCUGAAUUCUGUAUGUCUGAUGCACCAUACAGUUGUAUAACCAAGCAAAUGACUAGCGCAAUGGAUGAGCAUGUUUGUUUGCUUCAGGAUUUGAAGUUCUAUCCGUGGUACUUAUAAAGGAGAUCAUUUAUGAGAAAAAAAGAUGACUGAUGGCUUAGGGACAUAUAUAUAUAUAUAUAUAUAUAUAUAUAUAAUUAUAAAAGUAUAUAUCAAUUUAUUUUACUGAUCCUCCUCUUUUUCCCUUUGUUGGUUACUAUUUCUCACUUAAUCUGUGAACCAAAUGGCAGAAAAAUGUGCAUAUCAGUGCACUGCAAAAUAUAUGUGUAAUAUUUAGAUUAUGUAGAUAUCUUUAUAAUCCCAUUUUUGCACAAAACCCCCCCCCAAAAAACCCAAUGAUCUUAUUGAGGAGUACGGUAACUCAUACGGUAAGUUAGUAUUUUCAAUAUGAGUCAUUCCAUUCCUUUUUUGGUGAAGAAACUGGUGUGUGAGGAUGUGCAUUGGUAUAACAGGGUAGAGUCACAACUGGGUCAUGAGAUGACCAUGCCAACUGAUUUCCAUCUGUCACAGGGAUUCCAGGAGGUAGCCACCUGGCCACCUUAUGGCCCAUUGAGGUAUGUGCAUAUACACUAAGGCAGAGUAGCACCUACAUAACCAGACGGUUGGUGCCUACUCUGCCAAGUAUAGUGCCUGAUGGGGGAGAAUAGAUUAGGGCGGUAAGGAAUGCUUAUGUCUCUGCUCUUCCUCCUUUCUUUUGCAUGCUCUGCGGUGAUGCCAGAUGCCGAUAUAUGACAUCACGCCAGCCCUGGCAUUACUAAGCGGCGGGUAAGAGAGAAGUGAAGAACAGCAGGAAAAUUAAAGCAGCCAUUGGGCCCCAGUUAAAAGAUCCCAACUAAAUCCCAAGAAAAGCACAUAAACCAGUUGGAAUUAAACAAACUCAGAAUUUUUUUUUAUUAAUUUGUGAGUGUGUGUGAAAAUAUUUAAAUGUGAGUGUGUCAGUAUCAGUCAGUAGGUGUCUGUCAGUGUGUUUGUGUAUGUCAUUGUGUGUCUGUCAAUGAGAAUGUGUGUGUCUGUUCGUGAAAGUGUCUGUUAUUUAAACCGUGUGUGCCAAUGACUGUGUGUCUGUCAGCGAGUGUAUAUCAGUGUAUGUGUAUAAUGUAUGAGCCAAUGAUUGUGUUUGUGAUGAUUGUGACUGUAUCAGUCAUUGAAUGUGAACUAGUGAGGGCGAAAGGGUCCUCACUAGUACACAUUCAAUGACUGAUGCAGUCAUUGAAUGUGCUGGGGCCUAUUAGUCUAGUUAUGCCCGUGCCUGAAAUAUUACCAAAUCUGUAAGUAUUUGUAUGAGUUUUAUUGAGCAUGUAUUAAUUACAUUUUGGGUUUUUCACUGCAGAGAUAAUUAUCUCAUAUGGAGUAAAUUUGUUGCAGUGCCAGUGUAUUCUUGUAGCAGACUUGCACACAGCAAUGAAUGAAACUCAACUCGCCAAAUUACUUCACAUUUUCCUGUAACACUGUCAUUUGCAGUUAAAUGAUGCAUUUUAAUGUUUAAUAAAUCCUGAGAAAUGUUUUUAAUGCUAAUCUGAAGCUUUGAUAAUACUGAACUCUUAUUUGGGUUUUUUAGUCCCUUGUCCAGAAGGUUAUUACGAUUAAAUUAAUUUAGAAAGUAACAGAAACAUUUUAGCGGUAGCAACACCAGUUUAGAUGUACUGUUAUGUAACUUUGAAAUUUACAUGUACUGGUGAAAAGGGAAACUGGUCCUUUCUCUCAUGUGAAUCUGUGAGCUUUAGGGCUCUAUUCCAUAAGGAACAUUCAUGCAGCAGAACAUAACUAGCAAUAUGAGAGAGUUUAGUAUGGUCCCUAAUUAUAUAUUUACGGAUGUCAGGCCUUAUCAGAUAUGCUUCCUUGAAUAGAGGAGUCUUCAGGAGACAUUCCGAUAUCUACACACAGGGAACAAGUGCUGGUUUAACGCAUGGAUUUCCAAAUAGAUGGAAUACAACAAUUGGAUAAUGUGAUUUAACUUUAAUGCACCGGUCGUGCCUUAUUUUUGCUAUCCUUUCCCUCUUGGCCUCUCCGAAGCUUUCUUGCACUCCCUCUGGACUCCAUUUAUAUUCAGAGUAUGACCUAUUGCAUUUUUCUUUCUUGACAAAUUAAAUUGUGUCUUGUAUUUUUAAAUAACUAAGGAAAGUCUUUUGGUGAAUCUAUCAGCUCUAACAGAAAAGUCAAACUGUUUCACCUAUAAACUCGUCUUAUCUUGUUCACAACACCUAUAGAAUCAAUAUUAUAUUAUGCAUGGAAUAACCUAGGAAGCGAUAUAUUCAAAUAUCAGAAAUGGAAAAACUGGAGUACACAUCUGAGCAAUGAUAAAUUUUAAUUCCAAUCCAUGCAUUAACUCCGUUCCUUUCCCCCUAUAAGCACUAGGGAUUAAGUUGCAGCCUGUUGCUAAGGGAACUAAGAGAAAAGUGCAGUGGAAAUGAAAAAAGUAAGUAUACUAAUUUGCAUGUUUUGCUAGGCCCGGAUUUUAAAAUAUAACUUCCACUCACAGCAAUUCUGAAACAGCCUUUAAGAAUUGCUGUGAGUGGAGGUUGUAUUAAAUUUUUUUUUUUUGUGAUAUGUGAAUUUUACACAGCAGCCUCACUGGGAUGAGCAGCAGCACUGGUGCACUUUUAAAAUAGUGGGCCACUCACCCAAGCACAAACCUAUAUAGAUCUGAAAAAUUACUGCCUGCUGCUGACUGCUUUUGCAGCUUACAAACCUUGUAUGCUACCGCCAACCUGCCCUGUUGCCAGCCCUCCCAUAUUGAUACAUUUUUAUUUUAGGUAAGAUAUCUAUAAUAUUUACGUAGAGUAUGGUUUAUAGCACUAUUCUAGAUAAAUAUGUUACAAUAGUACUAUAUAGAGGGGUUAUAUCAUGUUUCCUUACUUAGAAUAGGAAGAAUAUCCUACAUAAAUCAUUUUAUACUUUUCUCCUUGAAAUCAACCUUCUCCUCAUCAACGCUGCAAGAAAAGCAGAGCUUUGGUAUACACAAAGAAACACAGGCAGGUCAUGGCACAUAUAAAACAGAUAAAUACAUUUUUCCUACCUCCACAUCUGACAUGAAGACAAGGCAGUCAUUGCACUCACAGCGUGAUUCAAGAAGCUUGGUCAUGUUGUGAUCCCAUGGUAGUUCUAGAAAACAGGCCAGUACGCAUGUUGGAGUUCUUGAAUGUCUGGCUAAUAUGUCCCCAUAGCAACUAAAUGAGUGAAGUCAGAAACUCCUACAUAAAGGGGACCAGGCAUGUGCAAAAUCCAUUGAAAAAGGACAUUGUUCACAAACACCCUAUGAUUUUGACAUGCCUAGUUGCUGUCAAUAUCUUCAGAAGACAACCAUCAGUCAGGGCAGAGGAACAUGCAGAAUUGUUGUGAGACUUUUUUUUUUUUGUUAUGUGAGGCCACCCAUGUUAUCCUUGACAUAUUCCUUUAAGCACUCUCCGCUAAUGACACUUUUUGAAACUGUUCAGAAAUUAGUCUGUUAUAAACACCCCACUCUGUGUUGUGUACUUAUUUCCCCGAUGCAUUUUGAAGGCACUGUAUAUUAAAAGUUGUGGAUGUUAUAAAAAAUGUGUUUGAAACUUGAUGAGCUCUUAAAGGAACAUGCCAAGAACUAUAUAGAACCACUACAUUCCACUGUACCGGUUAUGGUACCAGGAGUGCCUAGGCAACCUCCAAGAGUAAGUAGUCAAAUAAUUUGCACAUUUUCUCAAGUUCUUCAGGGUGCUGGUCAAAUCCUCCUGUGUAGUUGGAAGCUCUCAGCAGUUCUGUUGAACCAACUUCACAAGAGGCUUCAUUCAGCGCCUGGCAGAUCACAGGUACAUUAUUAGAACAUUUGCAAGCAAUUUGACUUCUUACCUUAGGAGUGCGCCAAGUCACUCCUGGGACCAUAACCACUUAAUGGUUAUGGUUUUUGGAGUGUUCCCUUAUAAAAAGGGAUCUGAUGAUAAACAUAGUUUGGAUUACAUUAUGGGCUCCGUAAAUAAAGAUCAAUAUGUUCAAUUAUGGCUGCUUCGUUUUUUUGUUUUGUUUUUUGGUGCUAUUUGUUUCUUUUCCUAUAAUGUAUUUAUAGUAUACAUGAAAAAGGCAUAUAAGAAUUUAUGUUUAGUAGUUGCUGCUUUAUGCUUUCCAUAUUUCUGUCUAUUAAUGGAUCUUUCUUGAAUUUUUUCUAGGCAGAUCGGUGAGAACCUGAUUGUGCCAGGAGGUGUGAAAACAAUUGAGGCUCAUGGCAGGAUGGUGAUUCCAGGUGGCAUAGAUGUUCAUACCUGCUUCCAGAAGCCCUGCAAUGGAAUGGUGUCUGCUGAUGACUUCUAUCAGGGGACUAGGGCAGCACUGGCUGGAGGAACCACAAUGAUCAGUAAGUGAUAACGUCUUUAUGACAAACAUGUCUUCUCAUUUUACUUUUUCAGCAGUACACUUUGACAUCAGAAAUUAUCAUAUUAAAUUUCAAUUUCAAUGCAGCAAUGCGGUUGCAUUUACUAAACUAUUAUUAUAAAUUAAAUUAAAGCUUACUGUAGUGCUCAUGUUGUGCAUUUGACACAGAACCACUGCUUAUUUGUUAAACACAGUAGUUAAUAUAUAUAUAGCCUACGAUCACUAGAUGAGUAUUUCUCCUAAGUAUAAUAUAUAUAAUGUUUUUUUAGAUUGCCUGGGUCAUAGACAGAUUUAUUAAAAACUUAAUCUCACCCUCCACCUAUUUAGUUGAUCGUGUUGUGCCAGAGCCUGGAACCAGCCUACUUAGUGCUUUAGACCAAUGGCGAGAGUGGGCAGACAGCAAAUCCUGCUGUGACUAUUCCUUGCAUGUAGACAUUACUGAAUGGCACAAAGGAGUGCAAGAAGAGAUGGAGGCUCUGGUUAAAGAUCAUGGUGAGUAGUUCCAGUCUUAAAUUAACAAAGUAACAGAUUAGGCCAGUGGUGCUCAACCUUUUUUCACUUGUGUACCUCUUGGCAGCCCAUAUCCAUAAAAUGUGCCACUCGUAUUAGCAGAAUGUUUAUAAUUAAUAUAGUUGCCAUAAGUUCGAAUUUAAAAAAAAUAUAUAUUUAUUAUAUUUAUGUAUCUGCAUGUGUCAGUGUUUGUAUCUGUGUGUCUGCGUGUGUCAAACAAUUACACACAUGCAGAUACACUGACACUAAUGAUGUCCCGAACUGUUUGCCGAACGUUUUGCGAACGGUUCGCCACGAACGGUUCACCGCGGACUCAUCAUUGAGUAAACUUUGACCCUGUACCUCACAGUCAGCAGACACAUUCCAGCCAAUCAGCAUCAGACCCUCCCUCCCUCCUGGACAGCUCACUAAGAAUGCAGCUUCACAAUGAAUGUAAAAUGGAUGCUGUCCAGGAGGAGGGAGGGUCUGCUGCUGAUUAGCUGGAAUGUGUCUGCUGACUGUGAGGUACAGGGUCAAAGUUUACUCAAUGAUGAGUCCGUGGCGAACCGUUCGUGGCGAACCGUUCGCGAACCAUUCGGCGAACAUUUCGGGACAUCACUAACAGACACACAUACUGACAAAAUACAACCAAAAAAUACAAAGGAUACAGCUGUAGAUCUAAGAAAAUAGAACAUAUUAUAGCAUGAUACAGUAUAAAGUGUAGUUAAAUGCCCAGUUAUAUGCUCUGGCAGAAUUACACUCACAGAAUGAAUUCUCAUAACAGUCUUCAUUCUGUGAGUGUAAUUCUGUCAAUAAUACCAGUCUUCGUACCGUGAGUGUAAUUAAUAACUGCACUUAAUACUGUAUCACACUAUUAUAUAUUUUUUAUUUUUGUAGAUUAACAGCUGUUUCCUCUGUAUUUAUGGUUAAAUUUGUUGUUCAAAGGGUACUUUCUAGGAUAUCAUUAGAGGAAGCUGUAUAUAUUCUAAAAUAAGUUUAAAAAAAUUACCACACUUGUCACAGAUUGGUAUGGGUGUGGUUUGUAUUUCUGUGUCUAUUACACACACUGACACACAUGCAGAUACGCAAACACAAAGAUACGAACACUGCCACAAAUGCAGAUGCACAGAAAAACAGAUACAAAUACUGUCACACAUGCAUAUACACAGACAUACAGAUACAAUUACUGCUAUACAUGCAGAUGCACAGACACACAGAUACAAACACUGCCACAAAUGCAGAUAAACAAACACACAGAUACUCUGACACACAUGCAUAUACACAGACACAUAGAAGCAAAAACUGACACACGUCUAAAAACACCACACAUUGACACACAUGCAGAUACACUGACACACUUGCAGAUGCACAAACACACAUAUACAAACACUGACAAACAUACAGUUACACAGACAUACUGAUACACACACUGGCACACAUGCUGAUAAACCGAUACAAACACUGCCAUACAAACACUAACACCCAUACAAAUGCACAGACACACAGACACAAACAAUGACACACAGAUACACUGACAUACAGAUACACACACUGACUCAUACAGAUACAAACACUACAUACAGAUACAGAUACAGAAACACAAAACACAAGAAGGCACACAUACAGGUAAAAAUUCUAGCCACCCUCCAGUUUCCUACUUUUGAUGCAGGAGGGUGGCUUUCUGCUGGCAGGGGCUGUUGGGAGUUAGGGGCUUGCACUGCCGGUCUGCCGCCUCCUCUCCGUCUCCUCUUCUCUAACCCGUGCGGUGAUCCGUAUUAGAGGAAGUGACUGGUUGUGACUUCCUCCAAGUGCUGCGAUCAUUAAAGCGGGCCAGUCUCGCUGAUAAAACACUGCAGUGGACGACCGGGCACCUGAUGGCACAUAUCCAUCGGAUGGCCAUAAGUGCAUGGGCCACUGGAUGGCCCCCCUCAGCCUCUGGGAUGCCAUUGCAGAAUUUUUGUUGCAUUCCCCUGGGGAAACUGGUUGGUACCCCCAGGUGUACGUGUAACAGAGGUUGGAAACUUCUUGAUUAGGCAGUUGCAGUCCCAUGUACCCAUCCUUUUAGAAAUAUGGUGGAUCUUUAUCAAAGUGUUGCCAACAUUAUUGCAACUAAUAUUUGGAAAUAUUUGACACAUUUUGUUAAAUUUGUCAUAUGUUUUAUUUUGUAGCUUCUUUUGCAUCCUCUCAUUUUGAAUAUACUGUACAACAGUAUACAGGGAGCGCUGAAUAAAAAAGUGGUAUAAGAAAAAAACAACCAUUUUAUUACACUGUUGUUCUUUAAAUUUUCUGUGUGCAAAAAAAAUAUUCAAAAUAGUGUAAAACCUUAAAGGAUUCUGGCGACCGAUCUCUUAUGCUCAGGCUAAUGGUGAUGAAUGUUGUUUCCCUAUCAAUCAAAAUUUUUCACAGUGUGUUAUCACUUUAAAAAACAUCCAAUAUAAAACAUAAGAAAUAUUACUCGCAGGCCUGGAGCCUAUCAAUUGGCUCUGUAGAUAAACACUUUGUGGUUGAGGACCACACCGUCUACUUUGCAAUUCAGGUACUUAAUGGCCUAUAUAUAUUAAACUAUAUACUUUAUUAAAACAUAAAAUUAAAAUAAUACAAUACAAAUGUAUACAGGUAAAUGUGCAAAGUUCCAGAGAUGUGUUUUGCCAAUAGAUCUUCAAUCAGGUGAGAUGUCAUAGCAGCUCAAAGUCCCUCCAUUUUAUAGGUCCAUAAUUGGGUGAAGUAUCGUUAUGUGCUUCCAUUAUUUGUUCCUACCCUCAUUCCUGAGAGGAGCGGGAGCGCCACGUUUCAAGCCUCAUAACCAUGAUGCUUGGUACUCGUGACAUCAUAUCACCUACUUACACUUUUUUAAGUUAGCCCUCUACUGUAUAUUGUUCUAUAGUAAAUUGUUUGUUGUGUGUUUUCGGCUGUGAGUUACACAUCACUGUGUGUAGUAGCCAGAUUACUAAUUGGUUUCAUACAAAGUUUAAUUGAAAUUCACUUGCACUUUCUAAAAAAGCCUCUCUUGCUAUUUUAUUUAUUUAUUUUUUUGAAUAUGCGCCAUUAUUUCGUGAUGUAAGACGUUGAUCAAUUUUUCCGCCACUUUUAUCACAAACUUCUCUUUUUUCCCUCCAAUUUAUAUGUAUUUUUAAAAUUCUUUUUAUUAAAUUGUUUUCUUUAUAUGACAUGUACAAAUAACAUACAAUUCAGUUAAACUGAAUUUAGAUUAUGUCUAUAAGUUAAACAUAUAUCAGACAUAUAAGUACAAACAUUUAUCAAACAACAUAUAUCACAUUAAGUGUAUCUCACAAUGGAUCGGUGGGUUCUAUUGGCUUUUAUCCUUUACUCCAUCUAAACGAUAUAAAUUUCUUGUACAGGGGACUCCAGUGAUAUUAAUUUCUUAAUCAGAUCUUUCAUCUCUACAUUGUCUUGUUCAUUAAUAUUUGAGUGUUCAUUAAUUGCCAGCUCCAUUCGUAAUUGAAAUAAUAAUUGGUUUAUUAUAUUUUUCCAUAUUGGGACGUUUUUAGUUUUCCAGUUUCUGGCUAUUAGAACUUUAAAAGCUACAAAACAAUAUAUAAUGCAAUUUCUUUCCAUCUUUUUUACUUAGGCCAUCUCAAAUGUAAUAAAGCUACCUCUGGCACAAUCCUAAGUCUAUAUUCUAUAAUUUUAUAUAUAAGAACAAAAAUCUAUUUCCAUUGCUUCUUUAUUUCAGUACAGCUCCACCAGGUAUGUAUGUAUAUGAACCUCUACUUUUUUCACACCUCCAGCAGAAAUCACUUGACAAAGUAAACAUUCUAGAUAUCCUUGAAGGUACCAGAUACCACUUGUUAAUAAGUUUAUAUUGAGUCUCCUGCAAGCUUAUACAAUGAAUAGCGUUCCUUGUCUCUAUUAAUGAUUUAUACCAUUCUAUAUUUGUGAUUUGAAUAUUUAAUUAAUUUUCCCAUUUUACUAAAGCAUUAAUUUGAUCCUCAUUUUUGUUCAUUUUCAUUUAGAACUUUAUGAACUUUAUUUUGGUAAAAAAAUACUACGUAAAUCCUCAUUUAUUCCUGUUUUACUAAAUCUUUAAUGUUGCUUCAAUGUAUACUUUACUCUUAGGUAGUUAGAAAGCUCAGAUGAAGGGACAUUAAACUUUACUGUUAAAUCCAAAAAUGAUUGUAUUUUAGAAUUUUCUAUAGUUGUAAUAUUAGAUCUUUUCCAGUUUGUCAAGGCUAAAUUUUCCAAGUUGGCCUCCAGUACCUCCAACGGCAUAAAGCUAAAAAUUGUUCCCUUAAUAUCUAGGAAUUUUUUAACAGAAUCCCAAGUCUCAUUUAAAUGUUUUAAAAUAUAUUUUUCAAUAUUAGAUAGGGAUUUAUGAUAAGAAUUCCAUAUUAUUUCAAACACAUUAGAUUUGUUCAGACUAUUCGUUUUCCAUCACAUACCAGUUUUUCUUAAAUUCUGUAUCCAGAGAUUAUAUAUAUGAGUAACUAUACUUGCAAAAUAGUUAUACUUAAUAUUAAGGAAAUUUAGACCACCUUUCUCUUUUUUUCUAGAAAGUAAUGGGAGAUUUAAUCUUGCUUGUUUCUCCUUCCAAAUAUAUUGAUUAAAACUCCUUUGUAUCAUCUUCAAUCAACUAUCUGGAAUUUUGAGUGUGAGCAUUUGAAGUAAAUAUAGCCAUUUCGGUAAUAGAUAUGCUUUAAUUAUAUUAGCACGAUACUUACACAUUUUUCUAGUCCUUCAGGGUAUGAUUUGUGGCUUUUAAUAAUUUAAAAAAUUAAUUUCCAUACAAGUUUUAAUUAUUUUUGCUUUUGUCUCUCCUAUAUAGUUUAUUACUUUUUUAGACCAUACAAAGCCAUACAUGGAUUUAAUUGAAUUUUUUAUCUCUGUUGUUAAAUUACAGCCCAUAAUAAUUGAUUUAUCUAUGUUAAUAUUAAAAUUAGAAGCUUCAGAAUAUUCAGUAAACUCUGCCAUUAAAUGUUCCAAUGACUUAAUUGGACCUGUUAGUGUGAUCAAUGUAUCAUCUACAUAUAGGUUUAUAUUUGAUUCUAGUGAUUGUAAUACAACACCUUUAAUAUUUAUAUUGUCCCUAAUCCUACAUGCAAAUGGUUCUAAAGAAAUUAUAUAGAGCAAUAGGGAAUGUGGACACCCUUGAUGUGUUCCAUUCAAUAGUGGGAACCAGUCAGAAUAGAUGUUUUGUCCUACAACUCUGGCUGAAGGUGAUUUAUAGCCUUGUGCAUCCACCCAUCUAUGCCUACUCUUUUUAAAGUCAGACUCAAAUAUUCCUAGCCGACCCUGUCGAAGGCCUUCUCUGCAUCCACCGACAGGGUCAGCAUGGGAAGGCGAGUUCUAUUUACUAGAUACAAAAUGUUCAAAAUCUUUCUAGAGUUCAUAUUAGCUGUUCUAUUUGGAAUAAACCCAACCUGAGCAGGAUGUAUAAUGUUGUCUAUGACCUUCUUAAGUCUGCCUGCCAGUAUUGAUGCAUAUAACUUCAGGUCAUUAUUAAUUAAGGAUGAGAUGGGCCUAUCAUUUUCCAUUUUUGUAGGACACUUGCCCUGCUUCACUUUUGGUAUUAUAUUGGCUCUUAAUAUUUCCUCUGGAAAUGUUCCUGUUUGUGUUGCUUCAUUAAACAUUCCUACCAAAUGAGGAAGAAAAAUAUUGCUAAAUUUCUUAUAAAAAAGACCAGUAUAUGUGGAGUUUUUUUGUCUUUCCAAUCUAUGUAUUGCUCUAGCUAAUUCCUCUUCUGUAAUGCUCUUAUUUAAAUUUUUUUUGUUUGGGUUUUGGACAGUUUUGGGAGUGUACUAGCCUGAAUAUAUUUUUCUAUUAAUUCUUUAUCUCCAUUUUUUAAAUUAUAUAAUGAGCUAUAAAAGGAUUUAAAAGCUUGUGCUAUUAAAGUUGGAUUAUAUAUUGGUCUAUUAUUUUCUAUAAUUUUUGAAAUUCGAUUAUUAGCCUUUUGAUUUUUUUAGCCUAUUUGAAAGAAGUCUGUUUGCCUUAUUAUUAUUGUUAUAAUAGGCUAAUUUUUAAUUUAGACAAAUUAAUAACAAUUUUUUCUCUACGUUUUAGAUUUAUUUUUUCUUGUAUUUUAAUUAGAUCAGAUAAUUUAUUAUAAGAGGGAUUCAUUUUCUUUUCUUUAGAAAUACCAUAAAAUUUAAUAUACAGUUCAGAUAGCGAUAAGCCACUUUUAUAAUCAUUUCCACUUUCAAGUUAAUACAAUAACCCCUUAUAACUGAUUUAAAUGUGCACCAAUUAUUGGUCCAUGAUGUAUCCUCUGGUUUUUUAGUUUCAAAUACAUUUUUAAUCCAUUUAGCCACUAUUUCAUUGUUUUUUUAAAUUUUUUUAACAGAAAAUUAUUUAAUUUCCAGGUCGAUCUUUUGUCUUUUCCAUAUUCAUCCUUCAAUUCUGAAUACUGAUAAAUAAUCUCAACUUUUAAAUAUCGUGAGAAUAGUAUUACAACCCCAUUUUAUUUUUUAUCUGGAUUUAAAGCACUAAAUAAUAAAGGAAAAUGUGUACCUCCUAAAGAUAUUAUUUAUAUCUGUUUCCAGUGGGUUUCCUGCAAGAAAGCAAUGUCAAUAUGCUCUUUUAUCAAAAAGUUUUUAACUAUGGAUCUCUUUUGUGGGGAGUUUAAUCCCUGUACAUUGAUCGAUGCUAAUCUAAACAUUCUUUAAUAAGUAAUCUCGCCGAUCCACCGUGACCCUCCAUGUGACAAUACAAAGACAUAGUACAACAAAACCAACACAUAUUUCCACCUCUCCAUAGAGAUGAAAGUGGAUAAAAACCCAGUCCAUAAGGAAAAAGGAACUGUGGCGGAACCAGCCUUGCCACUGUCCAAUGGAGAAGCCUGGUUGCUUGCCUGCUCCCUUCAGACUAUGGCCCAGCAUUUAAAACCUUUUAUUUUCCCUGUAGAAAGGCGUAUUCGUGCCUUUCUGCCGGGGUGGUCGGUAGAUUAAAUCUACCGAACAAAGUACCGAACGAUCGACCACCUGGGAACUGGAGUGUGCUGUCAAUUGACCGCACAGAAGCUGCGGUUAACCACACCUUAAUUGACAAACGCUGGUUGGCCUUUGUUUGUUUGCCGAACACGUGGCAGCGGCCAUUAUAACUCCCGAACGGCCAGUGGUGUUCAGCGCCCAAACUAUGGAACGGGAAACGGACACUUAUUUGCGCGAACACCGCUGAGCCGCCAACCUCCUUACCUCUGAAUUCAGUAGUGGAACCGAAUGACUGUCCAUUCGGUAGUUUGACCGUAUGAACAGCAUCACCCCAGAUAGCUAUGCCAUGGAGCAUAUUCGUGUAACGAAAUACUAUGGAAAAGACGUUGGCUCCAUGCGAUUGAACUGUAUGUAUGUGAUCUGAGCGCCAUUCUGUAAUAAUGUGCGCUCAGAUGUAAGCUAUCUGGGGAUAUGUAGAAUGUGUGUGUUUUAUGUGAUAAACCAUAUGUAAUUUUAUGUCUUUUUACUGAAAAUGUGUGUAAUGGAGUUUUGCCCCUGUCCUUGGAGAUAAUUGGAUUACUUCCCAAUUAUCUCCAGGCCAGAGGGAUUGUGAUGCAUUGAGGGAUUGUUGAAAUGUGUAAGCCUGUGAUUGGUCCUUUUACCCUUUGUGUCCCAGUCUUCCACCUGGUCCACUAGGAGAGUGUCCACCAGGUGGGAGACCUGCAUAAAAGCCGGGCAGGUAGCCCCAGUAAACCAAAUUCUGCUUGACCCUCAAAACGAAGUGUCAUCUCGUUCUUGGGGGGAAUUGGAUUGUAUGCUGAUUUCCAGGAGUGUAAGCUGAUUAUAUGCUUUUCCUGUUCGGCUGUUUCCAAUAUUCGUGUGUUUCCGGUUCGGGAGUUGGAGGAUUUGUGUAGUUUGCAGCUCGGGAGAUUGGUGUUUGCAGUAACUGUCCGUGCAUCUGGAAAGGGAAAUAACGGUUUUUAACCUCUUGUGUGCAAAACGGUCUGUUACAGGAACUCAGCAUCCUUUGCUGGUUCCAUCCAAAAGAAAUUUAAAUACCGCAAUUUAGUUAAACCAUCAUUUAUAGUGACGUUCAGAAGGAGGUAGGGGGAGCAUUCUUACUCCAUAAUUUUGAGACCUAUUUAACAUGUUUGUCUCUACCAAUUUCGUCUUAGUCUAGUCUUAUUCUAAGCUCUUAAUUAUAUUCCUUUUACCGAGAUUUACUUUAAGCAUAGAAGAAUAAUUAAUUAAUGAAUUAAGUAACUGAAUGCUUAAAUGCCCCCUCCAUCCAUCCUCCCCCACCGUCCCAGAUGUGCUUACUCAAAGUGCGUGGGAGGGGAAGAAGAGAGAGAGAGGACAUUCCAAAAAUAGGGAAACAUUCCUAAUUUAGUAAUAGCAAACUAUCAGUACAGUAUAGUACAAUAACAAUUUUACUUUACGUAUUCAUUUAAAUGCAUUGCCACUCUUCUGUUGUUCAUUAUAUUUUCCCUCUCUUCCUUUUCCCUUUUCUCUUCCUCUCUUCCCUCUGUCACUUUUAUAAUUUCAAAGUUUGCAUAUAAAAAAAUACAAAAUAAUAUUAAUAAAAUAAAUAAAUAAAAAAUAAAAAAAAGUCUAAGUGAAAUACCAUAUGUGACAAGACCAAUCUCGCCACAUUGCAUUGGAGAAGCCUGGUUGCUCGCCUGCUGCCUUUGGACUAUGGCCCCCUGUUAAAAGACAUCUUUUUUACCUGCAGAAAAGCUUCAUUCGUGCUUUUCUGCCUGGGGUUCGGUAGAUUUGUUUGAAUGUGUUAUACCCCAGAUAGGAAUCCCAUGGAGCCCAUUCAUAUGAAACUGACUGUAAAGACUUUGGCUCCAUGGCGAUUAAACUGUAUUUGUGUGGUCUGAGCAUCAUUCACUUAAUAAUGUGCGCUCAGACCUGAGCUAUCUGGGGAUAAGUUAAAUGUAUAGUUUUAAUGUAAGGUGUCUUACCUGAUGUAUUUUAAAGUGUUUUACUGUCUUUGUGUCCCCAUGUGCUCAAUGGAGUCUGCCUCUAUCCCUGGAUAAUUGGAUUACUUUCCCCAUUGUCCAGGAUAGAGGGCUCUGUAAAACCUGUUUGAGCCAGAUAUCCAUGUGCCAGCCAGGGCUCAAAAGAUACUUUUACUAACUUUUGAACCCCUGGUCGGAUUCAUGCCAUUUUUUUAAUAUGUUGUUCCCCUGAAUGGAUUGAUUGUGAAUAUGUAAUUUUAUGUGAAUGUGAUGUAUGGUUUUAGAGUUAUGAAAGUUGGGUAGAAAGUAUGUUUUAACUGUAUGUGUAAUUGAGUUUCCUCUCGGGAUAAGGGGAGGGAAUAUGUGGGAUGUAACUGAUAUGUGAUUGGUUGUUUUAUACCUCCCUGUGGGCGGUCCUGUAUUUGAAAACACUGUAAUAAAAACCAGGCUGGGUGUGCCAGCACCUCAGACCACUGCUUGACCCUCAACACGGAGCCUUGUCUCGUUCUUGGGGGGAUUUACUGUAUGCUGUUAGAGACUGAUUGCCAGGAGUGUAAGCUGAUUGUCUGCUUUUCCUGUUCGUCUGCUAGCAGCUAUUUGUGAGGUUCCAGUUCUGGAAUUUGGAGUGCUAUUAUGUAUCCAGUUCGGGAGUUUGGUGUUCUGCAGUAGCUGUGCCUGUAUCUCUGGAAGGGGAAGAUCUCCUGAACGGCUGUUAACCCCUUUUUACCCCUUUUGUGCAAAACGGUCCGUUACACCAUACAUAAUAGAUUAUUUAUUCCUGUGUUUAAUAUCUUCUAUUCCACUUUUACAACCAUCUAAAGUGUUUGUGUGCUUUAUCAAUCAUGCAUCAUUGAUAAUUUAUUACAGUGAAAUUUUUAUAACCUCAGAAAUUAGUGUAUUCUUUAAAAAAAAAUUAACAAAAUUGAUGUGUCCUCCCACAAUCUUCCCCCACUCACUCAGUGCCUCACGCUAGGAGGGGUAGGGGAAAGAGAGAGAGGGCACACCACGUUCCCCAUUUAGUGACUAGUGAUUAGUGCAAUAUAAUAUAACACCAUAUUUUGCAAAUGAAUUAUUUAAGUGCAUUGCUACUCAUAUCUUCCGUUACUUAUUAAUAUUUUUUUCCUUCUUUCUCCCUCCCCUUUCCUGUGUCAGUUUUAUAAUUUUAAAAUUUAUAUAUUCCCCUAAAAUAGUGUCUAAGUGUAAUUAUUUAUGCUAGUGUUUAAUUAUAUCUAUUCCACUUUUACAACCACUUCAAUUGUUUAGGUGUUUUACCAAUCAUGACUUAUUAAUUAUUUAUUACAGUAUCACUUUUAUGUCCCCAAAAACCUUGGUGUGUCAUCAACCCAUCUCCCCCACCAUUCCAGCACAUUGUGCCAGGAGGUAGAGGGGAGAGAGAGAGAGGACAUACCCAAAUCAUCUAAGCACUUCAAAAAAGAAUGCAACAAAUAAUAAUCUUAAAUUCUUCUUCUUGAAUUCCAGUGCCCAGAAAUAGAAAGGAAGAAUUUUUUAAAAAUGUUUUAAAUAAAAUAAAUUUUUCAGCUUUCAUUUAUCUGUCAAGACUUUCAAUAGAAUAGAAAAUUCCAUUCCAAAAAACUCUUAAAGAGUCCAGGAAGCCCCAUCUGAAUUUGACAUUGUUCUGUUUCAAUAUGGGGAUUUUUGCAGUAAAAGUAUUACGCCAUCUUCUUGUUUGAUAGGAGAGAUCUUGCAAUAUUAUAAUGUUCUUAAAUUCUGAGCUUUUUGUUGGGUGCUCUCUAUACACUUUUAAUAAUUUCUCUUUAAUGGAAUGGACCAAAAACUUCACCAUUACAUCUCUUGGUUUUGAUUCAUCUAUAUCUUUUGGUUUUCGUAAACGGUAUAUUCUCUCAAUAUGACCGUCUUGAUCUUUUUUCUAAAUCAUUUAUUUUCAGAUCAAUAUUUGUAAUUCUCAACUCUAGCUGUAAUAUAUUUUCUGCAGCUUUUUUAUGAUCUUGCUCAAAGGAAUCGAUUCUCUAUUCCAGUGUGGUUAAUCUGUCUACUACUUUGUUAAUUUCCUGUUUGAUUUCUUUGGAGUUUUUGUUAAUCUCAAGCAUUAAUGUUUGCAAUUGAUUUACCAUAUUUUGCUUUAUGAAUUCUUUUAACUUUUCUGGAGUUUCAUCCUCUUGAUCUUCUCUGGACAAUAUUAUAGAUAUAUUAGAUGUAUCGUUUUCUGAUGAAUCUUUGGUAUUAAUUGGAGGAAAAAAGUCUGAUAAUCUUUUCUCAGAUUUUUCAGCUUUAACAUUAUUCAUUUCCUUUUUCCUUUUAGUUGAUGCUUUUUUUGUGUUCAUUAUUGGGUUUCUCCUCUGUUUUCUCUCUAUUUUCCCUUAGUUUUUUUGAGCUUUGUUAUUUCCAACUCAAAUUUAAUAAUUAAUUAAAAAAAAAAUUUUUGUGUAGUAUGAUUCCUUUAAAUUUCAUCCUUUCAAUUGAGCUGUCCAUUAAGAGAGAGCAGAGGAAUGAAGAAAAAAAAAAGGGAAAAACAAUACCGAACGGUAGCAAAAAAGUAACUGUAAGAGAAUGUAUCCCCACUUUAUAUAACCUUUCUCUUUACUUUUUUUUCCUCUCCUCUGUAAUUUUUCCAUUACUCACAGUUCCUUUGUUUUCUGUUGUCAAACCCGAUUGAGAGAUAAGAGGAAUCUCCCUUAAUUCUCAGCACGUAUAAUAAGCAGGUCCCCCUUCGUAAUCAUCAAGGGAAAGCAUGGGGUUCACUCCUCACUCCAGUGUGGUACAAUAGCACAUCGACAGAUAGCCAGCCAUCGCCUGUCUGCAAUCUCACGUGCACCCACCGUUCAAGCCUGAGCUUGAAUUCUUGCAGUCAAGCCUCGGCCCAGUGUUUCCCAGUUCGUUUCUCCCAACUCCCUCUGAUCUGGCACAAAAUCGGGGCACUGGAGAACCAGCCAUUGCCAACCUCCAGUCUCACGCACUCCCACUGCCCGAACCCGGGCUCCUGUCCUUCUCUCACCGCCCACAACCGGGUUUCUGUUUCAUGUCUCUCAAACAGUCUCACUCAGUUCGCCUUUUCGCCACACGCAUUUUCAGCUUGGCGUCUUCCUUAUCCUGCCCCACCUCCUCCUGCCUGCCAGCGUGGUGACCUUACGUCUUGACGCUGUGGGACAGUCCUUCGCUGCAAUCUAUAUGUAUUUUAUGUUCUUCUGAAAUGUAAAUUUCUCAGAAAAUUGCAAGAUUUAGUAUAAAUAGAAUUGGCACUUUUCAGAUAACUUUAACAAAUACAACCAAAAUAAUGACCAUAUUACUUUAAUGAAAUAUACUCCAAGAUGCUGUGUGAGAUAUAUAAUAAGGUAGCACAAGAUGGCACAUACACUUUUAUAAAGUGUAUUUGAUAAAUUUUAUACAUUUCGUCCGUGCAAUUUUAUACAAUUCAUUAUUUAGUUCAUUCGUUCGGCACCCUCCUUGUAUUAAUUAAAAAUAGAAAUCUUUUCUCCUGCCCCUACCUACUGUGCCUCAGGUAGGUGCAUGUCUACUAAACCAGUCACCAGUCUUUUUUGUUUUUUUUACAGUGAGCAGCAACUAUUGCUGCUCAGUCGCUAAUCCAAUAAAGGAGGAUCUGGCACAGGUUCCCCAUGCCUCCAUGGUGGGGCACCAAAUAAUAUAAUUAACCUGGGUGAAAUAGUGUCUCACCGCCAUGCCCCACCAGUGGGAGGCUAAUUAAAUAAAUGGGGGACCUAGUGCCCCCCAUGCCCCAUGAGUGGGAGCUAUUAAAAUAAACCUAGUGGGCGAUAGUAAAUUAAAUUAAUGGGGGGGUAUGGUGUCUUUCCAACACCCACCCAUUGGCAGCAGGUGGGGCGUAAAUAACAGGGGGGUGGACCUAUUGUGCUCCUCAGCCACCACCAUUUGUUAAUAGGUAGAGGACCUAAAUAUUAAAGGGGUAGACCUAUUUCUCUUCCAGCCCCCACCCAUUGGUGGCGGAUGGGGGCCCUAAAUAAUAAAAAGAUGAAAACAUAAUCCAUCUUCACCCUGCAAGGGCUCCAUGCAGACUGAGCUUGCAGGGGAAGCCUUAUAAAGCUUUCCCACGCCAUGCAGUUUGAGUAAGAGUGCUCUGAUUGUUUGACUUAAGCCAAUCAUUCAUAGCACUCUGACCAUUAAAUCACGAGACUUGCUUGACACUGUGUCCACCCCAGUUAAUUAUUUCAUUAGGUGCUGCACAAUGGGGGCAUGAGGGACCUGUGUCAGGAGUCCGUUUAUUGUUUUUUCUGCUGGCCAGCAAUAGCUAGUCUUUUUUUAAUAACACUGUCUGUUUGCUAUUUAGUAGACAUACCCCUACUCACGGCACGGCAGUUAGGGCAGUCGGAAGGAUUUCACCUCUCUUGUUUACUAAUACUAAUUAUUUUUUACUUAGUAUUAGUAAAGUUGUCUGAAAGACCAACAUUUCAAAAAGAAAUGUCUUUUUGUAGUUUGUACCCUUCUGCUUCUUAGUAGAUAGAUCCCCAAUCCUUGUCGAAUUGCCAUAAGGAUACCAAAAAGAAGUUAUCUACCAAAUAGCUCUCUAAUUUAGUACCCAUAAGUAUGGCAAUCCCACAAUGGUAUGGAUUUAGGGAGUUAUCUACUAAACAGCUGCAAGAUGUAUGCUGCAGGGAUUGGAAUUUAAUUUGUCCAAUUAAAAUCCCGAAAUGAAAAUAAUGACUGAAUUUUGUCCGAAAACCAAUGAACAAAUGGCUGAAAUGAAACAAAUUUUUUCUAACUCAACUGUCCAUGUGCCUUUCUUACAUAAAACCUUCCAUGAUUGGCACCCUGUAUCCUACAAGAACUGACACCAGGAUUUUCAAUAUUCUGUUUGCGUAUUCCAUAUAUUCAGCUAAUAUGUUUUUGUGAGGUCUAGAAAAUAAGAUUAAAUGUAGAAGUACACUCAUCUAUCCUUGAAUUGAGAACCUGCAUCUUUACUCCCUGUCAAUCAUUGUUAAAAUUACUUUUCUGUCAUAUCUGUUCCUGCAUUGUGUAAUCUGGCUGUACCUGGACGGUACUGGGCUGUGAUGUAAUUUGCUAAAUCUGUAAGAUACAUUUUAAAAGAAAAUGGAACAUCACAUGGAAAAAGGGUAACACAACUUGUAGUUUUUUUUAAUGACUUGUUCAAUGGUGUAAUUUUCUGAGAAAUUACACCAUUGGCAGCGCCACAAUCUGCCACGGGUCGCCAAAUGAACAAUGUCCUACAGCAUUCCCUGAUGGUGUAUUUAUAUAGAAUCUUUUUUUCUCUGGCCCAUUUCUCUGCAGGUAUCAAUUCAUUCUUGGUGUACAUGGCCUACAAGGAUCAGUACCAACUCACUGACUCUCAGGUAUGUAGAGCUCAGGAUUGCACAGUGGUAAAGUUUAGUUCAUUAUGAACUCCUUCAGAUGAAGUAUAACUUAUACUUUCUUAUGUUCUGUGAGAUACCUGUAAUUUCUUUCCACAUUUUCCUAUUAUUUUGUUUAAUUCCUUGAAAUAUUACAAAGGCUUUAGUCCAAGUUUUGAACCAAAAUACAAUCUAGAAUUUAAGCUAUAUGUCUUUUAAUUAUAAAUAGUAAGAGUUGGUGCACUUAAAGGACCACUCUAGGCACCCAGACCACUUCAGCUCAAUGAAGUGGUCUGGGUGCCAGGUCCAUUUAGGGUUAACCCUGCAGCUGUAAACAUAGCAGUUUCAAAGAAACUGCUAUGUUUACAUUAGGGUUAAUCCAGCCUCUAGUGGCUGUCUCAUUGACAGCUGCUAGAGGCGCUUCCGCGGUUCUCACUGUGAUUUUCACAGUGAAAAGACGCUGCCGUCCAUAGGAAAGCAUUGAGAAAUGCUUUCCUAUGGAGUGAUUGAAUGCGCACGUGGCACUUGCCGCGCAUGCACUUUCAGCGCAUGACAUCGGAAGAGGGAGGAGAGUCCCCAGCGCCGAGGGAGCCCAGCGCUGGAGAAAGGUAAGUGUUUAACCACUUAAUCCCUCUUGAGCCGGGUGGGAGGGGGACCCUGAGGGUGGAGUGGACCCAAAGACCCUAUAGUGCCAGGAAAACAUGUUUGUUAUAUAUCAUCACCCCUUAUUUCAUCAUUCCGUUCAGCGAUGCACCACAAGUGCCACAAUACCCACAAUGAACAGGCUUAACAUCUUAAAAGUGGAGGCAAUUGUCUAUGUUCUAAACCAAAGUUACAUCUAGAAUUUGCUCUUUGUGUUUGUUCCAUCGUAAUAUAAGGAUUUCUAUUUAAUUGCCCACAUACGUAUUAUACACUGAUCAGUAACAACAUUAAAACAUCUGACAGGUGAAGUGAAUAACAUUGAAUAUAUUGUUACAAUGGAACCUGUCAAGGGGGAUAUAUUAUGCAGCAAGUGAACAGUCUGUUCUUGAAUUUAAAGUGUUGGAAGCAGGAAAAAUGGGCAAGUGACUUUGGCCAAGAAGGAAAAGAUGUCAGUGACUUUGACAAGGGCCAAAUAGUGAUGGCUAGAUGACUGGGUUAGAGCAUCUCCAAAACAGCAAGUCUUAUGGGGUGUUCUCAAUAUGCAGUGGUUAGUAACCUACCAAAAGUGGUGCAAGAAAUUACAACAAGUGAACCAGCAUCAGGGUCAUGGGCGCCCAAGGCCCAUGGAUGCACGUGGGAAGCGAAUACUAGCCCAUCUGGUCUAACCAAACAGUCGAGCUACUGGAGCUCAAAUUGCUAACAAACAUAAUGGAAAGGUGUCAAAACAUGCAGUGCAUUGCAAUUUGCUUUGCUUGGAACUGCAUAGACUCAUGAUAACCCCUGUCCAAUGCCGAAAGUGCCUUCAAUAGGGAUGUGAGCAUCAGAACUGAACCAUGGAGCAAUGGAAGAAGGCUGUCUGGUUUAAGGAAUCAUGUUUUCAUUUAGAUCAGGUGGAUUGCCUGGUGUGUGUGCAUCGUUUACCUUGGAAAGAGAGGGCAGCAGGAUGCACUAUAGGAAGGAGCCAGGUUGGCUGAAGCAGUUUUAUGCUCUGGGCAAUGUUUUGCUGGGAUACCUUUGGUCUUGGAAUUCAUGUGGAUGUUACUUUGACCCCUACCACCUACCUAGAGAUUGUUCGAGAACAUGUACAUCCCUUCAUGUCACUGGUUUUCCCUGAUGGAUGUGGCCUCUUUCAGCAGGAUAAUGUAACUUGCCACACUACAAAUAUUGCUCAGGAAUGGUUUGAGGAACAUGAUAAAGAAUUCAGUGUGUUGCCUUGGCCUCCAAAUUCCCCAGAUCCCACACCUUGCAACUUGCAGACUUAAAGGAUCUGCUGCUCAUGUCUUGUUGCCUGAUAUCACAGGACAAGUUCAGAGGUCUUGUGGAGUCCGUGCCUCACAAGAGCUGUUGUGGCUGCACAGGGGGACCUACACAAUAUUAUGCAGGUGGUUUUAAAGUUGUGGCUGAUCAUUGUAUAUAAAUUUUUAUAGGACUAAAGGGGUUUUCUUUUACUAUCCUAUGUAUAUAUCUAACACAAAAUUAAGUAUGAAUAAAAUAUUAAAUAUAGGAACAAUAAAAAAUAAUGAAUUUUUCACAUUUUUUCUUAUUUUACAUAUUCAGUGCAACUAGGGAAAAAUAACUCAAAUUUACAUAGUUAACGCUAACCCUCUACCAACCCCACCCCUAACGCUUUACAAACCUACCCCUACUUAUAUGCUUACACUUACGCUAACUUUAUAUCUACCCUAACUUAAACCCUACAUUAUCCUUAACUCUAAAACAGCAUUAAUUCAACCCAGCAUUAACCCUUACCACAUUGACCCUAACACUAAACCGACAACUAACCUACCUUCAUCUUCUAUGUAGCCCCCGUCUUUGGGCUGCUUUAGGUAUUACCUGUAAUAAUAUGUGAAGCAUUCUUUUUUUUCUAGAUAAUUACACUGUGAGUGAUGCUGGGAAGUUGGCAAAGUCCAGCCAUGAUCACAGUCAGCUUGGGGGCAUGCAGGCAGACCCUGUCAAAGUCUCUGUUCAGAACCUGGGCGUCUCCCUAGAGGAGCUGCAAGAUGAGAAUUGCCAUGACUGAACGCUCACUUUAAACUUUGCAUGCAGCUCAUUGAUCAGCCUGGCAUCACUAAAUUUGGCCCAAACUGACAGAGAAGAACCAGGGGUAUUGAACGAUACCUGUUUUUUUUUGGCAUGAGCUGAGAUUUAACCUUGAUCACACUAUGAUCUAGCUAUAGGCACUGGCAUGCCUAUUUAACCCCUUAAGGACCAAACUUCUGGAAUAAAAGGGAAUCAUGACAUGUCACACAUGUCAUGUGUCCUUAAGGGGUUAAAAAGCUGCAUGCAGCUCUUACUUUAAACACUACAUACAGCUCUUCUGUCAGUCUAAACAUGGCCACGGCCGACAGAGGGGAGCCACUCCUCGUGUGCGCAAUGGUUUAAACUUAUUCACACCGCAUUGCUGUCUAUGGGGAUUUAAAUCCAACUUCUUGUGUGGGUGGGUGCUUGUGGAGUAUGUUGGUUGGUGGAUUGGUUACCUGCAGUGUUGUUUGAGUGUCUUGAAAGGGGCUGCAGUGUUUGGGGAUAGUGAAUGUAGAGUGUUUGUGGAAAUAUGGGCUGUAGUAUGGGUUUUUGGAGACAUUGGCAAUGUGUGUGGGAAGUCAGAGGCUGUAGGGUGUGCGGUUGGUAUAAAGGCAUAGAGGAUAGGAGUUGUAGUAUGAGGAAUAGGGAAUAGCAGUUGCAUUGUGUGUGUUCAUAUUUGUGUGUGCGAUAGGGGUUGUAGUGUGUGUGUGCCUGGUAAAUAGAAGCUGUAGCUUUUGUGUACAUGAAACUAUAGUUAGUAUGUGCUGGUGGGUAUAGUCUCGUAGUGUGUGCUGAACAAUUGCUGUAGUGUGUGUGUGUUUGCAUUUGUGUGAGAGGCUGAAUUUGGUGUUCUAUGAUUUUGGAGACUUUUUGUGUGGUUAUAAAUGUGGGGAAGCUGCUUGUGGUGUUCUUUGUGUGGAACGUUACCUGAUGUUUUAUGUGCUUGUGUAGGGAGGUAUGUGGGGGGAUGCUGAUUAUGGGCUUGUAUGUGGGAGGAUGCUGCUUGUAAGGUUGUGUGUCUCAACAGAGGCUGUAGUGUGUAUGUUUGCUUGUAUAUAAGGCUGUAUUAUGUGUGUUGGCAGACAAGUAUAUAUCAAUAGAUAAGUGCACAAUAUGGAGUCUACAAGAUAUCAAGUGAAGCUCAAACACCUUGAGUGGUAUCCCCUAAACCACCUCUACAAGAUACAGAAAAAACAUACAUACAUAAGGUGGAGCUUCUUGCAUAAGCGUUCAGUAAAUAUCUGUAAUAAUAUAAAUACAAAGCACAAAUAGCGCAAUAUUGUUGUAACAGAAGUAAUCUAUAAAAAGACGUAUAUGGUGUCACUCACAAGUCAGCAGUCAUAGACCACAUAUGACUCGGAUGGUAAACGCUUGUGGACACUUUAAGGAUGUCCAAUCCUUUCUUAUGGUGACUCUGCUGGAAACCUGGUUUCUUUUGCUUCUUGAAGUGAUGAUGGUUAUUCAGUGUUCCCAGUAUUGGGUAUGUGUAUAUAGGAUACCACAGCAAAGUUUCCAAAAACAAUUUGCUUUUAUUGGUGAUCCCUAAUACAUAUACACUAAAAAACAAUGAUUAAAUAAAAAAUUAUAUAAAAAUAAAUAUAAAUAUCGGAUACAAGUGUCUCUAGAUGACUCAAUAGUCCAAUUAACGUGUUUUGGACAUUAAUUGGACUAUUGAGUCAUCUAGAGACGCUUAUGCAAGAAGCUCCACCUUAUGUAUAUAUUGUAUAUAUAUAUAUAUUAUAAAAAAUAAAUAAUUAAUUUAAAAAUGUAAAAAUAAUAAAAAAAUUAUAUAUAUAUAUAUAUAUAUAUAAAUAUGUAGUUUUAUUCUAACUGUAUAUUGAUAUUAAUAUAUAUAUAUUUAUAUCAAAAUACACGUAGAAUGAAAUUAUAUAUAUAUCUAUGUAAAUAUAAAUAAAUAAAAAUAAUACGAAAUAUACAUAAUUACAUAAAUAAUUUCAUAAAUAUACUCGUAGACUUCGAAUAUAUAUAUAUAUGUAUAUAUAUUUAAAUUCUACGUGCAUAUUUAUGUAAUAUGUUUACAUAAUUAAGUAAUUUUGUUGAUUUCAUUUUGGGGGACCUGCCUGACAACCCAUGCCAGAAGUCCAGAAAAUGUAAUUUGCUGGCACUAUAUUUAACCUAUAACUUUCCAAGACACCCUAAAACCUGUACAUUGGGGGUACUGUUUUACUCGGUAGACUUCACUGAACACAAAUAUUAGUGUUUCAAAACAGUAAAAAAUAUGACAGCGAUGAUAUUGUCAUGGAAAGUGAAGUUUUCUUCAUUUUUCACACAGAAACAGCACUUUUAUUGAUGAUAUGAUUGUUGUGAUACGUUUUACUGUUUUGAAACACUAAUAUUUGUGUUCUGUGAAUUCUCACAAGUAUAACAGUACCCCCCAUGUACAUGUUUUAUAGUGUUUUUGAAAGUUACAAGGCCAAAUAAAAGGUUUGAUUUUUCAUUUUUUCACAUUUUUGGCAAAUAUGUUCCAAAUAGGACAUGGGUGCAUGAUGACCAAUUUUGAAAAUUCCAAGUUGGAAAACUGGAAUGCGCACCCUCCUAAUAAGGUCUUUUAGCCCUCAGAGAACCCAACACACCUAUACAUGGGUUGUAUCACUGUACUCAGGAGAUGUUGCUGAACACAUAUUUGGGUGUUAUUUGGCAGUAACCCUUAAAGUUCUCAGUACAUGUAUUCUUAAAUUGCUAUGUGUGUCAAAAAAAAUCACCAAUUAUUUAAAAAAAAUUUAAUUUGGCAUAGAUUGGUGAUAAAAUGGUUGCAUGUAAAGAGUCAAAAUACACCAAGUUUAAUAUCUUAGGUUGUCUUCUUCUAAAAAAUAUAUACAUGUGAAGGGUUGGAUUCCUGACAGAUAUCAUUGUUACAAUGUAACUUUAGUUAAUUUUGAAAAACAAUGGUUAGGAAAUAGAAAGUGCUACUUGUACUUAUCACCCUAUAACUUGCAUAAAAAAGCUAAGAACAUGUUAACAUUGGGAUAUUUCUAAACUCAGGACAAAAUUUAGAAACUAUUUAGCAUGGGUGUUUUUUGGUGGUUGUAGAUGCGGAACAGAUUUUGGGGGUCAAAGUUAGAAAAGGUGUGUUUUUUUUAAAUUAUUUCAUAAUAUUUUAUAUUUUUUUUUAUAGUAACUUAUACGAUAUGAUGAAAAUAAUGGUAUCUUUAGAAAUACCAUGUAAUGACAAGAAAAACUGUAUAUAAUAUGUGUGGGUACAGUAAAUAAGCAAGAGGAAAAUUACAGCUAAACACAAACACCGCAAAAAUGUAAAAAUAGCCCUGGUCCCAAAUGGCAAGAAAAUUGAAAAGCAAUUUGGUCACUAAGCGGUUAAAUGCUGUAUCUGUCUAAAAAGUCAACAGCCUGUUUUUUUUCAGCAAGGAUUUAAGCCAUUCUGAUCCAGAUCCCCUUUGUUUCAAGUGGGCUGAUAAUUAUUUAAAUGCUGUUUUUGUCUAAAAAGUGAACAGCUUGUUUUUUUCCAGCAAGGAUUUAUGCCAUUCUGAUUCAGUUUUUCUUUUUCUCAUUAAUGGCACCAUAGAACCUUUCCUCCAGUUUUUGCUCAUUGUACAUCUACAUUGAUUCACUUAAGUCAUCCCCUACUUACACUCCCUCAUUACCCACAAAGCCUUAUUGCAUUUGUUUUGCAUAGUCCCUGUAUUUAUACUUGUAUUCAAAAAACUGUGAUUUUUUAAAUUAUUUCUUUUGAUUAUUUAAAGGGACCUCAUUGUGCCUUUGGGUCUUUUUCAUUAUUGCCUUGUAGGGGUAAACCCUCUAGGUUCCUAUAACACACCACCAAGUCCCUUAAUGGGAUUUCUCUUUCUUAUGGCACAGACUAUUUGCCUUUGCCAGUGCAUGGAAAAGACAAGUGCUACAGUGGCAACAUGUGACAGUUGUCUGAUACAAGUCCUGUUGCAAUGCAUGUGUUCUGUACCCACUGGAGGUUCAGUCUGCAAGCUCCCAAACUCCUCUAUAUUCAAGUGGGUUGGCUGAUGAUGGUGAAAUAUAAUCUUCCCACUGGCCGUGGAGCUCCCUCUCAGGUAGCGCCCUCUCAAUGGCUGGCCAGAGAGACCCUCUCAUCUCCCAUGUCAGUCUUGGCUCAUGGUCAUUGCAGCCUAUCAGGCAUUUACCUGAUUUGCCUGAUGGUCAGUCUGGGCUUGCAUAUACAUAUUCCCAAACACGCACACACGUACAUGCUCCAAGACAGACUGGCAUACACCUCUUUUGUAUCAAUAUAUAUAUAUAUAUAUAUAUAUAUAUAUUAUUUUAGCCACCCUCCGGCUUCCCUCAUUUCUAGGGAAAGGGGUAUUCUACCUUCACUCCCUUAGAGUGCUCAAAGUAAGCUAUAAGACACAACAUCCUCCUAAGCUGUUGUGAAAGAGUAAGGGGAGCUUAAGAACUUUUUCAGCCCACUAUUAGGAGCUGUUGCUAUUUCCUAAACUUUACAUUCACAGUGCCACAUUCUCUUGCUAUCACAGCUCACAGGUUGGGAGCUACAGGAAAUAUCAAAAUCUCUCAUCCAAAAAUUGCAGAUAUGUUGAUAAUAGUAGUCGGUGCUGCAUUUGGGGAUCGGGUACAUGAAACCAAAGUUCUAACCUAAUUUUAACCUGGAAGAUAAAUGUACUAGCUGCAAUACAUUAACAGCUUCAACUGCUUCAAUGGCUGUUUCCCCAAUUUAUGUACUACUCAGGAUACUGCUAGUGGGGCACAUGUGCGUGAAAAGGUGGAUAUGCUUAACAAGUAGUGCCUGAUCUGGAGCUGGAUUGAAAAUAUAAGUUAAAAAAAAAUACUUAAGAUCCACACACAAGACAUGAAUUUCUUAGUAGCAAUGCACAAAAUAAUGCUGCACACAUAAAAUGUAGUUUCAGAUCUUUUAAGGCCACUUAAAAUCAUCUAUCUCAGGAACAAAUAUGAGGAUUUUGUCACCCAAUGGCCCACCACUGUGUAAAGUACCCCAGUAUGUUGGGGCUCAUUACCUAGUUUUAUAAUGGACGAUAAGAAUGAACCUGCUACUACAAGUUUAUCUUUAUUGGUAACAGCUCCUAAAACAAUGAAUAUAUUAUAUACUAAUUUGCUUUAGUAGCUGUUAUAGUAAUACCUUCUUUUCAGCGUUUCAGUGUUUAUCCCUCCCUGCAAUUGACCCUGCUUGGGAACUCUUUCCUAAGUAGAGCAACCCAUUGCCAAUGACUCCAUCACAUUAGUUUCAUUGCAAGCGCACUAUCAUCAGAAGAGUUAUUUCAGUCACUGCAUUCCUAUUUUACACUAGCAAACACAAAACGUGCUUACUAAAGUAUCAUCACAGCAACUAGAGCUGUAGUUACUGUCACUGAGAGCUGGGAGGGUUCUCAAGCUCUCCACUGUAACUCGAUUUUUUGGCAAACACUUUAAUUUACUGAUAAGGUGGAAAGAGCAUGUUUUUAAAUAGAUUUAUAAAAAAAAAAAGGAAAACAUUUAAUAACUAUUCUGCUAACACAGUGCAUAGAUGAUUUUUUGUACUUAGUUUUUAACUAAAUUUUGUAUGUUCCAUGACAAGUCCAUUUUAAAGUGUUCCAAUAGGAUCUCCUUCAAUUUACAUACUUCUAUACUUCUCAAGCCACUUGUUAUAGAGCACGCUGGUGUGGAUUGGGGUCCUUGACUCAAAGAGCCUUAUCAGGACAUAAAAUAUACAUAGAACAAAAUAGGGAUUAAGUAAGCUGUAAAUUACAUAAAAUGUAUAUGGGCAAGAUUGGCAGGGGUUUCAACUGUGAUUUAUGGAAGUCAUAUGUGGAACAUGCUACUGAGUUAUAAACUGGUGCCCCAAUAAUUUAUCAUGCUUAUUUAUGUCUACAUGCUCUGUCUCCACAUUAUAAUCUGUUGUACUGUGUCAUUAUUCCUGGUAAAUUGUUCUCUUUUGUCAUUUUACUCUUUUGCUCCAUUCUCAUGUCUUGUAUAACAGAGGAAACAUAGAUAAAGUUUUCUUAUUAUUGACAGAUAUACGAGGUGUUCAGUGUGAUCCGGGACAUUGGAGCUAUAGCACAGGUCCACGCAGAAAAUGGGGAUGUUAUAACUGAGGUAAGAAUUUGCUUGUGGUUCUAAUAUCCUCUAGUGAUUAUUAUUUUCUAUUGUAGUGUUGCACAAUUGUAAAAUAUCCAAACACUGUAUAUAUUCAGAAAGAAUUCUGUGCAAACAAGCUUACAAUCUAAAGUUGGGUAUAGUUUUAAUGGUAAAAGUGCAAUUUGUCCAGAAGGGCGGCUAGACUGGAAGGUGUACAGUUUACAUCUAACUGAUUACAAUACUUAUCUUAUUAUCUUUUCUUGAUACAUGCAGUAGCUGAGCCUGUAACUUAAGAGGAUACAUUUGGUUAAUUAAUAGUUUCAAUUGUUAGCUUCUCUAAAGAUGUGAUUUUUAGGAUUUGCAAGUAAUAAAAGAUUAUACAAGUCCUUUAUACCUGUAAGCAUGUUAUGAAAAAUAACAAAAUAUACAUAUACAUUUUGUUUGCAUAAUGCAUAGAUAACAUUAGGGACUCUAUAACAAGGAAUGGUUAUGUUUCUUGUGCCAGAUUCUCUUUAGUUAAUAAACAAAACCCAAAAAGUGUAAAUUUAGGAAGGUGUCACUUUUCAGCAAAGUCUACUUCUGACUUUUAUUGUCGUCUGUGAAGUAUCCAGUCUACAUGCACUUAUUCAACGUGUAUUCUCUGUGUCUGGGAUAACGUUUAUCUGCUAUUGCCAAGGUAUUGGAUCUUUAUGGCUGUUAGGUGAUGUUAACUGCAUUUCUAUGUCAAGACAUGUAUCAAAGCAUUAGGUUUCUGUAAGUUGGUUUGUGUGUGUUGAGUGUUGGAUCUCUGUGGGUACUGAGCAUCAAGUCUUGUCUUGUGUUAUUGAUUCUCUGUGAUUAUCAGGUCUUUUAGUGUUGGCUCUUUAUGUACAUCAUGUCUGGGUAUUGCUUAUUAGGUAUUAGAUAUUAUUCAUAGAUAAAUCUCCACUUAACUACAAUUACAAAUUAACUGCUUACUAUCUCCAGUAUAUUUCUAUGACAUUUGUUCUGUAUGAGUUUGCCAUCAUUUUGUGUUUAUUAUGACAGAAUUUGGUUGUUUUGUUAUGGGUGUGUUCAAUAUUGAUUCUAAUUGUGAGGACUUUUUUAUUAUAUCAUUCUUGUUCCAGGAGCAACAGAGGAUCCUUGAACAAGGGAUAACUGGCCCUGAGGGACAUGUCUUGAGUCGACCGGAAGAAGUGAGUAAGACUUUACAUUCUUAACCUUUUCACUGGGCUUUGAAAACCUAAGAUGCAAAACUUGCCCAAACAAGUUUCCCAGUUGUGCUUGAGUCUUUCGGAAAGUCGUAGAUGCAGCACUGUCUCAGUUAACUGGAAAACAAGGAAUUGUUGGAAACUGACCAAAGAAUUUAAAAGUUUUAGGCCAAUAUUAAGAAAUUGGAACAAUUGGCUAACCCAGUUAUUUUUCAUAUACACUUUGAAAUUCAUUGAUGAUAUCUUUACACAUCAUUGUGAUUCGCAUGGUCCUCCUUUUCUGUAGGUUGAAGCAGAAGCUGUAAACCGCUCUAUCACUAUUGCCAACCAGACCAACUGCCCUCUCUAUGUGACCAAGGUUAUGAGCAAGAGCUCUGCAGAGGUCAUCGCACAGUCCAGGAAGAAAGGUGUGUAAGGCAACAUUUAAGGGUCAGGAAUAAUGAGAAAUUGGAAUGAAUGUUCAACACAUUGUGUAAGAUGAAUGUCUCUGUGAAUUCUACUUCAAUUUUACAUAAAUGAAUGAUAUGGAUGUGUUUUAAGAGGCAAGUGUAUAUGUUCUCACAGGUGCUGUGGUCUAUGGAGAACCAAUCACUGCUAGUUUGGGCACUGAUGGCACUCAUUACUGGAGUAAAAACUGGGCCAAGGCAGCAGCCUUUGUCACCUCUCCCCCUCUUAGCCCUGAUCCAAGUACUCCUGAUUUCCUCAACUCUCUGUUGUCCUGGUGAGUAUUGUAUCAGAUAUAUUCUGAGAAAUCCGCUACUGUGCUAACUAAAGUGACAAUAACCACCUUAUUGGUGUAGACAUAGUAUGCAUGGAGUCUAUGAAGGUACAAAAAUGGCUACAAGUACACUAAAAAGCAAUACAAUUGCAAAUAGUAAAACAUAAAAACAAAGAAAAAACGGAGCUAACAAAUGUAGAUAAAGUAAAUGUUAAUAGAUAUAUCCUUAUUGGAUAUUGCAACAGAGAGAAUUCCCUUUUGGUAUACAUACAGUGUCAGAUCUGGAAAAGAGCACAGCAAAACCUAGUGCUUUCCAUAAAAACAGAUACUUUAUUGCGCAUAAAAUUGAAGACUUACAGAAAUCCAGGUAUAAACAGGCACGUCGGGAGUACAACUCCUUAAGCAGUAAUGUCCGUGGUAUGAAACAAUUAGGUCCUGUUUCACAGAUCUCAUGCUGGCAUCGAAUUGAACCUGCAGUUGAUGAAUUCCCGUUCCAGCAGCGUGAAGUGAUGUUAUGCCUCUGAUGAAGUAGGAAUCACCUACGAAAUGCAUUAGGCUAAUCACUGCAGUGUCUUCAGUGGAGCGUAUUACAUCAUAACAUCCCACUGCUGGAAUGCACACCUGAAUUCACCAACUGCAGGUUCGAUUCAAUGCCUGCAUUCACCCUGUGAAACACUGAAGGACCUAAUUGUUUGCUGCCACGGAUAUUACUGCUUAAGGAGUUUAUCUCCAGAUGUUCCUGUUAAUACCUGGAUUUCUGUAAGUGUUCAAGUCUAUAUGCAAUAAAGUAUCUAUGUUUUGCUGUGCUGUUUUCCAGAUCGGAUACAGUGUGUAUACAGAAGUGGAACACUCUGCUGGAAUGCCCGAUUAGGAUUUAUUUAUUGACAUUUACUUUAUCUACAUUUUGUUGUUCUGUUUUUUGUAGCUAUUUGCAAUUGUAUUGCUCUCCAGUGUACUUUCAGCUACUGCUGUACCUUUGUUUCUAAUAAAUGCUGAGCAGUCACUGUAUUUACCGUUGAACUUUUUUGUUUUAUUUACACUUCUGUUUCUUUAAUUCUUUAAUCUAUGUUUAUAAUAGUCGUCGUAUUUUAAUAUUAUCAGAUAGUGAAAUGAAACCCCCUGCCUUAGAAUAAUGUAUUCCAACUGUGACUUGAGGGUUGUGUUUCUCUAAUGGCUACAAGUAGUGGGGAUUGGAGCUUUUUUAACCUCUGUAUAGCAUGGCUAAAUCUUGUGACAUAUUGAUUGUCUUUGUCUGACAUUAAGUGUGCUCUUUGUUACUUUGUAGAGUAGAAAGUAUUUAUUUUGAAAGGGAACUCCUGAGGUUAAUAUUUGUCUCCCCAUCUCCCAGCGGUGAUCUACAGGUUAGCGGAAGUGCCCACUGCACCUUUAAUACAGCUCAGAAAGCUGUUGGAAAAGACAAUUUCAAACUUAUUCCCGAGGGAACCAAUGGAGCCGAGGAGAGAAUGAGCGUCGUGUGGGACCGAGCUGUGGUGCGUACAGAGUGCCAAGCUUGAGAAGAAAAGUUUGGUGUGGUGGGGAAAACAUCAGAGGUAUAGGAUUGUGUUUAAGGGUUCAAGUUUAAAAAAUAAAUUAUAUUUUGGAUGGGAGAACGCAAAUGAGGACAUAAUACAUACAAAGAGUUCAAAUUAGUUCUCAGUCAAGCUUUCAAAUAUGUAUUACACUUCUAUGUCCAGACAGACUCAGCAGCUUUCUUAAUUGGUCAAAGGAUCAAGGUUAGAUUUGUAGGUCAAGAUUAGAUUAUUUUUUUAACUUACAUUAUGCAUCUGCUGUCUAUUUUUAUAUUACUUUUAUGAAAUUUAGGUCAUGUUGCAGUGGUCAGGGGUGAAAAAAGGGACAAGUCUUUCUAUUAAUGUGAGAAGAGCAGUUGCAGCUCAAGUAUUUUGACUGAUCUUUCCCUAGGUAACUGGAAAGAUGGAUGAAAAUCAGUUUGUGGCUGUCACCAGCACUAAUGCUGCCAAGAUCUUUAACUUGUAUCCAAGAAAAGGACGGAUUGCAGUAGGAUCGGAUGCAGAUCUGGUGAUAUGGGACCCCGACAGUGUGAGGACAAUAUCUGCCAAGACACACAAUAGUGUAAGUGCUUGAAAAGUAUGUAUUUUUUUUUAACAGGCAUUAAAAGUAAAAUAAAAAGGUAACACCUACUGUGACAUAGGUAUCAAUCUAAAUUUGCUGUAUUUGUACCAGAAAGUCAGAAUUUCUAGCAUUUCUGUGACUUUUUGACCUAAUAUUCUCUCUCUCUCUCUCUGUAUCACAAUCUAGGCAUUGGAGUAUAAUAUCUUUGAAGGAAUGGAGUGUCGAGGAAGUCCUCUUGUGGUGAUAAGCCAGGGCAAAAUUGUACUUGAGGAUGGGAAUCUUCAUACUAUUGAGGGAUCAGGACGAUACAUUCCCAGGAAACCUUUUCCAGACUAUGUGUACAAACGAAUCAAGGCCCGGAGCAGGGUGAGUUUUUAGGGAGAGUCGGGGUGCGGGUAAAAAAAUAAUUUGAAUGAUUAAAAAAUGAAAGCUUCAUGGUACUUAUAAGUUGUAAGGUGGUCUUGGUGGCCUUGCAAGAUGUACAUAUUUUAAUUUGGGAAUCAAUUCUCUGUAUAUUGAAAGACAUUACUCAAUAAUAUAAAUGUAAUUGUCUCCAGCUUGCUGAGCUGCGCGGAGUCCCACGUGGAUUGUAUGAUGGCCCUGUUUGCGAAGUCUCAGUGACCCCAAAAGCAGUUACACCUGCAUCUUCUGCCAAGACAUCCCCUGCCAAACAACCACCGCAGCCAAUAAGGAACCUGCAUCAGUCUGGAUUCAGCCUGUCAGGUAAAUAGCUUCACUUUAAUACCAACCUCAAGGUAACACUGCUACAGUUUUGCAUUUCACAGUUCAUAUGGUUACACCUUGCAUAUAAUGUUAUUUUCCAUGCUAAUCUUCCCAGCACAAAAUUUUAACUAAUUGUCCUACUGCUGACCAUUCAGACUAUCCAUUUAACCUACUAAUCUUCUUAUCUCAAUGUGACACUUUCCACUUGUUGGAAAUGUGAGCUCGUCAUUUCUCCAAACCAAUGUGAACAACCACAUCCAAAUCUGAAUAUCAAUUCCCAUACUAUUGGGAAAAACUGUAUUUAAGAGCAAUGAAUGCAGAGAUUCCAUCACUAGCCUAGUUCUGUAGAAUAAUUGUAUUAAAAUUACAGUGGUGGGGCGGGGCCUGACUGCCAAAUGGAACGGUCGCAGGCAGAGCGAGCUCCGAUCGAGAAUCUACGAAAUCGCUCUAAUACCGACACUUAGACGCAAAACAAUUGUAAUCUGAGGACUGGACAGAGCCUGCAAACAGCUCCGCUUAAAUCUAAGGCUUCCCUGAUGCAACUCAAGCACCACUGCGGCCUACCUGGGGGCGACGGCGUGAGAGAGGCGGCCACUCUCCCCACCUGAUCACCUGCAAACAAAAGAUGAAGCAGCAUAGAACCCUGUCCCGGCAUCAUCACUCCAUCCACGGGUGUAACUGUGGCCUCGCACAAGCUUCAACUGCAACUUAACUCUGACCCCCUCAAGCAAUACAAGAUGGCAGACGCCAGGCCUCACACCAAACCACGAGGCACAACAGAGUCAACACUAGCAAAGCUAGACAAGAUCUUAGAGGAAUUUUGGUGAAAAAUUGAGGAGAGGCAACAGAGAGCAAACUCACACCACCACUCAUCCCUGGCAAUCCAGCGGUACAUGCCGACCCCACAGAGGCGGAACAGCUUCACACCCAGGCGCCGAAAGAGAACACGACCCGGGCGGUCAACUCCAGGGGGUAAGUCGGCUCAUAGAGUCCCCCCACAGAGACCCCCUCCCAAAAGAGGACCUACCCAGUCCCACCGAGAGGAGCAAAACCCAGGCCCAUGCGGCACACGGAGCCUCCCGGAACAACCAGGAGCUUACCGUCAGACACGAUCACCUGGGCCCCAAGGGCCGAACGCAAAGGGCUGGAGAGGAGCUCCAUGUUACACCCUACCUGCGGCAGUGCUGCUAUGCCUUAGCCUCUGCACAACAAGACCCCAGCGGGCACCUCAGCAAGAUCUUGCACGGAGCCCAGGGCCGAAACAACACUGCACUGGGACUACAGUAACAAGAGACUCCCCAAGGAGCCUCCAAGCGGUGUGGGCUGACAGCCACUAAUAGACACUACGAUACCUGCUCUCAGACGCUUGAGAACUCUAAUAAAUCCUACGUACAACAACUGACCAGUUAAUUCACCCAGUGGUACCCUUAAGCAUUUAAUCCGUAAAGCAUGAUGCAUUAAUUUACUAACAAAAUCUACCAUCUCUUCAUGUACACAUCGUAAAAUGACAUGCAAUCACCACUAGUAUUAUGUAUUAUACUGAGCACUACAAUAACCAGACAGCCAGAGUUUCUCUACAUACUAAGCACCAGAGCUAGUACUUUACUAACACAUGUCCACCCAACACAAUGGUAGAUAGGCUUAAUUGUUUUGCUAUGUUAAGUAGUUUUAAAAGGCUAUGACACACCACAUAUCUGUAUAGCAUGAGUUAAAAAAAAAUAUUUGUGCAUGUUUUUUCCAUGCCAUGUUCCUAUUUUAAUAUUUAUGAAAAAGCAUUGUUUGCCCCGCUGUUGUGGCGAUGCAAGCAUCUUCUGUACACUCUUUGCGCAACAAAAAUAAAGAAUAAUAAUAAAAAAAUUACAGUGGGACCUCGGUUUACAAAUGCCUCGGUUAACAUAAUUUUCGGUUUACAAAUGAAAAUCCAUUGAAAAUAAUGCCUUGGUUUACAAUUUUUUCGCAAUACAAAGCAAGUUUCCGCAGGAUGCAUUGCACCUGGGAGGUUUAUAGCACUGCCCCCUGCAUGCUGGAGCCUGUAGGUAGCACGUGGCGUUGAGUGUGGAGGUGUUGGAGCAGCUUUUGCAUCGAGUUUUGGAGCCAUUAUGGAAAUUUUUUGCAGUUGUUUUGGGACUUUUUGGUGCAUUUCUCAAGCUGUGGAAAGGAAGUGAGCUGAGCUUUGUCGUUUGCAUGCCUUUUGUUGUGUGUUCUGCAUUGUGGGUUGGUUUCCAUGCCAGCUCAUUUUGACUUUUUUCUGACCUCCAGAAUGGAUUAAUUGGUUUUCAAUGUAUUCCUAUGGGAAACCGCGUUUCAGUUUACAAAUUUUUCGCAAUAAGAAACAUACAGGAGAACGCAUUAAAUUCGUAAACCGAGGUCCCACUGUAGUUUUAAGCAGGCAGCGUGAGCAGUGAUAAAGAUUAAUGACCCAUUGCCUGAGUAUAAAGGGCGCAGUGGCUAAAUCUACAAAUAUUUUUAUAAGGGAGCAAAACCUUUUUUUCCGAGUUUUAAAAAUGGCGUUGUUAAAAAUGUUGGAGACAGGUGCUCUACAAAGUUAUAUCAUCUUAGUUUAUUUUGGCUAGUACGGUAUGAAAUUUAUGAAAACAAUCACAAUCUAAAUUUCAUAAUUCUUUUUUUCUGCUGGUAAUGCCAACAAAGGCCAUGAUUUAUUAUUGUUGAAUAAGCUUUUCAAAUGAUUUAAAAUUUUUGGAUACACAUUUAAAAUGAGUUCAUAUUAUGAAAAAUAUUUUAACUUUGAAUAUUUUAACAUUUUGAUUUAUUGCUAUAUUUUUAUAUAUUAUAUAUAUUAUAUAUAUUUUAAAAUUAUUAUUUUUUAUUUUUUUAUAAAUGUUUAUCAAAAAAUAUGAAAUAUUUUGAAAAGCUUAUCCAACAUUGGCCUCGAUUUAAUAUUGUGUGAUAAGCUUUCCAAAUGAUUUAAUAUUAUUGGUAAACUUCUAAAAUAAUUUUUUUAAAAAUAUUAAAGUAUCGAAAUCAAUAUCAAUCAAUAUAAAAAUAUUACAAAAAUAUUUUUCAGAAUAUUAAAUAAAUUUAAAAAAGUUUAACUUUUACAUCAUUUGGAAAGCUUAUGCAAAAAUUUGAAAUUGAGAUGCAAAAAGUCAGAAAAUUUUAUUUUCACUUGGUUCACUUGGUUUAAAUUGUGAAUUCACUCUUAAUUUCACAAUGCGAAUAUGAUAAGCACACAUUGCACGGUGACUCCUUAAGGACUGAGGCAAUUGUCCAACUUCUGAACCAAUAAUAGAAUUUGCUUUAUGUUUAUGUUCCAUCAUAAUUUCAGGGUUUCUCUUUAAUUGCCCUCAUACAUAUAUAUUGUUUUUAAGGGAAAGAAGAAUUUGGAUGUUAACCUAUUUUUAAGACAACCCUAUACCAACCCACCCCUAACCUUAUAUGAAUCCUGCCUCUAAUAGUACACGUACUCUACACCUACCCUAACCUUGCUCCUGACAUUAAUCUUAAACUAUUCCUAACCCUAAUCAGGGGAGAGAUUUCCCUGCUAAAACAGUAGGCAGCAUUCUGUGAUCGCCAUCUACUGAAUAUUUUUUUAGCAUGACAUAAAAUCUCCCUCUCAUGUGAUCACUAUGUGUUUGGAAAUGGGCACCUAGCAAAACCCAGAACUCAUCAAAAUUGACAGGAGGGCAUUCAGGGGACCCUGCCAGGGUCUUUUCAGACUCUGGGUGUCCCCCUCAAAUGGGAUGGCUCAGAAUCACUGCGGCUGAGCGUGAUUGUAGAUAUUUAAAUCCCAUUUACCAGACUGUAUGCAGACCUCGCUUUGAGCGCGGCAUACAACUCGUUUUGCAGUCUGGCCCCAGCUAACAGAGAGGACCCACAGAUAUUAAUAGACACCUGAGUCUGAGGGUUACAGAAAGCCAAAUGCAUUGAUGAUACUAAUAGGUGACAGUAAUUGAUCAGUGAGGAAUAACUAUUGAACAUUGCUUAUACACAUCACAAAGUGAUUAGAGGUUUUUGUUCUUAUACUUAAUAUUUCUGAGAAUUGGUUAGUUGUUAGAAAUGUGUUUUCAAGUUCUUUGAUGUUUUAAAAUUUCGAUAAUCCUUUUAAAGUGUCAGUAACUCCUCUUCGGCAGGAUUGUCAUCGCUGAAAGUUAACUGUUUAAUGUUAGACAUAUAAAUGAAUCCAGCUCUAUAUUCAUAGCCCAUUUUCCUAAAUAAUCACCUUUUCCAAGAUGUUUUCUUUUGUGUCACCUAAAAAAUUCCAUGUUUCUUGCAGGAGCCCAGGUUGAUGACAAUAUCCCUCGGCGUACUACACAGCGCAUAGUAGCGCCACCUGGGGGCCGUGCCAACAUUACCAGCCUUGGCUAAUUUCUUCCUCCUCCUUCUUCUACCUCUGCCCCAGGAUUCCGCUCCUUUUUCAAGUUGAAUGAGUCCGAAAGGGUUACUGGUUCCUGACAUUUGUUAUAGUCUUGUGGGGAGUGACUUCACUAGGAACAAAAAUCAGACUGACAAGGAGAUGCUUACUAACAUCUAACAUAUAUAUUUAUAUAUGUUCGUGGUUACAUUCGUACAUAUAUAUUUAUAUUGAAAUGCAGUUAGUUACUCUGACCUAUACAUAACGGUACAUACAGUUAAAGUUAUGUAUCAGUUUGUAUGUUUACAUGUGUGUAAAUAAAUAUAUAUAAAUGAAUAUAUUAAUGUACACACGCACACAAUCUUCUGACUUAUAGUUUGGAGAAUUCAAGAAAGCUGCAAGGUCUGUAUUCCUAGGGCAACGUCAACCCGCUUCCCCAUGUCCUCCCGCUUAACUCCAUACAACUUCUGGAUCCCUUAAUGUCCCCUGGUCCUGCAGAGGAUGGUGACAGUUUAGAUAUGCCAAGGCCUUUCCACAUAACACAUACUUUAUAAAUCAAGUUAACCUUUAAGGCUAAAAGAAUGGGAUUAGAGUGCAUCAUUAGCAAACAAAAAAUAAUCUUAUAUGCACAUAAUUUCCCAAAGAGAGACGUAACAUUCUGUAGAUCUUAUUAAGUUUGAACAGCUGUCCCCAAGUUGUUGAGAUGAGUUUCCAGGUACUAAUUUUUAAUUUUACAGUUUUCUUCACACGUUGGUAAUAGACUAACAAAUAAAGGGAGAAAUGUGGAUGGAAGAUGAGUGCAAGACAUGGCCAGAUCUUUACCAUGUUUUCUACAGCAAUGGCAAAAAAAUUGUAACUGUUUAACUCUUAACUGCACUGAAGUCUUCAUAUUGCUUUUAAAUAUCUUCCUUGUUCUUCCAUAUCUGUUCUUGUCUAACAGUGUGUAAAUUGUGCAUAUCCUACAGCUGCAAAGAAUGUAGCUAAGGUGACUCCUGAAGGCCGAAUUUCAAUCAAGCAGAUAAAGAUGUCAUGGGUUGAAGCAGGAUUAUAAGGGGAUCCCGGUGCUGAUAUUCCAGGGUAGAUGUUACAUUCAACCCAUUUUUAACCUAUUGUGGGAUUUGUGGUUGUGUACCUGAGUGCAGGAGGUGUUGUGCUAAUGCUUUUAAAUGUGUGUAGAAUGAAAAUGUGCUCUCUCUUUCUCUCUAUUCCUCUCCAAUGUCUUAAAUAGCAAAGAGAUAAGUCUUGUGUCUUAUUCCCAUAAACACUUUGUGUUCUGAUUUCUUACCACAGAAUCCACUAAUAAACGGUUGUGCUUUCAAACUGAGACUUUCUUAUGCCUUUUACUGUAUUUGCACUAAGAAAUACGACAAAGAAAAACAAAUAAAAGUG